AUGGGAAGGUGGGCUGCUUUUGGGCCAAACAAUUGGUUUACAGGCGGAAAGCGGGGAGGGGAUAAAGGAAAAAAGCUCAGCCAAUAGCGGCUUAGGAAAUACUUUUGGCUUCCAGCGCUCAUUUGCAACACAUUCCUUUUGAUCUGACACAGGGAGUGUAACACUGCCCCGUCCGCGAGCCUCCCUCAGCAGCCCACCCUUGGAGCGGGGUGCAUGCUGGGAAUCGUAGUUCCGCGCUGAGGCCCCGCCAGCUAGCAGCGGGAGGCAGGAUCUCUCCGGCGGAGACUACAUUGCCCAUGGAGCCGGCGGGGACUAUAUAAUCAGCCGCAGAGAGCCCGAGAAGUGCAGUAACCAUGUGGAUGUGCUGCUGAGCCAGCUCUCGGCUGAAGAGGGUUGGGAGCCGGAGCGGGGGCUAGCGAGCCUCCAUCCCUCACGGAGCUCCUCGGCAGGGGCAACAGGGCUUCCUCCGGGAACAUGGGAUUACAAAGCGGCUCCUAACCCGCUCCAGCUCCAGGGCGAGCCGAGCCCCUUAUGCAAUCAGGUAAAAGGCAAAAGGCAGCGGGGGGCGGCAGUGACAAGAGACCAGAAGCAGCAGAAGUUGGCUUUUCCCCUCCAGGGGAGGGGGAGGCUCAAAAGCCCAGCUUCGACUCGCCUUAGUUUGCAAGCUUCUCGUUGCAGCCCUUUACAAACCACCUCCGGUGGGGGGUGGUUGGUUGUUAUUUUAAAUAUAUAUAUAUAUUUGGCUUGCCUUUCUUAUUAUCAGAUCACCCUGAUCCUGUUUAUACAGGAGGGAUUGUGGCUUUGGCGGCGGCGGGGAAAGAAGCAACAGAUCAAAUAACGCUCCCUUUUCCUUCCUUUCUUGAAUCCUAAAUCCAGCCCCCCCCCCCCACCGCCCAAGUUUGCAACUCUUGACAGCGACAGGAAGAAAAAAAAUGCUGCUUGAAUCAUGUGGGGAAGGCAUCGACCUCUCUUGAAAGGCGGCGUCCCCCGGCUUGUUAAAACUUCAUGGCUACUGAUGCAGCAAACUGAUAAGGAGGCGGGUGUUAGAGCGGGGAUCCGAGAGGUGUGAUUAUGUGUGUGUGCGGUUGGUGUUUGGGCGGAAAAAAAAGAGAGACGGGUUAAAACACGGGUGAUUCCCAAAGGUCUCGGCAAGAUGUUGCGGCUCGACAUCCUCUCCCCUUCCGUUUUUAAACUCGCCUUCAUUUCUUGGAAACACUGGCAGAUUUCCCCCCUCGGAUCUCUGCUGUCGUCUUAAGCGAGAGCCGAGCCUUCUCUAGCCUUCUGUAGGUCUGUUUUUUUGGCAGCAAACUUCUGACUUCUGGGGAUCAACACGAGUUCCUAAGUUAUUAACUUGAUUGCUUUUGCAUCAAACAGAGUGGAAGGAAGCUGACACAAAUUGGCCCGAGUUAAUGUGGGAAGGGCAUGUGGAAGGUUGCCUUUUGGAGUUUUAAUGGGUUCAUUUUUUUCUUUUUUUUUAAGGUUCUUAAAAUUCCUUUCACUCUAGUUCAGGGCAAGGAUUCCAAAACUGUGGUCCGUGGACCACUCAUGAACGUCAUUCAGAUGGUCCACAGCACACCCACAUUACAGAUUCAUAUCGGUUUUUAAAUUGUAUUUUUACGGCUUUGUAUGUGUCACGCAUUGCAUUGUAGUUUGAACUCUGUGGGAUCCAAGUUGUGAUACAUGGUAUAAAACAAGCAAUAAAAAUACCAUUAAAAAUCAUACGGUGUCUAGCACAGUGCAUAGCAGUUGCUGCAACAGGCAGAAAAAUCAUCAAGUGGUCGGCCAAGAUCAUCAGCAAUUUUCAAGUGCCCCCUAGGAGGGGAAAGGUUUGGGAAGCAUCUGCUUAGAGAUUUAGGUGUCUAGUUUUUGGGGGGGUGGGAGAUUCUAAUGCUGUGGAAGUCUGUCAGAACGAUGCCUUCUUGGGAAAAGCAAACAAAACACCCAGGUUGUGUUCACACAUGCAGUAGUCCAUGGUGCAGUUCUCCUGUGGAAGUAGCUGAACAGUUGCGUACAUGCAGUGUGCAGAAACUGAAUGUUUGACGAAAAGGAGAUAUGUGUAAUCUUUAAGAGACCUGUUCCCUACACCUGCACCUGUUGGCAAUGAAUGAAACAAUAGGUAAAAUGAGAAAUAAUUGUCAGGUGGUGGAGUGUUUAAUGUAGUGUUUAGUUUUUAUUAAUGAGGGUGCUGGAACUGGAUACAAAAUUCCAAAUGCAGCUGCACCAUAUAUUUACAUAAGGGCAUUAUGAUACUGACCAUUUUAUUUUCAGUCCUUUUAUUAAUAAUACAUAGCAAGGAAUUGACCAUGUUUACUGCCACAGCACACCUUGAUAUUUUAGAAUGAAAGUGGUCUAUAGAUGUUUAAAUAAUACUUUCACUGAGCUUGCCACCAAGACCCCAAGAUUUCUUUCCUGGAAAAUUGCAGAUAGAUACCAUCUGCAUGUGUACAUGCUUGUGUGCACUUAAUAUAUAACAUACAGUAUCUAAGUUUGUGACUGAGAGUGUGCAUUACUUUAUAGUUGCUUAUAUAAAACACCAUUUGCUGUUCUAUUGCCCAUUCAGCCAGCAUGAAGUAAUUCAUUUAGAGCUCUUUGCAUCUGUAUAAUUUGGUGUCAUCUUGGCUAUAUUACUGUUCACCCUGACUCAGAUUAAAUAGCAUUGGUACCAGUACAGAUCCUUGCUGGGGUACCACAGUAUACAUUCCUGCACUGCAAUUAUUGUCCACUUAAUGCUUUAUGAUCUGUUGCUUGUUUGUUUUGACCAGUUGCUAAUGCAUAAGUGUACCUGUCUUAUCUAGUGACUGCCACUUCACCUUUAGUGACAGACUUUUUGACAGCCUAAGUAUGCGCUGUACAAGACCAUCCAGUCAACCUGUUUAUCACACUUAAAUCUAAAAGACUAGUGAUACAGGACUUCCCUUUGCCCAAGGCAUGCUGAUUCUUCCUUAGCAAAGCGUUUCUCUCUCCCACCUAUCAGUAUUUCAGAAUUCCAUCUUUAAUACUUCUUUCGGCUAUUUUACCUAGCUGUUAGGCACCACAACACUUCAUUUGUCAAAAAUAAUUCCAGAAUGGAACCAGGAAACGGCAGGCCUCUUGGGCUGUCUUCCAGUCUGUAGGUAAAGAGACUGAUGUUUGUAGUGAUGAUGUUCCAUUGCACUUUAUAGCUGUUGUACAGUUUGUUGCAAUAGGUAACACAUCUGCACAACAACCCUAUGAGUGUGGGUGUUCCGUUUUAAAGAUGAGCAAGUUGAGGUUGAGGGAAUUGCUGUGAUCCUCUCCCCUUUAUUGCUGUUCAUAAGGCUUAUUAAAGGGUGUCUCCAUAUAUUCCAAGUAUCCCUAAAAUUGCUUGGAUGAUGGGGAGGAGUAGAGAAAAACUUCAAUUUAAGCAAAGCCAGUAUUUGCAUUCAUGGAUUUGAUGCUGAUCAAUAUUCCACUUUAAUCAUUUGUAAAUGAAACCCUUUGUAAAUGUAAUAUUCUCUCUCUCCCCGCCUUCACUUUUUAGAUCCUUUUGAUAGGUGGAAUAAGCUUCUCUUCCAAGAGUGGAGUCUACUUUCAGUGACCUUGCUAGAUCUGUAGGCUGCACAUUCAAAUCAAUGGGAUAUUGACUUGGUCAGUACUGCAUCCCACCCGUUAUUAAUACAAUCCCGUGCCUGUCAAUUUAGAAGGAAGCCCCAUUGAGUUCACUGUCUGAAUUCAGCACAAUGAAGUCUCUAGCUGUUGAUCACAUUAUGUUAAAAGACUGAACUAUCACAAAGCAGGUUGAGUAUAAUGAUAAAGGCUCAAUUUCAACAGUCACAUUACCAUGUUUGGUAUAAAAUGGGGUAGCUUCCAUUGCAAUUAGGAGUGGACAAGCAUAGCCACUUUCUGUGGUGCCCUCUACAUGUUGCUGGACUACAGCUCCCAGCAGCCCUCACCACUGGCCAUGCUGGCUGGGGCUGAUAGGAGAUGGAGUCCCAUGACAUCUGUAGGAAGCACCAUGUUGGCUCCUGCUGUACUAGAAGAUGCAUGUUAGGUGAAACUGGUGUACGUCGUAUCUUUCUUUCAUUUUCAGGAGGAGAGGGAAAAUGCUAUAUUUGCACCACAGUGGCGCUCUGAAAAGGUUGCAUGCACCGUACCAUUUAGGGCACUGUUCAGAUUUCAAGGUGCUACCCUUGGGGGUGGGCAGAAGUAGGCUGCUGGGCGGAUUCAACAACUGACUUGACUUAAUGGAGAGUUGGAGAUGGUGGAGAGCAAUUCUCGCUGAGAGUUCCUCUGUCACCUGCAAGCUGAGUCAGUGUUACGUUAUUUUCCAAAGUGCUUCACGCACAUUAUAUUGUUGUUGUUUAGUUGUGUCCGACUCUUCAUGACCCCAUGGACCAGAGCACGCCAGGCACUCCUGUCUUCCACUGCCUCCCGCAGCUUGGUCAAACUCAUGUUUGUAGCUUCAAGAACACUAUCCAACCAUCUCGUCCUCUGUCGUCCCCUUCUCCUUGUGCUCUCCAUCUUUCCCAACAUCAGGGUCUUUUCCAGCGAGUCUUCUCUUCUCAUGAGGUGACCAAAGUAUUGGAGCCUCAGCUUCAGGAUCUGUCCUUCCAGUGAGCACUCAGGGCUGAUUUCCUUAAGAAUGGAUAGGUUUGAUCUUCUUGCAGUCCAUGGGACUCUCAAGAGUCUCCUCCAGCACCAUAAUUCAAAAGCAUCAAUUCUUCGGUGAUCAGCCUUCUUUAUGGUCCAGCUCUCACUUCCAUACAUCACUACUGGGAAAACCAUGGCUUUAACUAUACGGACCUUUGUCGGCAAGGUGAUGUCUCUGUUUUUUAAGAUGCUGACUAGUUUUGUCAUUGCUUUUCUCCCAAGAAGCAACCCUGGAAGGUAGGUCUUGCUUCCAUGUAAGGCAAAUGAGUCUGUGGUCCCAUAAUACAGAUGGGAAGCUGAAAGGUAGCAAUUUCCUGGCAGCCACCUGGUAAGUUCACAGGGUUAAAGUGAUCCCUAGGUACAUUGUAUCAGAUAAAUUCGAAAAGAACUAUUAAAGUUGUAUCUCGGCUGGGCAAAGAGGCUGUUACUUUGAAUAUUGCCAGUACUUCUGAAUUGCUGUUUUUCCUUUUUGAACCCUCCCUCAGCCCUCACCCUCCAUGGUGCCUUUUUAAGAAUGUGCAGUCUUGUGCUAGGAUAGGCCUCUUUAACAGUCAUUUGAGAGUGCAUUGUCCCUUCUCUCAAGCUUUUAAGAAUACUUGAUACAUAAGUUAAAGGAUGUAUUAUAUAAACACACAUGAAUGUUGUUGCAGAUUUGGCUGUAGAUGGUCUUAAAUGGUCAAAAGAUGGGCAGUUGCAGCUGGCUAGUUCUGAGGGUCUUGGUAACUAGUCUAACAGUCUAAAUAUUUAGUUGUUUCCUGGACUACAAUAACUGGGCCUGAGGAGGGAAAAAAGCCACAUACUUCUCAAUUGUGUGUUCUUUAGCUUCCUGUUGACUUCUUUUUAAAGACUAAUCAGACACUGCUCAGAAUAUUUUGUUGCCGGAGCCAGAAAGCACACAAAAAAGUCCCCACCUGUAACAGGAAUAAUAAUAAUAAUAAUAAUAAUAAUAAUAAUAAUACACGAAAUUGAUCAGUGUAUUACUCCUUUAAUAGGGCUCCAAAAUUUACAGCAGUAUGCUGCCUGGUGAGAAGGCUGGUACUACUGGUAAUGGUUAGAGACUUUUAUUUGUGUCUUGAUGUUAGGAACGUGGGAAGCUUCCUUCUACAGAGUCAGACUACAGAUCCCUUUCGCCUAGUUCCAGCUACACCGAUUGGCAGCAGCUAUCUUAGGCAGGGGUCUAUCCCAGACCAAACUGGAGAUGCCAAGGCCUGGAUUGAACUGGGACUGCCACCUUCUACAUGCAAAGCACCCAGUGUGGCUAGGUGAGAAACAUAAAUCUGGUCAUUACAAACGUCCUGAGGCUCAUAGGUGAUGCUCUUGUAAUUGUAGCAGGAGACAGAGAGUUAGGUGGUAGCUACCAUGCAGAAUUCUCACGUAGACAAGGACAGCAUGAAAGCCCUGGGAGUGGAUAUCGUCAACAGGUUAAUGGAGCAACAAGUACAUCAAGUGUUUCUCCUCUGCUGAAAUCUCAUUGGUGAAGUAUAAGUGGGAGAAUGAAGGUGCAAUCAAAGCAGGAAAUCAGGAUGCAUGUGAGGAAGCAAGUGGAGCUUUGAGAUGGAUACAGCUUUUUAUCCACUUCAGCCAAGCGAGCUUGGCUUAGGACUUCGUAUGGAAUCCUAGCUAAAAGCCAAGGGUCUCCACAAAAGAAAAGCAACGAAUCCUAAGCCAUUAGAUUUGUUCCCAGGUAUUUGCUUAAGAGGUGUUCCCUCAAGUUGACAGUGGGCCUUGAGGGCAAUUGCUUUCCUACCUGGGUGCCUGAGAAGCUAGACCAACUGUUGUGUAUCUUCUGUGAUCAGUUUUAUCGGCUCUGAGGAGCCCUCCCAUCCUGCUCUGAGUGAAAGUGUAGGCUGUACUUUUUCUUCAAGGCACACUUGUAUUGGCAAGAAUUGUAGAUUCAUGCCUGGCAAUUGGAUUUGCAACAGUUAAUAAACCAGAGAGGAGUUAAGUGCUUGUGAUUUGGAUAGCAUAUAGCUGAAACUGUAUAUAGAUAGAGCUGUUUCAAUUAGUUAUCCAAAGCCAUGAAUAGGCACCCCUUUUUGCAACUGCAAGGUAGCCCAGUUAAUAUUUUCUCCUAGCAUCCCAUCUUCCUCUUUGUCCAGUCACUCAUGAGUUGGGAGACAGGUUUGUUGUUUCUGGGCAGAGGCAAUGUUCCUGAAUGCCCUGCCUCUGUUAGUUGUAGUGUGGGUUGUGUUAGGGAAACUUGAGGCAAAUGUUCCUACUCUCUCAGGAUGAUGGGGAGAUAGAUGCUUCAUGGGACUUCCCUGUUCUGAGGGCAUAUAGUACAGUGGUGCCCCGCAAGACGAAUGCCUCGCAAGACGAAAAACUCGCUAGACGAAAGGGUUUUCCGUUUUUUGAGCUGCUUCGCAAGACGAUUUUUCCUAUGGGCUUGCUUCGCAAGACGAAAACGUCUUGCAAGUUUGUUUCCUUUUUCUUAACACCGUUAAUACAGUUGCGACUUGACUUCGAGGAGCAACUCAUAGAACGCGGUGUGGUAGCCUUUUUUGAGGUUUUUAAAGACUUUGGUGAUUUUUGAAGCUUUUCCAAAACUUUCCCGACACCGUGCUUCGCAAGACGAAAAAAAUCGCAAGACGACAAAACUCGCGGAACGAAUUAAUUUCGUCUUGCGAGGCACCACUGUAAUGGAUACCUUUAGUAAAGUGAUUUGAUUUUUCAACACACGUUUCAGCUCCUCUUGUGGCAUCCUAUUGCACAGUCUGAGAAAUUCUGAUUGAGAGUCUUGGUGAGGUUGCUGUACAGUCAGAUGAGCUAAUUUGAGAUGGGUAGCUUUGCCAAACUGAAGUCUUCUGCACACCAGAAAUUACAUCCAAGAUGGCAUUCUUUUUGGAUGCUGGACAAGGCAACUAAUUACUCUGCUUGCUUGAAUGCCAAGUGCAUGUGGCUGACCCACAACUAUCAACGGUGAAGAAUCAGUUAGCCUCACUCAUAACCCUUGCAGCUGGCAAACGGUGCAGUAUCACAGACAAUAAAUCGACAACAUCGACAAGGGCUUCUUUUGUUUCUGUUUGUGGGUGAGCUGGGUUUAAUCUGACCCGGAUCUCAGCCUUGGAACUCCUCUUUUGACUCAUUUCCCCACUGCUACUGAGCAUAUACAAAGUGUCUUUCUCUCCCUGCCGAGUAAUGCCAUGACUAGUCCCCUUGCAUGCUGGAAUUGCAGGUUCAACUAGCUUAAACUCUAGGUAAAAGGUAAAGGGACCCCUGACCAUUAGGUCCAGUCGUGGCCGACUCUGGGGUUGCGGCGCUCAUCUCGCUUUAUUGGCCGAGGGAGCCGGCGUACAGCUUCCAGGUCAUGUGGCCAGCAUGACUAAGCCGCUUCUGGCGAACCAGAGCAGCGCACGGAAACGCCAUUUACCUUCCCGCUGGAGCGGUACCUUUUUAUCUACUUGCACUUUGACGUGCUUUCGAACUGCUAGAUUGGCAGGAGCAGGGACCGAGCAACAGGAGCUCACCCCGUUGCGGGGAUUCGAACCGCCGACCUUCUGAUUGGCAAGUCCUAGGCUCUGUGGUUUAAACCACAGCGCCACCCAUGUCCCUCUAGGUAUCGCCACCUUUAUUUGUUUCUAAAGCAUCACAGUGAAUGGGAAGGAGGAUGUUGUCUGCAUUUCAAAGUGAAACGCAGCUGGGCAUGGGAAGGCUUUGAGAAUGUCUGAGGUAUAUUUCCCACCCUCCCUGGAAUCCCUUUACGGACAGUUAUAGCUGAACUAACUUUCCCAGCAGUAAGUGUUUGCUGGAAUGCAUUUGCUGUGCCACAAGAUGAGCUAAAGUGUGCCUUGGAAAAAGUAAGGUACCACCUUGAGCAUUCUGCCAGCUGCACCAGAGACAGCCCCUGUGUAGCAUCACUCUUCUCUUAUGCCAAUAGAUAAGAAGUAUGCUUGUGCCUGGACUGGAGGCUCCAGCUGGCGCAAAAUUCUGUGGCUAGAUUUUUGAUGGGGACAGACUAGUGCUAGCACAUAACACUGGGGCUCAAAACUUUGCACUGGCUGCUGCUUGUAUGCUACUGGCGCAGGCUCAAGGUUCUUGUAUGUAUUUAUUUGCAAGGCCCUUAACAAUUGGGGUCCAGGAUACACAAUGACUGCCCAGUCCCUUAUAUUCCCAGCCUGAUCCCUGAAAUCUUCAGGUGAAUGACUGUUAGUAGUCCCGUGUGGCUUAGAUGCAUGGCUCGUAUCCCACCAGGAGCUGCACAUUUAGUAUUGUGAGCUCAGUUUUAUGGAACUGACUUCCAGUUAAGUUGCAGCUUCCUCCGUGCAGAACUUCUGUGGCCUGCUGAAGACUCUUUAAAUAUCCCAGCAAGCAUUUUAAUUGAAGUGUGGGUUUAUAGUUUCAACUGCCAUUUGCUUUUUGUAUUGUAUCCUUGUAAAUCACGCAGGGGUGACUGCAGUUAAGUGGUACAUAGAUUGUUUAAAUAGAUAAAAGAAAUACAUCAUGCAAAGGAUGACGGCACGCGAGAUUUUUUGACUGCUGCCUGUGUUAAAGGUGCAGGGGACUCUGAGGCAUCACCACUGUCCAAAAAGCAUAGUCCUCCUUCAGAGCCUUAUCUGCCCUGACAAAAGGCAGGUAGGGUGCCAGAUGAUGAUAAUAAUAAAUGGAUUACUCCACAGUAGUAAGGGAUGCGGGUGGCGCUGUGGGUUAAACCACUGAGCCUAGGACUUGCCAAUCAGCAGGUCGGCAGUUUGAAUCCCCGCGACGGGGUGAGCUCCCGUUGCUCGGUCCCUGCUCCUGCCAACCUAGCAGUUCGAAAGCACAUCAAAGUGCAAGUAGAUAAAUAGGUACCGCUCCAGCAGGAAGAUAAAUGGCAUUUCCGUGCGCUGCUCUGGUUCACCAGAAGCAGCUUAGUCAUGCUGGCCACAUGACCCGGAAGCUGUACGCCGGCUCCCUCGGCCAAUAAAGCGAGAUGAGCGCUACAACCCCAGAGUCGGUCACGACUGGACCUAAUGGUGGCAAGAAAGAUGUCUGCUCGUUUUUCUUGGACCAAGUUAAGAAAAGGCUUGUGUGUGAGCAUAUGAUAAAAGAGUUCAUCCAGCCACCCCACCAAUGCACUACAAGGGAUCACAAGAUAAAUGCUGGUUUUAGGGGGCAGAAAGCUCCAGUUUCUACGAAGGUUGACAUGCAGCACCUGAGUACUUGGCAAAAUGCUUGGGAGCACAUCUCUGAAUGAUUGGGUUGAUCGUGGAAGCUGCUGGUAGCAAGAGUACUAUUUCCUUUAUACUGGAUGACAGUUCUGUUAUUAUUCCAGGCAUGGCUUCUCUCUUCUGAAAGCUAAUCUUCAGGUAUUGACAAGCUUGCAAGUUCUAAAUAAGGAAUUGUCCCUGUGACUACAAAAUGUGCAUUAUCUUGACUCCUGUUUUCUGCUUAGUCGGUGGUGUCUGUGGCUGAGACUCACAGGUACUGACAAUUAGUGCCGGAGCGCAUGCUAAAAAUACUUGGUGUGGCAAGGCGUUAUGUACGCUGAACUUCUCGUCAUAGAAAAACUUGUUAACUACAGAAAAAGGUGGACUGAGGGGAAAAGAUUCAAUGUGUGGGGAGCAAAACCAGUGUUAGUUCUAGUAGUGAGGCUACGCAGAGCAGCUCACCAAUUUUUUAAAAGUAAUCAUUGUUUUAUAACUUACUCAAAUGUUUGUUUAAAUGACUUAAAUUAUAGGACUUCGGAGCACCUAAGGCAGGUCUGCACCCUUGCUUCAUCAUGUAUGAUAGUCUACUGGGGCUCAGAAGCCAAGCUUUGGUUUUUGCUUCUUCAUUUUUAAAAGAUGCCACACAAAAAUUCCCACCACAAAAAGAUGUCACACAAAAAAUCCCUCUUGGAACUGGGCAGGCUCUCUAAGGAGCUAAUGAGUAGGGUGUGCCAUAUAAAACACACAAAAAAAGAUGUUGGGUUAUCUCUACUUCUCAGUUUCUGAAAAGCAUUUUCUUUUCCUUGUGUGUGAAUCUGUGGGCUGCAUUUUUACCACACCUUGUUUAAAAGAUAGAUGUGCCGUUGGGGCCCAACAACAGUUUCGUGUGAUUCAAGGUUGGGCCAGGACCUGUACCACUAGUUAUCUAACUCUGGCCUAAACCAAGCAACCUGCCGCAUGCAAGAGAUGAAGAACUCUUGUCAGAGCCUGACCAUCCCACUGGUCCUUGGCUAGUCCAACCUAGAAUGGGGUCCCUCAGGUUGCAGAUAUCAUAUCUGAAGAUGGGUACUUAUGUUUUCAGUGAAAGAGACUGUAUUAAGAUUUCUGUUUGUAUGAGGUUAGGACCCAAAGACAGAGGAGUGCAUAGAUUGUAUGCCUUGGGACUAAGUUUGGCUUAGUGGGAGAAGAGUGAGUGUCCUGGUUGGGAGCAGUGGGAUGACACCCUUUGUAUAUCUCUGAGGGGCAGGCAGCUGAAAAUGAUUUGAGAUUCUAGGACUCUUCAUUUGCUUCGCUUUCUGGUAGCUUUAGAUAUGGACACAUCUGGUUCACUGAGUGAAUCAAGGGACGAAGGGAAGUAAAAUCUAUCAGUUUGUGAACAUUUGUGCUGAGUUCUAAAAUGUGUCCUUUCCUUCCAAUUUGCUAAAAGGUGCUGGGGAGGAAAGGCAAUCUAGCUGGUUAGAUCCUGUCCAUGGAAUUUCUCUGGUGCUGGCAUACAUUUGAAUGAGUAAAAUUAUUGGCAGGGAUAUUGGCACAAACUUUCAGCUGGUAUAUCCCUAUAAAUCUUCCAUUUGGCAGUCAGCUGGCUCAUGAAGACACACCUGUUUAAACAAGCAUUCUCCUGAUCUUAACCUUGUGAUCUAAUUGCUGUUUUAUCUGCUUUCUUAUGUUGUUUUAAUAGACUUGUUUUAUUAGACCUCUUAAUUAUGGAUGUUUUAAAUGUUUUGAUGAAAUUUCAUUGUGUGUGGAUAUGUUUUUGUAAUUGGUUUUACACUUGUAAGUCUGACGUUUAUUGCAAUUAAGCUGUUUUAAGAAUUUGUGCUGCUACAUGCUGGGACUGCUAGGCUUCAAGCACCCUGAGGAUGUGUUGCAGUUGCAUUGAGGUUAUUUACCUAAGCAUGCUUGCAUCCAUGACUUCAGUGAGCCUACAAGCCAACAUGUUGUGCAAGUUACUUUUGCAGGCAGUGUUUCUUUCUGGGGGGGACGCAGGGUAUGCAUACCCCUAAUCAUUUUGUGAAUCUAAGUUUGGUCUCAUUGAGGGGCAAUAUUUCAAUAUGAGUAGGAAAAUGAGAGUACCCCUAAACAUUUUUUUUCUUAAGAAAAAAGCACUGUUUGCAGGUAAUGUACGGCAAGAGAGAUGACUCUCAUCCUUGCCAACAAAUAGCUCAUGAAAGGCAGAGGUCCUUAUGAAUUGAAGAUCAUGGGUUAUUGUGUAAAAAUAUGAUUGCUGUUGCAUCAGUGCAGGUUUAAUGUUAUAAAAUUGGUGUUUAAGUGGAAUGUUUUUAUAUGCUGGAUUAGAAUUGCUAGCGCACAAUAACUUGAGCUGAAAAGCCAGCCAUUUAUAGCAGAUAAAGCAGUGUUGCAUUUUUUUAAUCCCAGAUUGCACUGUGUAAGCUGAAUCUGCUCAUAUUGUAUUGCAAAAAAGGGCUCUGUUUGGGCCUCCUGAAUUGUAAUAGCAGUUCUCUUCUGUUCACUGCAGGGCAGAUCCCUGUUAUUUGGAACUGAGAGCGACACACACGAAAUUACAGAAGUGUUCUCUUUUUCCUGAAAGCCAUCUGUGCGAUAUGACUGCUUCCUUUGACUGGGUGAAGUAUCAGUCAAGGCACGGACAAGUGUAUCUUAUGAAAGCUAGGGGUCUGUCUCCCUUAAUGUGGAAUAUAUUGCAAGGGAAGGCACCUAACAUUUGGGUUCCUGUAUUAGCAUUUGCACACAUUCAGAUCAUAUUCCUCAAUAUACACUAAUCUAUCCUGUCUAGUGCCAUGUGGACUUCAGCCCAAAGUCUUUAAAAACUCUUUCAGUGCUGAGCUAGGCCUCUCCCAGUAAGUUGUACCGUGAAACUUGGGUCUGAGCCGUCAUAAGGGAUCCUCCAAUUGUGGCUGGCCUUGGUAGCCAACUAUGGCUAGUGACUAAUGCGGCUGUGGUUUCUCUUUUCAUGCUUCCCAGAGGCAAAAUAAGCAUGUUCCUCUUCUGGCUACGUGAAAACCUGUUACUCUUUGCAAAGAGCUGAGCUGUAUUGCAAAAUGCCGUUACACAAUAUCCUUGUGUGAUCAGUGAAGGGUGCUCUAUCAACAUUAGAAAUCUCAUUUCAGAUCGGCAGAACUCAGCCCUGUAUCCGAUACUGGCUGGUUCAAAGGAGACUGGUCUGUACAAAACUGGGUUGAAGAAGGGCUUGCUUCUCCACUAGCAAGUGCCACGCUCUACCUCUCACAACUGUGGCUUGGGAAACCUUUGUGUCAGAUGGCUGAGCAAGUUGGCUAUUAAUGGAGUCUGAAAGCUGGGUUUCUGGAAACAAAUUCCUUCCUUUAGUAUAAUGCCAAACUUGCUAUCUGCCGUAAUUCUGUCCACAGUUGCUCCUAGUUAGUUAGAGCCCUCCAAAUGUUACUCAUCCUCUGCACAGGGCUUCCUAGCCUGGUAUACAACUCCCGUCAUCUCUGCCCAUUGGCCAUACUGAAGAGAAGUGAUGAAACCUAUCUGUCACUUUCCAGGACUCAAGAAGUAGUGUGAAAAAUAGGUAACUGAGCUGAAUUCCCAUUAUGGUAUCAGUCCAUAAUUUGGUGUGGUUUUAUCAAUCCUCCUUUAGCCCAUCCCUUAGUUGUGCUGAAUUUCAUCCUGUCACCUGCUAGCUUGCCCCACUUAAUUCAUUCUGGUUAGUUAGGAAGAAGUCAAGAAAAAUUGCUGUGUGACAGAUUGUGCAGUCGCUUCACACUUGAAGGGGCAGCUACUGCUCUUUAAAUGGGCUUAAACUGUUGGGAGAAAAGUUUUGUAUGUACUGCAUAGAGCGCUGAAUAGAGUCAUGCCUCACCUACCUGCUAGAGAUUGUGCCUUCAUUAUCAGUGCCGCCCACAAACAGACUGAAGCAUUUUAGCACUAACUCCUCCCUCCUAUAGCUAAGGUCUUUUCUUAUUUAAGGGUAUUAUUGUCGGUAUAUGUGCAUUUCAAGGGUAUUGUGGAAGAUAUAUUAAGAAAUGGUGUGGAUUGACAAACUCUAACUGUAGAUUAAGGACUGUUACGUGCCUUAACGUUUAACAUUCACCGAUGUUGUAAUGUGGCUCAAACAAGAAUACAAUGUGGUACACAGAAUUUCCUAAAAGCUGCAGCCCCUUGCACUGUAUAUUUGUGCAGAGAAAUGCAUGAAUCUCUGCUGUAAGCUGUGAAGCAGCCUUAGUGAACAAGGUUAAAAGCUGUCUCCCUUUGAAGAUGCCUUUUAUAGAACCAUACAUAUGACUUAAUAUAAAGAUUAGCAAGAACCUCAUCUUAUCUUUUCCUGAGUGAAGGGAUUAUGUGAGUCUGCAUUCAGAACUGUCAAGCAGAAUGGAAACUUUUUUAAAAAACCUAUAGAUAUCGUGAAUAGUAGAAUUACUUCACCAUUUUAAGUCAUGGCAUGGAAGGCAUCUGGUGCAAUACUUCAUUAUUAUUAUUAUUAUUAUUAUUAUUAUUUUACUUUAUUAUUAAAAAAUUGUAAGAAAUUCUCUUAAGUAGAUUACAAAAAACAAAACGAAAAAGCCAUGUGGAAUUUACUCUGUCCUGUAUCACAACUUUCUCAUUAUGGCAUUUUAUAUGCACGGUGCAUUUCAUCCAAGUAUGGGCAAAGAGUAUGUACAUUGCAGGCUUAUAAACUGUCUAUCGUUUUAAUGCAACUCUGGAAUUCAGCCAGGAAUUUGACAAUUCAAAUCUAGGUUGGACAGGCAGGGCUUAGUGGAAUCAGACACUUGGCUACUUUUCUUGGGCUCUGUGCCUUUAGAGUUGGCUUCAAGAGCUCAUUUGGAAUUUGUCUUCUGUGACCUAAAAUAACCUGUUAGAUCCUUUGGUUAUUGUUAAUACAGUAAAGAUUAAAUAGACUAUAAUUCAUUGAAGUUGUCCCAUUGGUGCAAGGACUUCCACCUCUACUGUGGAACUUCCUCUCCCUGUCACUCCCACAUUUCCCCACAAAUCUGUUCUGUGGUUUCCUCCUCAGGCCCCCUAGAUCAUAGAAUCAUAGAAUCAUAGAGUUGGAAGAGACCACAAGGGCCAUCGAGUCCAACCCCCUGCCAAGCAGGAAACACCAUCAGAGCACUCCUGACAUAUGGUUGUCAAGCCUCUGCUUAAAAACCUCCAAAGAAGGAGACUCCACCACACUCCUUGGCAGCAAAUUCCACUGUCGAACAGCUCUUACUGUCAGGAAGUUCUUCCUAAUGUUUAGGUGGAAUCUUCUUUCUUGUAGUUUGGAUCCAUUGCUCCGUGUCCGCUUCUCUGGAGCAGCAGAAAACAACCUUUCUCCCUCCUCUACGUGACAUUCUUUUAUAUAUUUGAACAUGGCUAUCAUAUCACCCCUUAACCUCCUCUUCUCCAGGCUAAACAUGCCCAGCUCCCUUAGCCAUUCCUCAUAAGGCAUCGUUUCCAGGCCUUUGACCAUUUUGGUUGCCCUCCUCUGUACACGUUCCAGUUUGUCAGUGUCCUUCUUGAACUGUGGUGCCCAGAACUGGACACAGUACUCCAGGUGAGGUCUGACCAGAGCAGAAUACAGUGGCACUAUUACUUCCCUUGAUCUAGAUGCUAUACUCCUAUUGAUGCAGCCCAGAAUUGCAUUGGCUUUUUUAACUGCCGCGUCACACUGUUGGCUCAUGUCAAGUUUGUGGUCAACCAAGACUCCUAGAUCCUUUUCACAUGUACUGCUCUCAAGCCAGGUGUCACCCAUCUUGUAUUUGUACCUCUCAGUUUUUUUGCCCAAGUGCAAUACUUUACAUUUCUCCCUGUUAAAAUUCAUCUUCAUCAUCAGGUUCUUCAUCUUCUUCAUCAGAUGAGGGGCAAGUAGAGGGAGUUCUGUUGUUCGGGCAGAAGUCCUUGCUCUAAUUCAUGGGUAGGCAAAAUAAGGCCCGAGGGCCGGAUCCGGCCCAAUCGCCUUCUAAAUCCGGCCCGUGGACGGUCUGGGAAUUAGCGUGUUUUUACAUGAGUAGAAUGUGUGCUUUUAUUGAAAAUGCAUCUCUGGGUUAUUUGCGGGGCAUAGGAAUUCGUUCAUUUUUUCUUCAAAAUAUAGUCUGGCCCCCCCACAAGGUCUGAGGGACAGUGGACUGGCCCCCUGCUGAAAAAGUUUGCUGACCCCUGCUCUAAAUGGCUGCUUUCGCUGAAUACAACCCAUUAGGAAUGGACAUCAGGAGCUUAGCAAACAUAAUCAGAAAUAAACCCAUUUUUGAGUUAACUUUCCCCCGCCCUGUUAAAUUUAUUUAGGGUCAAGUGCAAGUUGCUGAAACGUUGGAGAAUGUCAUUUUAACUGACUCGUGUUUUGCGUUACAUUCUGCCUCAGGGCGAAGUGGAAAGCUAGCAUUAUGUGGGCCGAAACUAGAGCUUCGUAAUUAUUUUUUUAUCCUAAUGGGAAUUGUUCCCUUCUCUAAAACUAGAUCUCUUGGCCCGCCCAUGGCACUCUUCAUAUAAAGCAGGCGCUUGUUCAGGUGAUUGCUGCACAUCCGUUUCAUACAGCCAUCCCGAUACUUUAUUGCGGAGACGGGAUAUUUGCACAAGCAGCUGUAAGAGACAAGAGGCUAGUUUUGCUUGCAUUAAGAUCACCUCCAGCCUCUGCGAAGAGAGGACAGCUGCUGCUGCUGCUGCUGCUGCAGGGAACAGCAGCAGGCAGACUUCCUGCAGGGAUCCAAAACAGCAAGGAACUGUUCCCAGUUUUUUCUUCCAGGAACCUGAAGUCUGAAGAAGGGCCACAGCUGCAUCCGAAAUGAGGUGCUUUGGGGGAAGGUAGAAGGCAUUAGAAGAGGGGUGUGUGGGGUAACACAUACUGAAAAAUAAAGUAGGUUGGACUAAGAACAUAGGUUGAUAUAUAAAGUGUGCUUUUUUAACUGUACAGUGGGUAGUAUAAAACGUAAGUCUGAGUAGACCCUCUGAAAUAAUGAACUUAACUUACCCACAGUAUGACUUAGUUUUACACCACUCAGUAGUAAUUUUGGCAUAAAUCACUUUGCAUAUCAAAAAAGUGUGCAAUGGUGGAUUGGAUUCAGCGUUAAACUGCUGAGAGAGAGAGCGCAGACAUGUUAAAAGGCUAGCAUUUGGCUACAAAUUGAAAAGAUCAGAGUGUACUCAUUCUUGCUUUGUGUGUGUGAGAGGUGUGUGUGUAGAUAGAUAGAUUAGAUAAAAUAUAUGAACAUGGAGAUGAAUUGCCCCAACUGCCUUGUUUCUGUUUAUAUUUUAUUUUUGAUGUGUCCUUCUCUACCUUCCUCUUUAAUAUUAUUAAACACAUUUGGCAGUCAUGCUUCCUCACCAACUUGUGGCUUUUAAAAGACUACACUGUCAUUUUCUUAGCCACCAGGUAUAAUUUUGAAUAAGCAUUUUGCUUUUUAAUGAAAGGGAAGAGAUUGAAAGUUGCAUCAGUCUUGCUCUCCCAAAGUAUAAAAAGAUGUUGAGUCUGACAGUGAUGUGCGUAUCAGUCAGGCUGCAGGUUGGAUGCAUGCAUAAAAUAAAAAGCCCUUCACAAAGAAAAACUAUGUGUGAGGUAGAGAGAGUCAAAUUGAAAAAUCUAGGUUGGUAACCUUCUUGUGGAUACCUAGUGUCCUGUGUUCUUGGUUUCUGCUGAAAACCUUUGCAUUUAGAUAAGCCUACCCAGAUGUUUCGAAUGUUGAGGUAAUUUUAAUCUGUUUUAGUAUUUAAACUAUUGUAUGUUUUAAAAUAGUGUUGUAUUUUUUUCUCGAUUUUACUGUUUUAUCUUUUGUAAAUCGCUUUAAGGUUUGUUUGUUUUUUUACAAUCCAGUGGUGUAUACAUUUUAUGGGGCGGGGGAAGUUCUGACAAUGUUUUUCAUUGUAUGAGCAUCUACCAGCAGUCCAAAGUACUCCAGCCCCAGACCACAGCUUCACCACCUCAAUGUAUAAGAUCACAUCCACACCAUACGUGUGAAAUCACAUUACUUCCUUGACCCUAUUUUUUGGGGGGAACUGUAGUUUACUCCUCAUGGUGCUAUACCCGCCACACCCUGUGUAGUGCAGGGGUUCUUAAACUGCAGUCCAUGGACCACUCGUGGUCAGCAAGUGGUCUGCGGCAGGUCGUCUAUGGAAGGUCUGUAAAAACACAAAGACCAUCCAGCACAACUGCUACAAAAGGCAAAAAAAAUCGUUAAAUGGUUGGCCAAGACACUUGGCAGUUUUCAGGUGGUCCAUGGGGGGGGGAAUCUUGGGGACCACUGAUGUAGAACAUAUGCUGAAGAAGCAUAAUUCUGGUCACGUAACUGAAGAUUUAGUAGGUUAAUGACCAAUUAUAAUUUGCAGCCCUAUUGGCUAGAAUCAAGCAAAUGUCUGCUGGGGAUGGCUGAAGUUAGAAUACUGUAUAAGACAAGGAGUGAUGGCAAUGGCUCUAGGGCAAUUGCCAAAUGUGUGUAUUGUUAAGGAAUGCCCUGAUAACAGUGGCUCAGAAACUGAUAAUGGUGAUAGGGAGGAAUAUUUAUGUCAAGUGCUUAAUUACUACAGUUUGUGUGUUGUGAAGUAUUUCCCAGACUGAGUACUUCUGUGAGCUCUUUGAUCAAUCCUUCAUUCAUGUAGUGAUGCUUUUAUGAUUCAUUCUGAGCUCUAUUUUGACCCUGUCUAAAAUUGCCUCCAUUGUUUGUAGUAGGCUUAAUGUAUGGGAACCCUUCCAUUCCCUACCUUCCUGUUAUACUUGAAUAAGGGCAUGAUAGCCCAAUCCUAAAGAUGGGGUCAUAAUUGCCGCAUGCAUAUGACCCUUGAUGUUGUCUGUCCCCUGUUAAAAUAGUAUUUAGUAGGAGAACUUGAGGGAAAAGUAACCUGGUGAAUUACUCUAGUCUGAGUCAGCAUUGUGACUUGAAUAUAUAGAUAUAGAUACAGUGGUACCUUGGUUUUCGAACGUCUCCGUUGAUGAACAUUUCGGUUUUCAAACACCAUAAACCGGGAAGUGAAUGCUUCAGUUUUCGAACACACCUCAGAAGUUGAACAUGCCACACAGUUUCUGCUGAGUGCAAGAUGCUGAGGCCUAGCUGUCGGCUACUGAGUUUUCGGUUUUCGAAUGUUUCAGAACUCGAACAGUCUUUCGGAAUGGAUUACGUUCGAAAACCAAGGCACCACUGUAUAGUUAUGGAGUGGCAUAAUGAUAUCUGCUAGAUUUUGGACCCAGCUCCAUGUUACUGACAUUGUCCUCCAAUCUAAAUUAGUAUUGAGUUCUGUACUACUGACAGCAUUCCUGUUUUUCUCACUAAGGAGCUGAAUUCCGUGGUGGCUAUAUCUAGCUUUGUUUCAGCCCUUGAAAACUGAUUGCAAACUGCCUUGAAUAUGCAUACAAGUUAUUCCUACUCUAUUCCAAAGUAGUUCUCUUUGUUUUCUAAAGGAAUCUCAUUGUUAUUUAGAAAUUGUGAAUAUAGGUUCCCUGCCUGAUAGAAGGACACUACCUACUGAUAUACAAUUGGAGAUCAUUUCCAAAUCAUAAGAGGGCCAUCCUAACAGAGCCAGUGUGGUGCUGCAGAGAGUGUGUCGGACUAAUACCUGGGAGACCAGGGGUCAAAUCAGCCAUGACACUCACUAGGUGACCUUGUGACAGUCACUGUCUUUCAGCCUAGCCUGCUUCACAGUGCGAUUAUGAUAAUGCAAUGGGAAAGUGAAGAAUUAUGUAUACCACCUUGAGCUCCUGGGAGGAAAGCUAGGACAAAAAUAAUGAUAGCUACAGACAUAUCCUGAAAAACAGAUGGUGGGGACAGCCAGAGAAGGGUAUUGCUAUCGUUCCCUGCUUGCGAUCUCCAAACAGCAUCUCUCUGGCUGUUGUCUGAGGAGGAAUUUGGGGCUUGACAGACUUGGCUGAAUCUAGAAGGCAGUUCUUAGGAAUAGUAACCUUGAAUUGACAUUUCAGGAGUAAAGGAUCCUCUGAACCUAAGGGGUACUUAAUAUGUAUUUGGAUUGCUUUUAAAGAUUUGGUGCUGUAAUAUUGAUGUAAUAUUUUGAAAACAGUUAUUGGUGACAAUUAGGACCAAGUGUAAUAUAGAGCCGUCCUGUUUAGUGUUCAAGUCAGCCACAUCCUCCUCCCAGAAUACCUUAUUCUAUUACCCCCUUCUGGUUUUCCUUUCCAGCAGUUGGCUGGCAUUCCUUGCAUGCUCCAGCCUCAUUGUGCUGUUUCUGGGCUUUCCCCUUAUGAUUCCCCCCCCCCCAAAGAUUUGUUGUAUGUCUGCAAACGUCAAGGUUCUCCAAGGCUGCUGAUACCUCCUGUUGUAGGUGGGUGGUUCCAUUUUUGUUACAUAAACAAUACUCCUUUCCCCUGAAAAUUGGAAGUGAAGAGGAUGGUGCGAUUGCUGGAACAACUAAAAGCAACAGGAUUCUGUAUGCUAGAAUGCUUGCUAAGGAUGCAGGAGGGUUUAGUGCUGGUGUUUGUUUGUUGGGAUUUAGGUUAAUAACAUAUCUUCUAUUACACGCACACACACACACGCGCGCACACACACACUUUGGUUGGACAUUCAAACAGGUAGGAACAAUCUGGGACAGUAAUUGUAAGUGGCUUAACUUUCUCUAGGGUAAAAGGGCUUUCUGAUGUGUUUUAUUCCACAACGAUGCCUAUAAAAUCACUAAAGCCUAUUUGUAGGCAAUGAGUGAGAACACCUGGUAUAAAAUGUUGUUAAGAAUAUUCUUCUGAGCUCAGAACGACUUCAAUUGCUUCUUUCAAAGGAUGUUUAGGCCAUUUGACUGUCAUUGCCUGUGGCAGCUUGGAAGAAUUUAUAGAGCCUGCACUCCCACUAAAUUUGUUGCAGGCAAGAUGAACUAACACACCAAAAUUUCUCUAAUCAGGCUGCAUGAGAGAUCUUAAAUCUAGUUUCAAAAAGCUGACCAUUCAGUGGAUAUUGGAUGCCUCUACUAUUUAAAACUCUUUCUUUUACCAUAUUGGCCCAAAUAUAAGCCACACCCAAAUAUAAGCAGCACCUUUAAAAUUCAAGGGGGGAAAAGAAAAAAAACCUGAAUAUAAGCCACUCCCUUAAAAUUCUGCAGUUCCGUUUGACUGUAUGUCAGUUUCAGCAAUGAUACUGUAAAAGCCAAUUUUUGUAAAAAGGUAAAGGUAAAGGACCCCUGACAGUUACAGUUAAGUCCAGUCACAGACGACUCUGGGGUUGCGGCGCUCAUCUCACUUUACAGGCCGAGGGAGCUGGCAUUUGUCUGCAGACAGCUUUUCUGUAUCAUGUAGCCAGCAUGACUAAGCCGCUUCUGAAAACCAGAGCAGCACACAGAAAUGCUGUUCACCUUCCUGCUGAAGCGGUACCUAUUUAUCUACUUGCACUUUUUUUUUGGUGUGCUUUCGAACUGCUAGGUUGGCAGGAGCUGGGACCGAGCAACGGGAGCUCACUCCAUCAUGGGGAUUCGAACUGCCGACCUUCUGAUCGACAAGCCCAAGAGGCUCAGUGGUUUAGACCACAGCGCCACCCACGAAUUUAAGCUGCACUUUAACUUUUCAUAGUCGGAAUUUGGGAAAAAGAAGUGAGGCUUAUAUUCAGGCCAAUACUGUACUAUUAGAAUUCGUAAAAUUACGUCCUUAGCCAGUCAAAGUAGUCAGCACUGAUGGUUUACAGCAGUCCUCCCUAAGCUGGUGCUCUCCAAAUUUUGGAAUAGAAUUCCCAUAAUCCCAAACACUGGCCUUUGCUGGCUGGGGUUGUUCAGAGUUGUAGACUCCCCUCCCCUUCUCAGCGUGGCUUCUGAGAGAUCACAGGUUAGAUUCAAAUUGCUUGUAAACUCUUUCAAGUUUGUUACACUAAAAAGGCCCUCAGGACGAAAGAGAGAAACCCACACUAGCCCAAAUGAGCUUAAACAGCUUGAAAUCUCUCUCUUUCAGGUGUGUCUGUGUGAGCUGCAAGUGCUGUCCUUGGCUGAUCCCACAGUUGGCUUUAAUAUGCUUGAUCUGUACCUUUCACUGUAAACAAGUUAAUGUUCAAUGAAAUGGGAAUAGUUCUCCCCCUUAUGAUGUCAGGGCUGUGUUUUGCAAUAAGCGCCACAUUUCUUGCUGUUGAAGCCAUUUCUCCACCAAAAGAGAAAUAAUCUCAAUGCUUGCAUGUCUACUUGAGCUGUGUCAUUAGGGGUGGGUGUUGGGAACUGGUGGUGGAGCACUUGGUCACACUUAAGAGCUACAACAUGCUGGCUUGUUCCUGAAAUUUUUAAUUAGUCACAGGUCUCUGCAGGGUCAGCGGGUGAAAAAUGAAUAAGCAGAGCCAAGUGACUGUUAAUGAAACACAGCACACAGAGCGGUUUAGUUCAGAAACAAUUGUCAUUCUUUCGCUUCAGUUUUUAUACUCCCAAGUGUCUGUAUACUUGAUGAUUUCCUCUGUAGGAGUAAGGUAUAAACCUUUUUUUAAAGAACAAAAAUAAAAAAACCCAGUUGGUAUUUGCAGAUCAGAGGCUGUGUUUACAUUACAAUAAAAAUAUUGGAUACUACUAUAUUAGCUUCCAAACAACUCUAAUGCUGCGUUUAAUAAUUUAUCUAUUUCCACUGGUUUUUCGUUUGUCCUUGUGUGCACUUCUUGCUGAGAGAGGAAUCGGGGCAAACUUUUACAAGUGUUCCCCGUAUCAUGGGGGCUCCUUCCUAGUUGCACAAUCCCAUGCUAUGCAGUUGCAUGUAUGAAUAGCGCAACCACACGAAUGGAGAUGACUGAAUGGGUUAUUUCCAGACAAGUACCCUUUUGUGAGGCUGCUGAUUGGCUGAGAAAGCUCUGCAUGAUUGGACCUACCAAUGUGGGCAUACUGUUCAUACAUUGACCCCUGCACUGUGACCUUUAUGCUUGCUAUGCAAUUACACCUAGCAGUCUCACCAUUAAUAAAUAAUAUACUUCACAACCUGUUGAAUUGUCUGUGGACAACUAGAUUUAGGUUUGUUUUUCUUCAUUGAGGCACUGAGUUUAACACUUGCUGGUGAGCUGUUUUCACCUACUCUUGAGAAAGCAAUGAACUGGAGGGCCUGUCAGUUCAGCUGCUGCAUUGCAUGAAAUCAGAGAGCAAUAAUAAUGUGGUGCUGGACAAUAUUUCGAAACUGAUGUCCAGUCAACCCAGCAUUUUUCUCAUAUUGCAUGGGUUUUUGAGCGUCAGUGAUAAGCUGAUGAUUCCCUUGCAUUAGUAUUUUUUGUAGGAGAAGAUGAUGCCCAGCAACAUUUCUAGAAGACUAUGGUAAAGCUCAUAUUGAGAUAUUAUAUCGAGUCAAACCAUUGGUUUAUCUGGGCUAGUUACCUGCAGGAUGUCCAGCAGAGGCCUUUCCCAUCACUGCUACCUGAUUAUUUUAACUGGAGAUGGCAGGGAUUGAAUCAGGGACCUUCUAUUCCACCACUUAAGCUUUGCCUCUUCCCUAACUCACAAAGGAGAGGACAAAAAGCCACAUAUGUCAUUCAACUCAACUCCUUCUGGAUAAUCCCUAGCAACAGUAGGUUUUAGGUACCUAAACCGCAGGCUAUAAUUCAAACCUGGGCAUUGCAUAUAUUAUGAAUAAGUUUAAAUGUCUAGUUUUGAUCAUGAGUUACUGAGUUUGUGGCAAGCGGUAUAGUGAUGGUUUAAUCUGUAGAGGUGGCACUCAGCUAAACUUUAUGCAGGGUAGAUAAACUGUAAUGGACCUAACUUAGUCACAUUCAUUAAUUUCAGCCAGUAAGGCUUAGAUAUUUGAUGCUUGUAUUCCGGGGAAUGCAAUAAUGAUAAUAAAAAUAAUAUAUGUAGUUACAAUAAAUAUGUGGCAAAACUUCCAUUGACUUUAAUCGCCUGCCCUUAGAGUAUAAUUGAGCAAAUGUCUAAUAAAUAAUGAUGAGUUUGUUUUCUCUCCCUUAGGGCCAACAAGCCAGAGAUGUCCGACAAAAUGUCAAGUUUCCUGCAUAUUGGAGACAUAUGUUCUUUGUACGCAGAGGGAUCAACAAAUGGAUUUAUCAGCACGCUGGGGUAAGUGAGCCAUUUUUCAGGUGCUGCAGGGUGUGUUUAAUGAGCUGGCAGUGGAGGAAAAAUAGGCAUGGUUGUCUAGAAGCCAACGCUGUCAUCGCCAUGUGUUUAACAGCGCUGGGUGUCUCUUUCCUUCCCUGCAGCUAUAAAUCCUUGGGAUAAGAAGUUCCCCAGGUGAGUGAAUCUGCUUCAGCAGAAUCUAAACAUUUCACUUAAGAUAGAUUUAAAAAAAACAACUGCAGCAGCUUCAUCAUCUUCAUUUUGUUGCUCAGGGCAGAAUAUUGAAGCCCGGAGCUCUGUGGUUUACUAUCUAGAUGAGGAACUGGCAGCGGAAUCCAGAGAGAGAAUAACACUAUGUUUGCUGCCCUGGACUCCAAUUUUUGAUGAAAGGUGGAUCAUGAUUAAAUAAAUAAGAAUAAAGCUAUGUUUUGAAGACAUCAGUGUUUAAAUUAGCAUAUCCUGCUAAUUCUAUCUGGGCAGAAGCACUCAAAGAGGACAUGGAGAGAUAGUCUCAAGGGCCACUUAGAGAGGUCUAGAGGGCCACAUUUGGCCUGCAGGCCUGAAGUUCCCCUCCCCUGCACUAAAUGCUGAGUCCUCUGAGUAAGUAAAGCCAGGAAAGUUGAUGAAAAAGGUUGUGCAUUGUUAAAUAUGAUUCUCUCCCCACACCUACCAACCUGUAUGUGGAAGAAGUGCUUUGGUGUAUUUUCUUUUCUUUUUUCCUAUGGAAUUACAUAAGUUUAACCUUUCUGGCCAGGGCUUCUCUCCUCCUCCUCAGCAGAAUUAAUUUGUGUGUUUUGAGGAUCCCAGUGUGAAGUUCUAGAAGCAGAUGUCCAGUACAGUCAGAGUAUAUACCUGGCUUUCGACCAAGUGAAGAUGCCUGGCGCCUGACAUCUCCACCAUCUGGGAAACAUAGGACCUGGACUGUUUUAACACACUAAUACCCCGCCUCCCCACCACCACCGGUAGAAUUCUAUCAGUUAUAUUUUAUCUGCACAAUCAGAAUGAAUUUCUGCAACCAAAAUGCCUUUUCUGUGCAGCCUGAGCAGGAGCAGUCACCAUUCAGAAAAAGAGGUCUGAAUAGGCCAAUAUAUAUGUGUACUUCCCUGGGUAAACUUAUUGUUUUUCUUUAAAUUCUCAAAGUUCUAUUCCUAGCUCAAGGUUUCAUCUGAACUAGUUGGAUGUUUAACUGAGAAUCAAUCACAGUCUGACAGUCAUUCGAAAAAAGAAGACUUUAUAGACAUCUUGCCCCCCAAAGUGGCAACUAGACGUUCUGUUUUGGUGACUGCAACCUUGCUCAGCCUUGGAUACUAUAUUUGUUCUGCCUUGGGCAGCAAACAGUCUUGAGUUGGCUAUUAACCACCAGAACACCCUGUUGGAGCAACUGUGCAAGGGUUUACAUGUUAAGAGCUCAAGAACAAUGGGAACUGAAUAUAGCUAAACACAGUAAUGAUAUUUUGUUCAAGUAAAUAUUUCUCUGAAGCUGAAUCCUGCUUAAUAUUCCUGUGAGAUGAUGACUUGAAGCUUAAUCACAGCCUUGCUUCUGUUUUUCUAAAUACAGUGCUCCAAUGGCUUUGGUUCCUAGUUUGUAAUAUACUUAAUUGCCUUUUGAACACUAAGCAAGCUGUGUAAUCUUUGUUUUGAUCAUCUGUUUGCCUGGAAUAAUGCUCUCUUGCCUAUGAUCUAUUUUUGGAACAAGGUGAAUCUUUCAGCUACUAGAAUUAGCUGUCUGGAUGCUUUUUGCAAGACUUUUUUUGAACUUCAUAAAAUUAGGGUGGCUUCUUGCUUUGAUACUCAGUUCCUCCUACCCUUUCCUGAGCAAGUCUUUCCCCAUCCUUUGAUACUUCUGGGGAGGUGGGAGGGCAGAUGCAACAGAGAAUUUCAGCAUUCACCUUUUCACGUCAUUGCGCUGUAGCAGUGAAUAGCUGUCUAGCUGAUAUUCCCUCUUGCUUUAAAGUUACAGAAGCAAUGUUCCCUAUUGCAUUGGGUGUUUUUAUCCUCCUUAUCCCCUGCUGUGGAUGAAGAUCGAGUAUGGCCUUAUUCAUAGUCUCAGCGCAUAUGUUAGUCCUGUUAAAGCAAUACUAUGGCUGAGAGCUGGACUCUUUCCUUCCUGUUUGAACUUUAGUUUAGAGGGGGGGGGGGGAGUUGUGAGGGAGCCAUAUAGGAUUUAUUUCCCUCAUAUGAAAGCCCUGGGGUGGAAGGUUGUUUUUCAUUUGUCAAGGGGGCAAGUCAUAACUGCAAGUCCUAAGCAGAAUUUCUAUGACGUGUGACUGACUGGACCACAGAAUCCAUUAAAAAUAUGUUUUUAAAAAUAACUGACAGUAUCAACAUAUCUUCAGGGCAUUACAGUGGUACCUCAGGUUACAGAUGCUUCAGGUUACAGACUCCGCUAACCCAGAAAUAAUACCUCAGGUUAAGAACUUUGCUUCAGGAUGAGAACAGAAAUCAUGGUGGCGGCACGGUGGCAGCAGGAGGCCCAAUUAGCUAAAGUGGUGCCUCAAGUUAGGAACAGUUUCAGGUUAAGAACGGACCUCCAGAAUGAAGUUCUUAACUCAAGGUACCACUGUACCUAGUUUACACAUAGUGGUGAGCUGACCAGGUGCAGAGAGAGCCAAAAUGCUUGGCUCCUCCCAGUACAUUAACUCAGUGUAGCUCAGCAGCGAAGGCAAAGUUUGGCUUAACACGUCAUCAAAUUGUGGUUAAGUGCCCCCUUCCUUCACCACAAUCAUUAGCAAAGAACAAACCAUGGGUAUAAGUCGUGAUUAAGGAGGAGAAAGCUCAAGCGUGGCAAGCUGUGUUGAGCUACAAGGAAGAGCAAAGUGGCUGGGAUCUCCUCCCUAAGAACCAGCAUGUUUACUCAUUUGUGCUAGGUCAUGAUUUGGCUCACUGCUGCAAACAUGGCCACUGAAACUAACGUUCCUAUGGACUACACAGAUUGUUGUUGAAUGCCUCCCUGGUGGAGUUAUUUUCACUUGAAGUGGCUUACAGUGUCUCCUAAGUGUGCAUACUUGGAAUUGUUCACAAUACAAUAAAAGGAUAUAUUUAUUUUAGUUUUAGACUCUCUAUUAGAGAUUUUAUCUCUACAGGGGUCACUGCUUGCCACUCAGGAAAACCCAACUGGUCAAUGGUCACCUCAACAUCGAGUGAAUGCCCUGUCUGUUCUCCAUAAAGUUCCACGUAGUAAUCCACCCAACAUUGUGCUGAUAUAGUGGCAUCUAGUGUUGAUCUUGAUUCAUUCAUGACCCGAGACACCAGAAGCCAAAACUUGUCCUCUCUUCUCUCAGCUACUGCCAAUCCUAGUUCUUGCCACUGCCUUCUCACAAAGCUUACUUUUUUGAUCUUUAGAAUUUUCUUAUAUGCUGCUCUGCUCCUUCCCAUAUUUCCCUUGUUAAUUUCGGAGGGUUUCCCCAGAUAGGUUGUAAUUGUACUUAGCAGGCAAAAGGAUAUAUAAACAAUUACAUAUAUAAUAUAUGUAUAUAAAACCACUGCAUAUAUUGUAAAUUUUUUUCCAUUAACUCUUCUCACGAACCAAGGGCGUUUUUAUUGGAAUCUUAUCUCUAUUAUGGUCUUCCUUGCUUCACAUUGCUACAGAAGAAAAAUUAUUGAGACUGGAAGAGCAUGCUGGGAAAAUAAAAAUUUAGAAGGGGAAGAAGGCCAAGAUGGCACCUCAUCUUCUGCCUUCCUAAAUCUGCAGCUGAACUCUAUCACUUUGAGACCCUGAAAUUUGCCAUUAGAAUGUCUUCAUGAAGUAUCCCUGCCUUGGCUAGUGGAACACUGGGAUAGACAAUAGACUUUCUUUACAGUACUUGGUCCACCACAUGAAGGUGCCUUCUGAAUGUCAGAGGAUUAUCAAUAGAUGAUGAGAAUGGAUUUGAGCACCGUGAUGUACAAUAAUAGUGGUUUCUUCUCCUUUCCUGUUUCUCUGCAUCAAAGUAUGUCUGAAAUACUCCCUCUCUGGGGACUUUCUGUCUUCCAUGUCAGACAGGCAGGGACUUAGAGCAGAACCUUCUUUCUGGUGGAAAGCAUUUCCAAAGAGGUCUUAAAAAUAAAUAAACGUCUUUUGCUGUAGUCCAUCAGGCUAAGGCAAUUUUAUUCAGACUGGCAUAUGGAAUAUGAGACUUUAUGGAUGCUCUGCUCAUUUUUACAAAGUUGAUACACUAUUUUAUAACCGCGGAACGCCUUCUCCAGAGAGAGUGGCUGUCAAAUAUUCCUUGUGCUUUAAUAGUCUAAUGAAAACAUACCUCUUCCACCUGGCUGACUGCUACAAAUGUAACUCUUUUUGUUUUAUACUUUGCAAUGCCUCUUUAAACUGCAGUAAAUCAAGAGAUACGCUGUUAUUUAUUGAUCACCAAAGUCCAUUUUAUUACUGCAAACAUAAUAAUUAGAGGGAAAGAAAUUCUGCAGGUGACGACCAGCUCAUCAGCUUCUGGGGUCAAAGUAAAACAGGCUCAAUUAUUCCUUUUGCUAAGUUAGUUUGGUAAUGUGAGCCGUUGUUAGAGUCUGUGUGGGGUAGUUGUUAAAAGCUACCAUGUUGGUCUACAACUGGGGAGACCUGCACUCAGAUUCCACUCAGCUGCAGAACUCACUGGGUCAUUCAGUAUAUUUUUCAUCCUAAAUUUACUUCACAAGGUUGUUGUGUAGAAGAAAUGCAGGGGGAGGGAUGAAAACGGAGGGGGAAGAACUCUGCAGCUAGCUUGAGCUCCUUGGAGGAAAGAUGAGAUACAAAAGAAGGGAAAAAAGGCAUAAUAGCUCUAGUUCAAGAUGGUUGAUGGCUGCGUAAGCAGCCACUGGGCAAAUCUGUUUAUCCUUCUAGCCAAGGAGAGCGGCUGAAAUGAUGGCAUUUCAGAUUGGGAGCUGGUUGAACUAUAUGUUGAACUUUGACUGUAUGUGUGAGAAGAGUUACAUCAGAGUCUCUAAAGAUUGAGGGAAGCUUUUAGCCACUUGAAUGUCACUUGGUUGACUGUAAACAUCUCUCAUGCAAGCAAGACUUGGAUAGGAAUAUAUUGGAAGGAAUUCAGCGUCAUGCUGAGGUAAUUGUUCCAUUUGGGCUAGCAUUGCAGCUUGCCGGAUGGAAUUAUCUCCCCUCUCCUCUUCCCUUGCACUGUUUGGGCUGGCGUUGGGGGGUUGGAAGAAGCCAAAUUCAAGGGGGAAGAGCCUCAUUGCACAAGUCCAUGGAGGGCUUCCAUGGACAGGACUCACACUUCUUUUGUUUGUGGCAGUAACUUCCACUUGUUAAAAAUGUCAGGCAAUUAAUACACCGCUUCUCAGGCAGACCUCACAAAGCUGUUUAUGAUAACAGUAAGCAGUUUUGGGAGUGGGUUUUAAAUAACAGGGCUUUUUUGUGGCACUACUCACAAGUAUGGAGUACCCUCGCCUCUUAUUUUGCUGCCUAUGGCGGCCAUUUUGUGCUGGCACCCGUGGCAUUUUUAUCAAUGUAUGAAUAGUGGCACCUUCCUUUUUACCAAAAUGAAAAGCAGUGAAAAGUGUUAUACUGAAAUGGAGAAGACAGCUGUUGAGAAGUAGCUGCCAUUGCCUCUUUUACUUUCCCCUGGGCAAGGUGGUCCCGAAGAAGCGCCUGUGGUAACUCUUGGAGGUGGGAGUGGUCACUCAGGGAGCCAAGUUCAGAUUUAUUUCUUGCAUAUUUUUUUGAUACCUUACCAUGGGUUCAUAACAUUUAAAUUAAUUGAAUUAAAAUAGCUCCAUUAGCGUGUCAGGUGAAGUAGAGUUCAUUGAACUAAAUUCCAAAGUGAGGUGGUUUAAAAAAAAAUCAAAAACAUGUUUGGACAUUUUUUCCUUUUUCCACGGAAUUCAGAAUGGUGUGCAUGGUUCACCUCUAUAUUUUAUCCUCUCAACAGCCCUGUGGGGUAAGUUAGGUUGAGAGGUAGUGACUGGCCAAAAUUCUUCAGUCAUUUUGUUUUGUGACUCAGGUGAGGAUUCAAAUAUGUGUUUCCACAUUCUAGUCAGUCUUUCUCAACCUCUGCACCACACUAGCUUACAAGCGUGUGAAGAAAACACAAAGCAUCUUUAAACCGUCUGUUGAAGCUGUUUAGAAAUCAGUCAUUGCCUUCUUCAGUUUUCAUUUGGAGACCAGUAAUUUCCUUAUAAUAGGACUUUUAAAAUGGUGUCUGUCCUAAACGACAUCCGUAUUCUGUCAUCCGAAGUAAUCCAGAUAAAUGCUUACUUGUGUAUCAGAUUCUCAUCUCUGUGCAAACAAGGGCAUUUGUAUUCUGAAAGGUGUAAUGUUUAAGUCAGUCACAAAUACCUUUAUUUCAUGUUUUGUGAUAGUUUCCAUGUGCGAGAAUCAGAGUAGUUCCACCACAGGUUUUAGCAAUUACUUGGCCUGGAUUUCUCGGCAAGCUGAGUCUGUGUAUGCAGCUAUAAAGCAUUACAACAGGUCUUGCUCUACAUUUACAGUUUGCAUUGGGCCUGUUUCAAUAAAACUUUUGCAUUUACUAUAACUUCUCUGCGUCUUCCUGGGUCCAGGAAGUACACUGCAAAUAUCCGGAUCUUUCUCCCUUCCCCCAAUGCCGUAAAUCUGUUGGAUGGUAGCCUACCUGUCACUGAGCAGGAGACACAGGAAGUGGUACUGAACAAAAUCUAAUUUUGUUCAGGGUCAUAAUGAGCACAGUAAUUAUUUGGGUACAUCAUAAGCCUCACAGAAUCUUGACAUGAAUUCAUAAAAUUAUUCAUAAAGUGAGUGUGCUGGACUAGCUCAGUGUCUUAAAACCAGUACCGCGUACCUUGAAGAUGGUACAUGUUACCAUGUACUUAUGAACAAUGCCUCUGAUGUAAAAAAUGACCUGGAGUUUUGAUACUGAAUAUUUUGGUUUUUGUUUUCCAAUCCAUCUAAGGAUCAGGGACCUGAUCUCUCAUUUCUCCACUUAACAGAAGAUGAAUCUGCACAUUUAAUCAAAUAGAAAAGUCACACACACACACACACUUUACUGACCACAUUAAACCUUGACUUAUAUACUUAACCUAUUUUAUUGAGACUAUUAUUUUAUGCUUAACAAGGUUUGCGGUAUCUAUGUGUUGCACAGCAGGAAGAAAAUGAACUCCACUCUAAUCUUUGAAGAAAGGUGACUUUUGAACAGUGACUGGGUUUUAGUUCAACAUUUUUUUAAGGAAGAUGGUAAAAGGGACAGUCAAUUCUGUGUAGCUCAAAAUCUUGUGAAAAGUAAACUUUCCUUUAAACUUCAUUGGCCAUUUUUUUCAUGUCACUGGUUCUCUGCCUUCUGUGGGACUUCAGUUUUUGGAUAAAACUAUGCUCCAGUAGCAGAUGGUGUGGUGCAGCAGCAGUCAGCCUUGUUGGUGAUGCUUACCUUACCUAGAGGUAGAGGGGGCAUGGUGGGCAGCAAGGUCAGGUGCUGAAUUGGCUCCCCUGGUGCAUUUGCACCAUGCUGCCUUCUCUUCCCCUUCCGCAUAAGCAGCAGUGAUGUGAUCAGCCAGAGGCCAAGUGAGUGCAGCCAUCCCACCCUGCCAUCUGCUUCUGCUGCGCUCAUUCUUCUUUGCUGCCCUAGGCUUCCAAACAUUUAGUGUGGUGCAAUCCAGGGUGUUAACCUAUUCAUGUAGCAAUCAUUUGUCCACUGUAGGUGUGAUGAAGAGUAGGUUUGAGCCUAUUGUCCUUGCCUCUAACCUAUUAGGUCUAAACAGAAUUUGCAUGACUACAAAUGAUUGGAGUGCCAAUUUUUCUCCAGGGUUCCCAAUCCCACGGAAAGCUAGGACAGUUUUCUCACAAUCGUUUAAAUGUUUUCCAUUUUCUCUCUCUUUUAGACUUGUGGAUGACCGGUGUGUUGUACAGCCAGAAACAGGGGACCUUAACAACCCUCCCAAAAAAUUCAGAGGUGAGAUUUCUCAGCCAUCUGCUUAAAUGUUGAUACGAUACUUCUUUGUACUUGGGUCUAGCUUGUCCAAAAUAACAGCUGCGCAUAUGAAACAAUAGUUUCGGUUAUUUGUUUGCAAUAUAAUGGUGUUUUGUUUUUUGGGUUGAGGCUCCAAUGUUGGUGUUGGUUGCCAAUACAAAGAGUAUUGCCCUGAAGAAGCCUUGCACAUUUGUUUUUAUUGUACUUUAGCAGACUGACUUACCUCUUCUAAGAACCCACAUAAAUCUGAGAAUGUGCAACAAGACAUCUUUGUGACUAACAGGAUGUCUGUGUAGUUUCACUUGCUUUUCUCCAGGUGUGAAGGAUAAUACUCAUUCUAGGAUUGAAUAAACAAGCAAAAAAAGAUGGGUUGGCAGACCAUUGACUGACUCAGACAUGACUCUUGGCUUAAUCUCAGCAGUGUGUUGUGAACUUACAACCUUUCUCCUUUAAAUUUUUAUUUUAUUUUUGCAAAUUGUGGGCUUUGUCACGGGAAUUAACCUAGUUCUUUUUAAACAGCAACUUUUCAGUUCACAAAAGUAAAAUGGAGAUAUAACACUUGGUCUUCUUUUUUGAGGCAAAUCUUGUUAUAGUUUUUUUAAUGUGUUUUAUUUACUCCUUCUGGCACUUUGAAGUGACUGAAUUCAAUCAUCCUCCAUGGGGAUAUUAAUUGAAUUAGUGAUGCUGCUGGGUAUUCUCAUUUGACUUUGAUUUUCAAUGACAAAACACUCUGGUUUAUAAAAGAGGACUCUUGAAUAAAGGUAACACAACUGUUAAAUUCUCAUCCAAGGAGUGUCCAGUAAGGCAUUUAUAUCCUAUAUUCCUAGGUGAAACACAUUUUAUUUGGACCAUCUUAGUAUGAUAGAUUCUCCCCCCCCCCCAAACCAACCAUCCUACUACAAAAUUAUGUGUGUACUGAGUUGGUUUCACUGCAGUGGUGGAAUUAUGUGUUCCACACAAAAUUAAACCAAUGUUGUGUUGAUGGAACCUGAGUACUUAAAGGAGGUGUGAGUGGGUGGAUGUUUAAUGGGGUGCUUCAGACUAAAUGGAAAUAAAAGAUCAUCAUAUAGUGAGAUACACCGGGGGCGGGGGGGUGUAAUUGCUGUUUCAUGCAUAACACAGUAGCUUCACAUCUUGUUUUCAAGCAACCUAUACUUGGGUUAUUAAUCCCAGCUGAGGGUGUACUACUACUAUUAUUACUACUACUGCUGCUGCUGCUGCUGCUGCUACUAAUAAUAAGAAUAAUAAUGCAGAAACUACCUCUGUGUAGUAGUAGUAGUAGUACUGCUGUAUGAAGCAUUGUUUAUGACUUAGAGCUAAUGGUUUGGACACAUACCUAGUAAUUGCUGGAGGAAAUGCAAGGUCUACUCAGUAGGGAACUCUGCAAUGCCCGCUUCAAAUGUAACUAGAUAUCAUGUGUUUUCUUACUAUGUGAACAAGCUGCACCAAGUCUUGGGUUUGUGUGCUUCUCUUCCCCACCCCACCCCCACCCCACUCCACUCCACCCCACUCCUUUUAUGCAUCAAAGGGCACAAUGAGAAGUUUUCACUUCCACUUUACACAAACAGUUCUCGUUGUAUCUGAAACUGGAGAAGGAGGGGAUUAAACUUGGUGAGAGCAAACCAGGUUCAAACUGUGGCUUUUUGGACAAGCCACACUUCCAUUAAUUCAAACAGAAUGGCGGGCUGUGGUUUGUUAAAAAAAACCCUGGAAGCCUACAGUUGCCCUUUAUAGCUGUGGAAAAAAAGGAGAUGGGAGGAAAGACCAUGUGAACCCAAAGCUCACCACACCCAUUUGAUUCCCAUAUAUUCUCACACUUCCAUGUGUGUGUUCAUGUGUCGGAAGAGAAUAAGUGCUUUGAUGGAAUAUAGAACACUGUAGAUUACUAAGAGGCAACAAUGGAAGUAAUUAUUGAUAACCUGUGGACCCUAGUGAUGUCAUUGCUGCAUCCUAGCAUGGUGAGGUGGUGUUUUGGGGGCACUGGUGGGAGCACAGGGUUGACUCCGUUGGCAAAACUAAUCAACACCUUUAUCCUUCAAUAUAAGCAGUUUUCACUGUAAAAAGGUAGUGGGGUGCAUUGUUGCUUCCCAUGACCUAUGAAUAAGUAUUGGGCAGCUACAGUCAAAUUAGGAUUCCCGGUUGCAGGCAUGUUGUUCGAGCUUCAUGUGUUUGUUAAAAGAAACAUGCUAACACUUGUAUGCUACUGCAUAAAAUGUAGAGUCCCACACUCUAGUCUCAUUUCUUUAGAUGAGGCGGAGGGAGGAAAAAGAUGGUCCCUUUAUUAUCUACAUUGCUUUUAGCAGUUCAGAAUUAUUCCAAAGAAGCUGGUAUUGCUUUUUAUCUGCGCUGUCAUGCGUGUGUGUGUUUCAGCAGCGUACUGCUUGACUAGCAUACUGUUGCUGCAGAUUCAGCCAUGGCACCUUUGUAAUUAUCCACGAGUCUGUUUGGGAUAUGAAAAUGAGUGGUUGUUGAGUUUCUUCUCUGGCAGAAUAAGACUUGGAAGGCUCUUUUUGUCUCCAUGAUGACUUCUUGUUCAUGUGGAUCUUAAAUUAUUGUGUUAAGAAUUUGUAUUUUAUCAAAUCAGGAAAUUGGUUGAAAUGUCAGAUGGUUUAAGAGGGAAUUUUUUUAUGAUAUCUGUUCAAUCCUGCUUUCCUUUUGGUUAUGAUAAUUUAUCCCAUUCAUUAGAGAUAAGAGAGAAAUUCAGUUCAGUUUGCAUUUAAAGGCAAACUUACCUAAUUUUCACCGUCUGAAAUAUGACGACACAGCCAUCUAUUGGAAUUUGUACUUCUCUGAAUUUUGCAAUGCUGUUCUCUAGUCUAGCCAAUUAAUGUGUACGAAAAUGCAUAUACUAGCAUAAUGUGUGCAUUAUAGUAGUGAAAAUUACAUACAAAAUGCCCUAUUUUGCAGAACUUGUGCUGUUACAAGUAUAGUAAAGGUAAAGGGACCUCUGACCAUUAGGUCCAGUCGUGACCGACUCUGGGGUUGCUGCGCUCAUCUCGCUUUAUUGGCCGAGGGAGCCGGCGUACAGCUUCCGGGUCAUGUAGCCAGCAUGACUAAGCCGCUUCUGGAGAACCAGAGCAGCGCACGGAAAUACCGUUUACCUUCCUGCCGGAGCAGUACCUAUUUAUCUACUUGCACUUUGACGUGCUUUCAAACUGCUAGGUGGGCAGGAGCAGGGACCGAGCAAUGGGAGCUCACCCCGUCACAGGGAUUCGAACUGCCGACCUUCUGAUCGGCAAGUCCUAGGCUCUGUGGUUUAACCCACAGCGCCACCUGCUUCCCUUUUACAAGUAUGGUACAUCAUACUUAAUUUGCACUUGUAAGAAAUUGAUCUUUUAAUGUGGAAGUGUACAUAGUUUAGAACUCACUGCCUAUUGGCAGGCACCUUCAUUCUACACUUCUCAGUGUUUUAUUUCUUUUUAGCUACUGUUGAUUUGAAUAACCCCUUGAAAAAAGAAAGUGAAGUUGACAAAUUUGCCCAUUCCUGCCACCACUAGAGUUAAUUCUAUGCAGGUAUUUUGCAUGAGGGCUCUCUGUUGCUGGCAACUCUGUUCUACAUAUUGUUCAAUUCUACAAGAGCUGGCUGUGUUGCCGCAACCUUAAUGGCUGACAUACUCACUGCAUCAGGAGGUUUCUGAUUUAUUACAUUUUUAAUCCCAACAUUCCUUCAAGGAACUCAAUAUGCUGUGCAUGGUUCUUUUCUUUCCAUUUCUUCCUCACAAAAACCCUCUGAGAUAUAAGUUCGGCUGAGAGGCAGUGACUGCCUCAAGGUCACCCAACAAGUUUCAUGGCUGAGGGCGGACUUGAACCCUGGAAUCCAAGAUUCUGGUCCAGAGCUAUAUCAUACUAGUAGGAUCCUGAUCAGGCUUUUGUCUCUGCCAUAAUAACAACACAAUCCUGUACUUGUCCUCUCAAAAGUAAGCCCAGGUGAGUUCAGUGGGGCUUAUUCUUGGAUAAUUGUAUAUUGGAUUGCAGCCCAGGUUUGCUGAGUUUGGUGUCUUUUACAGCCUGUUGUUAUGCCUGCUUAAGUUUCUUUGUAUUCCUUUUUAACCAGGCCUUUGCCUGACUUGAUCUACAUCCUAUGCACUUUUUAAAAUGCUGGCUCUUUUUGGGAUUUUUAAUUGGGUUGUUGUUUUUGUUUUUAUUUUAUGUAUUUUAUAUUUUAUGUGAACCGCCCUGAGACCUCCGGGUAUAGGGUGGUAUAGAAAACAAAUAAAUAAACAAAUCAUUUUUUGUUUACUCUUGGGUAAUUUUGCAAUGGAUUGCAAUGUUAACCUUUACAGUGGCAUAUUUAACUAUUUGUGUAUUUUAAAUAACAUGUGGAAUAAGCUUAUUUCAUUUACCUCCCCUGUAGCUUUCAGAACUCUUGACAAACACAAGGCAAUCUUGUGAGUUUAAGCCUGUUUUGCAGGUAGCACGUAAUGUGAAGCCAAACCACAGUUUAGUGUGAAAGAGCAAACAUGCAGGUUCUCAGAGAGAAGAUCUUGGCCACCUCACUCCCCCACUGAUCCUGCUGCUGCUGCAUGAGCUACCAUGCUACCUGGGCCUUAUCAGUUCAUCUGAAUCCUGGUCUUGCUGCAGACAAACCAUGAGCAAUAAAACAAGGACAACCCUUGGUUACAACUUGUGGUUUCUCUGAAGUGAAGCAAACCAUGAGCCCAGGUAUAAUGCUGAGGCAAACCAUGGAUUAGCCUUGGGUGGUGCAGCAGGAGCAGGACCUGGGCAGGAGUACAUUGCCCAUGGUUAUUUUCUCUCUCUAGGAACCCACAGCUUUGCUCCUCCAUACUAAACCAUGCAUCACGAGCAAGCCAGAUCAUUAUUUCCUUAAAAAAACCCCCAAAAACCUGUUCAGCAAUUCUCAAGCUGCAGUAGCUUGCGGUUCCGUAAUGUAGGGGUUCUGCAUUCAAGAAUAUACUAACUUGCAGAAUUUAUGGGUAAACCUCACCUUGUAUCUGCCACAUCCAUGGCUGUGAGACUUGGGUAUAUGUUCCAACUGAUUAUGACGAAUUUUUCCACAAUUUUCCUACUAAAUCACACCUUGAUCUGGUUCCCUCUAAACUCCUUAGUAUCUUAACAUUCUGAAACAUGAGCACACUUGGAACCAAAAUUUCCAAACCACCUUCAGUCUAGUUUGCAGCCCUAAAGUAUGGCAGUAUUUUGGUGUCGUAAAAGGAUGAUCUAAGCACUUUGUGGACCAUUGUGCAAGGUGUUUCUAGCAGCAUGGAACCACCUGGUUGUGACUGGGAGUUGGCAUUAUUUCCUCAAGGCUUGUGGAGAGCUGUUGCCAUCAGCUGUCCAGGAAGAAUGUCGUAGAGCAUCUUUGUGCUGGAAUGUUAACAGCUUUCUUCAGUUGUGAUAGGGAUCUAGGGUGAUGAGCCCUUCAGAAGCUGGUAAUUUAUUUGUGGUGCUUCCCUUUAGUUCAGUAACAUGCACCGCAUGGCUCUCUGUAUCUAAUGGAUAAUUCCAUAAGUAAACCAUUUCUUUCUCCCUUGGAGAUCUAUUGUGACAGAAAUGUUCAUCACAUAGUCUACCGAAACUCUUUCUAUGAACUUGUGCUUAGUACGGUUGAUUUAGAGUCAAUUGUGCCUUAUGUUGCUAAGUGACACAAUUUUUAAAGCAUGUUGUUGGAAGGAUGGAGUCCAUGAAAUGUAUAUAAUGAGGGAAAUCCUCAUAGCGAAACUUAUGGCAAGGAGUUUUCAAUUCUGUUUGGCUCUUUGACACCAAACCAUACCAUGUUUGCUGAGGUUUCCAAAUACUGGUAUCAUGCAGUUUUGUUUUUUGUUUUUUGUUUUAUAUAAUGUCUGCUUAGUAGGGUAUAACUACUGCUGAGUGUCUAAACAAAAAAAACCAACAUAUUUUGGAGAGGUGUCAAAAUGCUAGAUAGCAUGGAAAAGUUCUGCUUAGCUUUGUGCAUCAUGCACAGUUUACUAGAUUAUGAAAUUAAAAGAAGUUUAGGACCAUGUCAAAAGUUUAGCACACAGAAACACACACACACACAGAUUUCCUGCUACAAAUUGGACAAUGAACACAGAAGUCUAUAGGUUUUUCCAGCAGACCAGCUGAUUGACCUCAGAGGCUAUAGUUGCAUACGCCUGACUUCUCAGUAUUCUUACUGGGUCCUUUUUAAACAUGCUCGGCAGUUUUUAUCUUUGUGGGGCUAGUAUCUGAUUCAUGUUGCUAUGUACUUUGAAGGCCACAGGUGAAUAUAGCAACAUUGGCUGCUGGGUGAUUAUUUGACAAGCUAAGGGAGCGACAAGUUUGCUUCUCGUUCCUUCUGCCCCAAGAUCACCAAGAUCACUGUGACGUCAGGGAACCUUGAAAUGAUUGCACAGCGAAAGUUCAAGCACUCCCUACCAUUUCCCCAGUUUGAGACAUGAUGUGAUUUGUCUCAUCGCUACCAUCUCUAUGGCUGUUACAUCACAAUCAUAGGUCACAACACAUUCUGCGUGGCACUGACAAUUGGUUUACCAACUUGUAGCCUUCUAGAUGAAACUGGAGUCUUGUGAAUGAUGUCACUGGUUACUAUAGGAGUGCAGUGUAUGCUCUAGGUCCAAGUUAGAGGACCAGAGUUACCUCCAUAUUAGGCUGCUCUCUGACUCAGAUACUAGUUUAGCAGACUGACAAAAUCCCCUUAGAUAUCAAAACGACUCUUGGGCUUAUACGUAAUAGGCUUCUGUGGAUAACAUGUUUGCAUUUCUGGCUCAUUCAGGGCAAAACAGAACUUUAUAACUGUCGGAAUCCCAAUAAGUCUAGACUCAUUACAAGGUUAGAUCUCUGGUAGGUAUUUUUCUGCAAAGGCUUAAGCAUUGUUUGCUAAAACAUUCCAUAAACUAUUAUGCUGCAAGUUUGUGGCCUCCAAUACAAGUAUUUAAUGUAUCUUUAAACAUAGCAGUUCAGAUUAUACUGUACUUUGAUUCCAUUUUCAACAUGUUUGGGCCCCUCUGCUAGUUUUUGAAAGGAAGAGGGGGAAAGUUAUCAUUUUGAAACCAUGGGUUGGCUUUGCAUACUAAAUUUUUGAAUCUCUGACUUUUCAGUUCAGCCCGCGUUUCCAGAAACUUGGGUAGAUUGAUGCUUUCUUGUCUGACCACAUGGGAAGUUUCUGAAGUGUUAUGAACUUCUUCUUGGGUGGUGUCAUGGUGAUGCUAAUGUUAGGCUGAGAGAAUGGCCUGGAGGACAUGAUGCAGUUCCUGUAACCUACCUUCAAGGAAGCCCCUUGAGAAAUGUAGGUAGAGCUCCGUGGAGUGCAAUGCAUGGAGAUAUAAGACUUAAGAAAACAAAAUCAAAUCAAAUGUCUUGUGCAUAUCCAAUAACAAAUUUUCAGCUUAGGUCUAACCUUGUUGAUGUUGACUUUGAUGUUAAUAAUGUUAGAGGCUGAAGCUUUCCUCUUCUUCUGUUUCAUCUGCCUUUAGUGAACUUAGAGUGCCGCAUGAAUUGGGGCUGCAUUCCCGCAGAUUACAACUUUGUGGGAACUGAACACCUUCCUUCAAGUUCGUUUCUUUCUACACUUAUGAGAAGGAAGGGCAACAUAUCCACCAUAUUGUAUAUAUUUAUUUAUUCUUGCUGCUGCCCUCUCCAAAUGUUCAACAUGCAGGAUGAGAAACAUCUGGUCCUCUAGCUGUUGGCCUCCAACUCUCCUCAUCCUUGACCAUUGGUCAUUUGGGCUGGGGCCAAUGGGAGAUGGAGUCCAAGGAUGUCUGGAGGGCCAGAAAUGUUAAAGAUGAAUGUGGCAAUAAGCAUUUAAGUUCCUUUUUAAUGGUUCCUUUUUCUCCAGUAUGGAAAUAAACUGUAAAGGUACUGCACGUUUGUUCCUUUGAAAUACAAGCUACAGCAGAGAUGACAGCGGCAAAUGUGAUAAAAUUGAAGCUUAGGGAGCAGCAUAGAGAUGGGAGGUUUAAUUUGGCAUUUCUGAACAUCUAAAUCUCCCCAAAUUGAAAGAAAAAAAGGCAAAUGUGUUACUUGGUGUGUCUGGACUGCUGCGGUUUGCUGAAGCAGCGUACACAGUAGGAUUUAGAAUGACUGAACAUUUUAGCCCUUGUAAACAGCUGAUUUCUAUUCUUAAAUGAAAGUGAGAUAUAUUCAGACAAUAGGAAUGAAAAAGCUAUAGGUUCCAAACGUAAGUAGAAUUAAAAAAAAAUUCAAAAGUGUUCAGGGAGUAGUAUAUGUGGGAUUGUUCUAUUUUGCCUUUUAAAUAGCUUGCAUGGCUUGCGAUGAUAGUGGGCUGAUGAUGGUGACAUCAGUGCCGUUCAUUUAGGACACUAUUAUACCACUUUGACAAUCAUGGCUUCCCUCAAAUAAGCCUGGGAAAUGUAGUUUAACCCCCCCCCCCACAGAGCUAUAAUUCCCAGCACCCUUAAACCAAAGUUCCAAGGAUUCUUUGGGGGAAAGCAAUGUGUUUUAAAUGUGCUGCUGCUUUCAAUGUGUGGUGUGGGUGUGAAGGAUGAUGCAGAACAAAGGAGAGCACUGUGUCAUAUUAAGAACAUAGAGUCAUGCCAUAUACCAGGCUGGCUAGGCAUCUGUAGCAGUUCUCGAAAGUCCUUCUAGCUGGAGAUAGCAUGGAUUGAAACUGGGACAUCCUUCAUGCAACACAUAUGCGAUGACGCUUACCUAAGAAUUAGGGUUAAGUGAACCCUUGUGAAUCAAGUUGUGCUGCAGGGCCUAAAAGCUACCCAGUUUACUUCAUGACUGCCUCUAGCUGUGACCCCUGCUGAGUAGAUUUGAAAUACGCUUGUAAGGUGGUAUUGUGCAGGGUGAAGGGAGACAUUGACAAGAUCUGCCUCUAAAUAACUGGGAAACAAUGAAUACCAGUGGUAGCCAGUUUAAAAUUGGUGAGUGUGUAUUUAAGGAGCUUAUUUAACUCCUCCCUCCCCCUCCAACCUUCUUCACUUUUGCAAAGAAGCACAUAAUGUUUUGGGUAGGGCUGAGGGCAACCAUGCCAAAAGGCUGAGUUAGCUAUAAAGUAGAACACUCCGGCAAAUAAAUCUAGCUCCAGCAUUGUAGACAAAGGCAUAUUGCAGAUUUGUUGCCAUAGCUGCUGUGUAAAAUCUGACCUUAACUGCAGUAACACUAUGUUAGAAAGAACUAGAUAAUCAGUUUUCUAAAAUUAGUGUGUUCCCUACUUAAUAAGCUGGUAUGAGCAAGAUAUUUAAUGAAAUAUUAUACUUGGUUACAAUAUGCCAUGGGACUGAAAUACUUUGGAUCUAUGGGGAGUUGAGCUCAGGACGGCUUAGCCUCACUUAUAGCUUCAUAAAAGCCAUUAAAAGUGCAUAAUGAAGUGUGACUGUGAAAAUAAUGUUCAGGUGGUCUGAGUAUCUUCCCUGAAAGACUAAUGGUGGAAUCCAGUAUAGCGCUAAGGAUUUCUGCUUGAGCAAUGGAAGAUUCCCUGCCUCCCUCUGCGUGACCCCCAAAUCUGUUGUAAAUAUUUCCCCAGCCCUCUGGAGCUGAUUUGGGAAGGGGUCAGGGUAUAUGCUAAGGUUACCAGACGUCCCUGUUUUGUGGGGACAGUCCCCGGAUUUACAAAUCAGUCCCCUGACAAAAUCCAUCUAUUUAGUAGGAAGUUGAAAAGUGUCCCCGGAUUCAUUGAAAAAAAUCUGGUAACCUUAGUAUAUGCCAGAGAGGAGAGAAGGAAAAGUCUUGAUUCACAAAUGGGGAAAUCCUUCUGCUGAUAGGAUGAUACAGUCGUACCUUGGAAGUUGAACGGAAUCUGUUCCGGACGUCCGUUUGACUUCUAAAACGUUUGAAAACCAAAUCGCAGCUUCUGAUUGGCUGCAGGAAGCUCCUGCAGCCAAUCAGAAGCCCCGGAAGCCCCACUGGAUGUUUGGCUUCCAAAAAUAGUUCGCAAACCGGAACAGUCACUUCUGGGUUUGCGACAUUCACGAGCCAAAACGUUUGGGAACUAAGCUGUUCGAAAACCAAAGUGCGACUGUAUAUUGUUAACAAAUCUGUGUAGGCCAAUCCUAGUCAUAUCUACUCAGGAGUUCUAUUUAAUGAGCUUACUCCCAGGGUUAGGACUGCAGCCUACGAUUUCAGGGACUAUAAGUCCAGAAUCCUGCACAAAUUUGGUGUACGCAGGUUGCCCACCUUUAGCUUUCUGAAUUAGGGAUAUUCAGAACACAACAAAUUGACAUUUUCAAGGUUGGUUCCCUGAUGUUCCUUCCAGCUGAGAUUGUAACAUACCAAAACAAAUAAAAUAAAAUAAAAUAAUAAACAACUGACAAAACACAUGGUUGUGUACAGAAUGUUCAGUUCUCAGCAUACUUAUGGCAGACAACAUAACACUACACUUACUUAGCUUUGUUUUAUUUUUAAAAAGCAAUAUUUCCUUUCCUCUCUCAAAUAAGCACUUUUGAAAGAGGAGACAGGGCUGUUUGAAAAUCAUUAAGGCAAGUAAUCCUUCCAUAUAUGUGUAUGCAUAUCCUGUUCCUAGUAGGACUGUUAGUUCCUGAAAUAUGAAUUCAUACAAAGUAUGACUGGAUUGCAUCCUUGCUAUCCGCAUUCAUAAUGCAUAUAUGUUCAGCUUUUACAACAAUAUAUCCAAAUGUUUUAGUAUAUUUCCUUUUCUUAGGAAAGGGGGAAACCGUGAACAAAAUAUGGGGAAGGAAUGCAUGUAUGUGUGAUAAGUUUUAUCAAUUUGUACAAGUACAGUGCAAAUGAUGGCAGGCUCUGCAAUUCUGUUCUCUUUAUGAUCCCACCUCUGUACUACAGUGAGUAAGCAUUCAUGGCCUGAUACUCUCACCACUUAAUACAUUAUUACACUAAGUGAAACUAAUGGCAUCACUACCUGGUGCAUUCAACAAUUAUUUAUUUUUAAAUUUUCUAUACUGCCCUUCAUCUAAUGAUUGCAGGGCAGUUUACAAUAUAAAAAUACAAAAAUACACACUAUAACAACGAACAAAACAAUAACCUUCCCCUCAGAUUAAAAGGCCAUUGACUUCCUGCUUUCAAUGUUGUUCUGCUUUUCCCCUUUGUCUUCUCUUUCUCUCUACAGUUUCAGUACACCUGCUUGUGCAACUGUAAUUAUAUCUGUAUAGCAAAACCAUCCAGUCCUUGACUUCUGUCCUUGAGUAUGCUGGUUUCAGUCAUUUUGUUAUGCAAGCUAUGAAAACCUGCCUGUCCAGUUCGUCUGUGCUGGAGACUUUCCCUGUAUUCAGUGCGUAAGCUCUGGAGGUGAAUUUAUAGUUUUCACUAACAGCAUAGCAAACCACAGAACGAAUGUUGUGUCUUCAAAGAUAAACAGCUUUUAUACAAACAUUAGGUAUGCUUCGGUUGCAGAGCGACCCCAUCUAUUGUGACUUACUGGUGGAUUUCAGCCUGGGGAAAAAUAGAACUUUCAGAACUUACCAUACUUAAUCAUCCUUAAUAGUUAAGGAAUAUAGUGCAUCAUCAAGUGGCCCAGUGGUGGUUUUUACUUGCCAACACUUGGGCAUGUCCUGACGGUUGCUUCACUCGCCUCUGAUUUUAGAUGCCAAAGCUCCUUGCAUUGCAUGUUGACUGCAGUAACCGACACAAAGCAAUUUAUUGAGGCUGUUUUCUCUUUUCUCUGCUGCGAGGAGUUACUGCUAUGUGUUAAAUAAGCAAAACUGUUCAUCCAGCGGAGAAACAUUUGAUAAAGCAAUUGUUGCAAAUUCGAGUCAGUUCUCUGAAAUUAUGAGAGUUCAUAAAUAGAAACCAGUGGCUCCAUAGUUCUAUGAACAAAGGGCCAUGUAUCUUUGGCUUGGCUUUUGUGUUGGCUCUUAAUUGCCACCCCCCCCCCGAGUGUUGUGGCAUGUGCCAAGACCUUAAGGGAAGGGAGAGGUGUUUCCUUAGGUUUCACGUUGGGCUUCUACUGAAUGGAGAGCAAAAUCUAUUUCUCCCAAGUUCUCUGCAAGUACAGUGGUACCUCGGGUUACAUACACUUCAGGUUACAUAGGCUUCAGGUUACACACUCGGCUAACCCAGAAAUAGUGCUUCAGGAUAAGAAUAGAAAUCGGGCUCCAGCGGUGCGGCGGCAGCAGGAGGCCCCAUUAGCUAAAGUGGUGCUUCAGGUUAAGAACAGUUUCAGGUUGAGAACGGACCUCCGGAACGAAUUAAGUACUUAACCCGAGGUACCACUGUAAUGGAGAGUUUGCAGAGCAAAUCUUUCUGCUUGGGCUGUGGGACAGGAGUAGCUGCUGGAGUGAGGGGAAGGCAAAUGUUGCUGUUGACUUAUCUAGUAGAUUUGUGGGAGCCUCGCAUGCUGCAACUGUUUGCCUGCAUUUAUUUAUUAGAAAAUUGUUACCCAAUCAAAAUCAGAUCUAUCACUGAUUUUUGUUUCGUUUUUGGAUCGAGCAAUAUUGCCUUGCAGGAUAGAUUUAUGACUUCUGGUACCUUCAUGUGGUACCAGAGCCAGUGUGGUGUAGCGGUUAAGAGCGAUAGACUCUUAAUCUGGGGAACCGGAUUCACGUCUCCGCUCUUCCACAUGCAGCUGCUGGGUGACCUUGGGGUAGUCACACUUCUUUGAGGUUUCUCAGCCCCACUCACCUCACAGAGUGUUUGUUGUGGGGGAGGAAGGGAAAGGAGAAUGUUAGCCGCUUUGAGACUCCUUUGGGUAGUGAUAAAGCGGGAUAUCAAAUCCAAACUCCUCUUCCUCCUCCUCCUCUUCUUCUUCUUCUUCUUCUUCUUCUUCUUCUUCUUCUUCUUCUUCAUGGAAGACCUAAAGCUCCAUUAAUAUAUGCGACCCCCCAAGAUUUCUCCUACAUAUUUUGAAAGCUGAGACCUUGACUGAAACUAUUUAGCUGAUUGUUCUGUAAAAUAGGGUGCGUAACUGGAUUGAAUCCUUGUCCUUUUUCACUUUGAGUUUUGGCAGCUUCUCUUUGUACCCCCUGCCUUUCAACGUGAGCUAAAGAUGUAUUUUAACUGCCAGUACUGUACCUGGCAAUAGAGAUAUAUUUUUCUUCAGCAGGUGAUGGAUGCAUGAUUAGCAUCUUAAGCAUGGACAAAGUAACAUUCUGUCCUCCAUCAGAAGACAGAAUUCUUCUAUUAAGCAGUACAAUCUUUUAAGCCAAAAAAACUUUAGACAGAAAAUAUAGACUAGCUUGAGUUUAAUAGCAUGUUUUUAUUCUUCCAAGGGGCUGAUGGAUUUUGUCCACUGUACUGUAUUAACAGAAGAUUGGUUAGACUGGGAGGUAGUGGCUGGCCCAGUGUCACUCGAUGAGUUUCAUGGCUGAGUGGAGUUUUGAACCCGGGUCUCUUUUGCCCGUGUUCAACGCUUUACUCAGUACGUCACACUGGCUCUCAACAGUGGUACUUAAUAGAUCUUUGGCAGCAGUUCUUCAUGUAUAGCCAGGCUAGACUUACCUUAAAUAACCCUCACUUUGGCAUAGGUUUGCUCCAACUAGCAGAUGAAAUGGGUUUGUCCUUCUCUAUAUUGCCUUGGUACAUGAGUUGGUCUUCAGAAAAGUUAAGGGCAAAGUAGGAAAGGACAGAGGCUGUGAUGCUAAAAGGAGGCAAAGGAGGAUCAGGUAAUAGGCAAAAGGGAAUAGAGUGCAAUUGGUCAGCAGCAGCCAAUUAAAACCAGAGAUUUGAAUUGCCAUUUGGGGGAAUUGUGUGCUUUGCAAGGAUGAAGUAGCUUUAGGGCUAAACUUUGUAUCCCUGAGAGAGAAUGUAUGAUGAUGCUGAUGAUGCUAAUCAUAAUCAUAUAUUUAUACCCUGCCCAUCUGGGUGGGUUUCCCCAGCCACUCUGGGCGUCUUACAGUAUACUGUAUAUAAAAACAUAGCAAAACAUAGUAUAUUAAGAUGAUAUAAUAUGAAUGUGCGUAAUAUUUCUGAAACCAGGAUAUUAAAUGUUUUUUUUAAAAAAACCCAUAUGCUAAUGAGAUAUGAAUUGGUGCUGACAGACCACAAAAAGACCCCAGGAUCAUAGUGAUAGCUCAAUGAAGAUGUUGACCCAGUGUGCGACAGCUGGAAAUGAACUGGCAGCCAGUGCCGCUGUUUUAUCACAGGGACUGUAUGCAUUCUGAAUGGAAUCUGGCCACUGCAUUUUUGACCAGUUGAAUUUUCUGAGUUGUCUUUGGAGGGGAGUCCUGCAUAGUGCAUUGUAAUGAUCCUGUCUAGAAGUUACCAGAGCACGGAGUACAAUGUCCAGGUCAUCUCUGUUCAAAAGGAGCUGGAGCUGGAAACAGGCAUCCAUAGCUAUUGAGGCCACCUGAGCCUCUAGUGACAAUGUCAUUGCUUUUAAGGAAAAUGUAGGUUUUUAGAUAGGAAAUCAGAUUUUAGCUAAAUGGCGUAGGAUUAAAACGGGAGGAUUAAAAGCUAAAACUUGUGCUUGAAGCUCAGGGGUCAAUUAAUUUUUGCAAACAGCUUCAGUAAUAAGUCAAGUUUCUGGCUUUAAAUUUUGAGAUUUUCUUUUGCCUGGAAGAAAACCUUUUCCGUGGGAGGCCUAAUAUCAGAUGGUGGCAUUUUAAUUGGGAGCCAGUUUUCUUCUGUGGUAGUGAACAGAAAUUGGCAGGGUACGGUGUAGAAUGAGAUAUCAAAUGUCACUGCUGAUACAGUCCUGGUGGACUGCUUUUGAAGUAGGAGGACCUUGUUAGUUCUCUAAAACACUAACAGCAGGAAAACAAGUGGUGGAACAGCCAGUGCAAGAGUUUCUGUUUCCUGUUCUCCUUCUGCCCUUUCCGUUGAUCACACACUUCAUGUUAAUUUAGCUUAUUCAGGAUGCAGUUCUUUACCCAUUUCCCCCAAGAGGAAACCCUGUUGAAUUCAGCAGGACUUGCUUCUGUGUAGAGGAGAUGAUGAUGAUUUAUUGAAUGUAUAUACCGCCCUAUACCUGGGGGUCUCAGGGCAGUUCACAUAAUAAAAUAAAGAUAUAAAACCACAAAAUACAUAAUAAAAAUAAUGUGGGAUGAAGGAGAAGUUUGCUUGGUUUGCAUUUUGAUACGAACCUGUCAAUUUUGCUCUUUGCACAGCGAUACUUUGGAUAUUGUAAUGCAGUUCUCCAGCAACAGAAAGCAUCCAACCGUAUGUACUGGGGAAAUAGCAGGCAAAAAUAAUAGAUGGAAUGGCUUGUAAAAUGUUCAUGAGAAUGAGUAUAAUUUUUCAUGCAGGUUUUUCUUUAUUUCAAUGAAGAAUGGAAAAAAUGAGGUAAACUGUACAGUACUUUAAAACUGAAAGAAACCAAAAUGCAUAGAUUUGUUCAUUUCUACUUUUGAAUAGACACAUACAGAAUUAUCUUUCAGUCUUUUAUCCUAAUGUCAUCUGGUGGCUAACAGUUUGUCAAACAAACAAACAAACAAACAAACCACCAAUAACCUAUAGUACUAAAAGCAUAAAAGCCACUUGGCUAAAAUGAAACAAAAAUGUAACUUUAAAAAUAGUAAAAUGCCCCAGUAACUCAAAAGUAGCCCUAAUACUGCUUUUGAAAUAGGCACAGGCUCAGGCAAAGUCUUCAGAGGCAGUGAAUUCUGCAUUGAUUUUAUCUUCGUGUCCUUGAUGUUCUAACAUGGCAAUGGUAUCAGGGGUGAAUUCAGAAAUCUAUAGAUGUGCAAAGCCUUGCAGCUCUGCAUAUGAAAAUGGUUGGACUUGUAUUUUUUCACCUGAAUGUCCUUUGCAUAGUGCAUAGUGAGACAAGCUAUAGAAGGCAGAAGUACAUUGCAAGAUCCCUGUUUUUAUUCUGGUACUAUUCUGCAGCAGUGGAAAUGUUCUGCGAUACGAGCUAGUAAAAAAUGCUCAAGAUAAGCUCUGCACCUCCACCCCAUCAUCAGCAACCUGUGUUGCCAAUAAUACUGUCAGCACAUUUUAAAUCCUAGGUCUCAAAGACCAAGAAGAAAGAGGAUGCUGGUCCCAGUCUAUGAAGACUGUAAGAUGCAGCACCUCAGAUUAACCUGCAAAGGAACUGACAAACAGUGAAGUUCAUGCUAAAUUGUGCAUCUUGUUCUCUGUGUCUCACACCUGAAACCAGUCUAAUUGCCACAUUUUGUAGCUUCUUGGCAGUUUUAAAGGCCAGCCUCACAUGCAAUAUAUUAGUCUGGUCAGGAGGUUCCCAGGGCACACCCCAUAAUGAUAAAAAUCCUCUCUUUUUUAAAAAGGAAGGGGCAUAAUUUACAAAUCCACUUGUUGGUGAAACAUGCUCCUGGACACUACCUGCACUUGGGCAUCCCAGAGAGAACCUGGAUUUAGGAACAUUCUCAAAUCACACAUUAGUUGGUGGUUGGGUGAUGUUUGUUUGUUGAUGUAUUUAGUGUAUAAGGAGUUUUUGGUUUUGUAAUUAAAACCUUAUUUAAGUUAUUUUUGAGUCCCUUUUUAAUGCAUGGUCUCCCCAGCAAGCUCUCUGCAGCGCUACCAUACUGCAAACAGCCAACAUCUUUGGUUAUGGGCCCAGCUGCUGAGUGGAUGACUGCAUAUUUUUGGACUCUGAGAAAGGUUUGAAAACUCCUUCUCCUGUUAGCGUAGUUUUGUCGGUCUGGAAGAGUUCCAGAAUGGUUGACCGGGUUCCAGAAGCUGAGAAGGCUCUGGUCUUCCCACAGCUGACAGAUGAGAACUAUAGUUUAUGGUCUUUUCGGGUGGAGGCACUUUUGACCUCUAGAGAAGUAUGGACCUAUGUAACUGAUGACCCUCCUAACCCUGUAACUAAUGCUUGGUCGAAAGGAGAUGCAAAAGCCAGGGCGAUAAUUAAUUUGGCAGUCAGCGACCAGCAAGUAGUCUAUAUAAGAAAUAAGAAAACUGCCAAAGAAAUGUGGGACAGUCUUGCAGCAGUGCAUUUUAGAAAAGAGUCAGCGUCUGCAUUGACGUUUUUCAAGCAGCUGUACCAGACGAAGUUGCAGCCUGGUGGUGAUUUGGCAGCACACUUAAGACGUCUGGAGGCAAUACGCUGCGAAUUAAUUCGAAGGGACAUGGAGAUACCUGAUAUUCAGUAUGUUUUUAUCAUUCUUUGUUCUCUUAAUGAGGACUUUGAUGGUAUAGCUAGCCAGAUAUCUGCCGUUCCACCAGCACAAUUAACUGUGGAAGGGGUAACGGCAAGAUUAAUGGGCGAGCUGGAUAGAAGGGAGGCUUGUGCCAUAAGCACUCCUAUUUCCAGAAAGAAUGAGGAACACCAUAUACAAACUUGUGGUGAUACAACUGCAUUUAAAGCUGCAAAGCGUUGUUGGUUCUGCAAUAAGCAAGGACAUUUUGCAAUGGACUGCAGAGCCAAAAGAAAGCAAAGAACUCCCAAGACUGUUUCUGUUCGUCAGUCACGGUCGUCAGCUCAGCAGCCGACAUCAUACCGUAAAGACAGAAACGAGCCGCGAGCUUUUCACGUUAGCGCAAGAGAUCGUAAAAGAAUUAAAGGUGCCAAGUGGAAUUCUUUUAUUGUGGACUCAGGAGCAUCUCAGCACGUUUGCAACGAUCGAAGCUUGUUUAUUUCUUUCGAAGAGGAAAUUGGUAAUGUACAUUUAGCCAAUUCACAAGUCUUGCAGUCGCUUGGCAGGGGUACUGUUAAACUUGACUCUUUAAACAUUACAAUAGCAAACUGCAUUUACUGCCCAUCAGUGGACAAUUUAUUAUCAGUAAGGUGCUUUGCUCGUCAAGGCAUAACUGUGCGUUUCUUAAAGUCAAUGUGUGAGUUUUUCGAUGGGAACAAACGUCUAUUGUAUGCCCGGGAAUCUGAUGGUUUAUAUAGACUGUAUUUUCGCACCUACUCACAAUCGCCUAUAAACUGCAGAGCAGCACAGUCAAGCCAGGGGUUGAGGAAUGUAAGGCCACAUUCUGGAUGUGUCCACGAGGCGCACCGAUUUCUAGGACAUCUGAAUUUUGCUGAUGUAAUUAAGACAAAGAAUAUUGUUAAUGGCCUCAACUUAAAACCAUGUAAAUUCUUUAUGCAAUGUCUAUCCUGUUGCAAGAAUAAGAUUAAGGUUGCACGCAAGGGUAGGUGCUCAGAUAGGAAAGUAACUGAGCCAUUUGAACGUGUACAUUGUGAUUUAGUUGGGCCACUCCCACCAUCAUUAGGAGGUGGGAGGGGUUAGAUUCUCUUGAGUUUUUUGACCAUGAGCUUAGGCCACAGGCAUCUCUUCAGUCUGACAAUGAUGAUUUACAACCUGGAACUAGUAGUUUACAUAGUCCCAUUAAGUCUGAGGAGUCUGACUCUCCUUCCGGACUGAGACGUUCAGAUAGAAAGAGGCAGAAGCCACAACGUUUUGCAGAUGAACAUUUUAAUACUGUGUAUGCCAAUAAGGUGGUUUUUGAGCCAAAAAGCUACAAUGAUGUUCAGAAUUUACCUAAACACCAAGCUGUAAAUUGGUAUAAAGCUAUGAACUCUGAGAUAGCUUCUUUAAAAGAGCAUAACACUUGGUCUCUUGUACCACAAACCCCAGAUAUGAGACUUAUUGAUUCAAAAUGGGUUUAUAGAGUUAAAAUGAAUGACAAAAAUGAAGUUGUAAGGUACAAGGCUAGAUUAGUUGCUAGGGGUUUUCAACAAAUUGCAGGCGAAGGUUAUGAUUUGUGUUAUUCACCAAGUGUAAAAUAUGAAACAGUUAAGCUUUUGUUAAAAGAUGCAUCACAACGUGGACAUUCUGUUUAUCAUUUAGAUAUAAAAACUGCAUAUUUGUUUGCAGAUUUAAAAGAACAAAUUUUUAUGCGUGUUCCUGAAGGCAUAGAUGCCGCUGAAGGUUUGGUAUGCAAAUUAAAUAAAUCCCUUUAUGGUCUGCACCAAAGUGGAAGGAAUUGGCACCAAACUUUAGCGAAAGAAUUGCUGGAUAUUGGUUUUUCACAAGGAAAGGCAGACAAUUGUGUGUUUAUAAAGGAAAGGGCAAACUCUGUAACAAAAAUAUGUGUGUAUGUAGAUGACGUGUUAAUUUCUACAAAAACUAAACAGGAAUAUGAACAGGUAGUAUCACAGUUACAGAAGAAAUUUGAUGUGGUGGAAUUAGGCAUAGCUAAAAAUUACUUAUCCAUGCAAAUUGAAAAAGGCAAAAAUGGAUCUUUUCUGGUUCAUCAAACUGCAAAAAUUGAUGAUCUUGUUGAAAUGCUACGUUUAGAAAAUGCAAAUGGGAAGGAAACGCCCAUGGUGUGUGGUUUCACCUUUACAGGUGAAGAUAAGCCAUUUCCUAACAAAACUUUGUAUCGUUCUGCUAUAGGCAAGCUAAAUUUCAUUCAAAGAAUCUCAAGACCAGAUAUAACUUAUGCCUUUCACUUUCUGGCAAAAUUUGUGGAAAAGCCCACUACACAAUGUUUCUCUGCUCUUAAGAGAGUGGUAAUGUACCUUAAACAUACCAAACAUUAUAGGUUGCAGUUUACAUCAAGUAUUGACAAAGGUUUUGAAAUUUUCUGCGAUGCAUCUCAUGCAGUGGAACAAAAUAAUUGCAGGGGUGUGUCUGGUAUGGUGUUUGGUUAUAACGGCUGUCCAUUUGAAUGGAAGUCCCAGACACAAACCAUUAUUUGUCUCUCCACAACAGAGAGUGAAUUAUGUGCAUGCGUUCAGGCCACUCGUGAUGUAGAAUGGUAUCUGCAAGUAUUUGCAGACCUACAGAUGCAAGUAACACUACCAGUAAGAGUUUAUCUUGAUUCCCAGAGUGGACUUGCUAUCCUAUGUUCAGAGACCAAUACGCAGCGCACUAGAGUAUUAAGGUUACGUUUACAAUUUGUAAAGAAACUAAUUGCUGACGAAAUGCUUGUAUUUAAAUAUGUUCCAGGUGACAAUCAAAUUGCAGACAUUUUUACUAAAGCACUUCCAAAGGUUACACAUGAAAAACAUGUACAAAGUAUGCUUUAUGUUUUUGUUCCACAAUGAUGAACCGCAGGGGAAAUGUUGAAUGGUUUCUUUAAAUGUAAAGGUUCAUCACUGUUCCACCCGCUAUGUAUGUCUUUAAGGGGCCAGAGCAAGGGCCAGAGCAAAAUAACAAGACCCAGCUUUACAGCUGUGAAACAUAGCAGGUGCUGCUGAGUUGUAUUGAUUAAGCUGUGUCAGCAAUUGGGUGUAGUAUAUAAGGAGCAGCACCUAGCUCUCCCAUUUCCCUGGGGGAUGGGUUGGUGGUUGGGUCUGGUUUGUUUGUUGAUGUAUUUAGUGUAUAAGGAGUUUGUUUUUGUAAUUAAAACCUUAUUUAAGUUAUUUUUGAGUCCCUUUUUAAUGCAUGGUCUCCCCAGCAAGCUCUCUGCAGUGCUACCAUACUGCAAACAGCCAACACUUUCUGGGAGUAUUAUCUAAUUUUUAGAGCAGGCAUUUCCACCAUCAGUCUUGGAGUGUCAACAAUUGAGACUCUUUCCAUUAAAGCUGAUCAGGGAGGCCCUGGACAUCUUUGCUACUGGCUUUGAAAUGCCUGCUUGAUCUUUCCGUUAAAGCUGAUCAGGGAGGCCCUGGACAUCUUUGCUACUGACUUUGAAAUGCCUGCUUGAUUUUACCCUCUAUCACAGGACUUCUGUUUAUUGUUACUGAAAGACUCACCAUGUUUCCUCUUGGACACUGAGCAACUGAUUCCUUCAGGAGGCAGCUAGAGCUACUCUUAUGUUUCUUCUUUGUCUUCUAAUGCUCAAGCACAGGGGUAGCCAACCUGGUGCCCUCCAGAUGUUGUGGACUACAACUCCCAUCAGUCCUGACUACUUGUCACACUGGUCGGGGCGGAUGGGAGUUUUAGUCCACAACAUUUGGAGGAUACCAUGUGUCUAACCUUGCUCUAUUGCAAUCCUCUUGUCUUUUGCAAAUUAGCACCUGUUCAUUCACUGUUGCUGUCUAGUGGGUAAAAUGGUCAUAUUUUAAAUUAGAAGCAUGCAUGGUCAUAUAGUGUGAAUUCUACACUCUGCUUUAUUUAUAUCCUGAAAAUAUGAUGGGUAAAGUGUUGUGUGAAUAUUUGUAGAAAAUUGAACCAUUAGUGGAUGGAAAGGACUCUCUCUUUUAUUCAGAGACCUGUUAAUAUGUUCAGCAUUGCCAAGUGCUUCUGCAAUAUCUUCUGCCCACCUAGUAUAGCAUGUGAUGUAGCCUAUGUUUAAAAAUAGCAUGCAUCAAUCCUGUCAUAAGUGAGAGGCACUGUAAGUCUUCUACGAUGCUCACACUGUAGAAGCUUUCUUUGGGGAACCUUCAAAUUAGGCCCCAGUUCUUUGAUUCAUGUUUUUGCAGUGUUUCAGUGGCGAGUGUCUAAAUGGGGAACCGUGGGAACACCAGAUGUGUGGAGAGAAGCUUGAGCCACUGACUGGCUGCUCAAACAGGAAAUGCAAGUUGACUGCUGGUUCUGUUUCUCUUGGUUGACAAAUGUCUUAGGCAGCUUCCCAGAGCAAUAUACUAAAUGAUUGUGCUGGAGGACAACUUAAUGUUGAAUCAUACUUUAACCACAUUCUCAUUUCUUUGCCCCAGCUUAGCCGCUUCCUCUCUUUUUGCUACCACCCAUGCAUUUAUAUUCUUAGGGCUUAUCCUAUUUACUGAAAUAUAGCUUAAUAUCUUGAAAGUGAUAUGCAGAAAUCACUUUUGUUUUUAAGGCAUUCAAAAGAUGUGAGACAUCGAAGCACAGUAUCAUUACUGUAAACGCACAUCCAUUAAAUAGGACGUCUUUUUAAAAUCCUGGUUUAUAAGGCUCUCUUAAUUUGAAUGCUCCUCAUAUUUAAGUGGUUCAGCAAGUAGGAUUUUGAAAGACCGUGCUAUUUAGGGCUUUGUAACCAUGAAUAGGCAAUGAGAAUAACUUCAUAUUGUUCUCCUGGUGUAGGUUCGAAGCAGAAAUCAAUUUAGCUUUUGAAAGGAACGUGGUUUCUGAAGAAGUAAAGGUUUUAAAGCUGGCAAAGUGUGCAGUCCUAGUUAAAAUUUUGCUGUGGCCUUGAACUUAAUUGACAAUCUUAGAUAGUUCUUUCUCAGGGCACUACUGUUAACACAGGGACUGCCAAUGAAGCUGAAUGUUGGAAGAUGUAGAACAAACAAAAGAAAGUAUUUCUUCACACAGCACAUAGUAAGCUGUCUAUGCUCCUCAACAUUUUAAAAUUUUUCCUCAGAAUUUAUUUUGCAGCAUUUACAUUCCAAGGUGUGAAUACCCUUAUGUCUAGAACGUUUUGUAUGGUUUUUGCUUAAGUGUUACAGUGGAAAUGAUAGUCACCUAGAAGAGAGGUGUUAAAGCACUAAAAGAAAAAAAAGGGGGGAAACCCCCACAAAAACACAAGUGUCUAAUGUAGAGUACUGUAUAUUAUACUGGGGUGCACUCUGCAUUUUAAACUUGCAGUUGUUUAUCUAGUGAUUGCUUGUAUUUCAUGAGCAACAACAGCACAAGCAAAUAUUAAGCUUUAACUACCCUGCUGAAAAAGACAGGAUAGGCUGUUUAACUCUAGACUUUAAGAUGUUCUUCUGUGUCUAAAAAUAUGUGGUAGCAUUCUGAAGCCUGGUUUAAAUGCCUUUAGGUCCCUUGUUCUGGCAGACCUUGCUUCCGUUCAUGGUUUCUGAACAUUUGUUCUUUCCAUCUGAGAACCACUCUAGUAAUGCUGGUAUAGUUGCAUUUUCUAUUAUCCAGCUGUCUGAUCUUUAGCACACACCACCAAAAAAUAAAAAAUAAAAAAUACCCACAAUGAGGCCUGCUUCUUUCUGGCGUUUAGCUUUCACUUGCCUUAUUUGGUAACGCUCUGCUCCUUGUUGCUUCUGGAAGGAACUGUUCUGCUAGUUUAGGGACUAUUUUUCCACUUUCGUUUCCCUUCCUCCAAAGUUAAGGAGAUUGUUUUCAGUAAUAGGGAAAUCUUCAGUGUUAAUCAACUUGGAUUAUUGUGGAUAGGAAAUAGGCUUGGUGGGAGGUUGUUCUGUCUAUAUCUGUGUCAUUGAAUCUUUAAGCGUUUGAGAGAAUUAAAAGUCCACUUAGUUCAAUGUCUUCAUACAGGGCACCCAUAUCUGCCAAUUCCUCUGAGAAUGGCUUUCGGUGUUCUAAAAAGUGCCGGAAUAGCUGAGUUGACGAUAUUGUGCCUCUUCUGUAAUUUUGGAAAGGGAAAGCUGUGGGCAUGUUAAAGCAUAAGGCAUAUCUGGGUCAGGAGAACACUAAGGACGCGUGUAGGCAAACAGUCCAGGUAAGAACCAAAGACUUGGAUCAGACCAAGGCAGAAGAAGAGAAUUGGUGAGCAGGGUGGGUCUUGGGGACCUGAGGAGGCCAACACUCCUGAAUUUAUGGGCUGGCUACUAAUUCCAUGGUUCCCAUCAUUGUUGCUCCUUCCUCCCCCUGCCCUUCACAAGCAUGCAAGUAGUGAUGGGCCAAAGAGAGCAACACCCUCCACUUCCCUUGCCCCUCUCCUUUUGGGCAAUGACAUGGAGGCAGCCCACUUGGAGAUGGGGCCCAUUGCAGGCAUCUUUCCCCAGGACCCUAGCGCCAAUAUGGAACAGGUAGUACAUUGGAGACAAUCAUGGAGCCCUGAGUCGGAGCUGCUUACCAACUUGCCCAAAGUCUCUUUCUGUUUACAUUCGUAGGAGAAGUUAGAGCUAUAGAGAUUUUAGAAGCUUCAGUGGUCACAGGUGAGCGUUAUAUUCCAAGAUAGGUUGAGGCUGUGUGGGAACAAUUAGACCACUCCCAUGUUGCAGUUAGGCCCGUCUAGCAGACUUCCCAGAGGCAUCUUGAUUGGCCAUUCUGAGAACAUAUUAGUUGGAGAACACUAUGCUGGAUCAGGCUGAAGCCUAUGUUCAUUUUGCCACACAUGGCUUUAUUGCACUUAAAACUUUGGGGGUCGUACCUUUUAACAGGUACUUAUCUUUCAAUAUUUGGAGCGAUUCAGGUUUUGUUGACUUUUUAUCUCAGAUUACAAGAGGGUUGCCAAGUGAGAAACUUUCUCUGUUUCUUUUCGGAAGAAGUGGGAGACAGUUUCAAAGCCACGUCUCUAAAAAUGUCUUGAUGGAGAAAUUCCAUGCUAUGUUACAAUAAUUUUUGAUCCUCUGCCAAAAGAUUGUAGUUGUUUAAUGUAGACUGUCUUGGGCCUCCACUAAGGAUUUGAAGGGCUCAGCAGGGCGGGAAGAAGGGAAGAGAAGGGUGAAUUCCUCUGAGCUUGAGCAGUUGGGUCUUUCCCUAAAAGCAUCUAAAAUUAAACAGGAACUGUGCAACAUUCAAAAAGCAGCUUUGAGCCAUGUUAUUCUACAGAUUUCAGAGAUAUGCAAAAGGGCACUAUUGAGCAAAAUAGGGAAGUUGCAUUAACAAAAUAGGGAAGUAGUACUACCAAAAAAUUAGUAAGUAUGCUUUGAAAAUGAUAGUUUAAAGCUGACUAGUUAAGUAGUAGUUUCAGGGAUGUAUUUUUUUAUCCUGUUUAAGUCUUAAUAUUAGGCAAUGUACUUUAUCAGCUUUAUAAAAUGACCAGUGGGCUUUGUUCAUCUCUUGUAGAUGUGGGGAAACAACAGGUUUUGCCUGAUCUUUCUUUCUUUCAUUCUCUCUCUCUCUCUCUCUCUCUCUCUCUCACACACACACACACACACACACACUCUUGCAUUUUUAGGCAAGAAAUUCAUGAAGCUGCUGAUCAUACAAACUAGCUCUUAAAUGUUGGGGAUUGUGCAUGUCACCUCACACAAUCAAGACUGCCGAUAGAAGUUUGACAAACACUGUCCUUUUAAAACGUAGUUAUCUCCUCUAUAACUUGCUUUGCUUUCUGAGACUCCCCAAGCCCUUUCUAACUAUCUGUCUGGUGAGUGUUAGAGAACAUUACAUGCAGCUAGGUACUAUUUAAAGUAAAGGACACCUGACAGUUAAGUCCAGUCGCAGACGACUCUGGGGUUUCGGUGCUCAUCUCGCUUUACUGGCCGAGGGAGCCGACGUUUGUCUGCAGACAGUUUUUCCGGGUCAAAUAGCCAGCAUGACUAAGCCACUUCUGGCAAAACCAGAGCAGCGCAUGGAAACGCUGUUUACCUUCCUGCCGGAGUGGUACCUAUUUAUCUACUUGCACUUUGAUGUGCUUUUGAACUGCUAGGUUGGCAGGAGCAGGGACUGAGCGACGGGAGCUCACCCCGUUGCGGGGAUUUGAACCGCCGACCUUCCAAUCGGCAAGCCCAAGAGGCUCAGUGGUUUAGACCACAGCACCACCCACGUCCCAGGUACUAUUUACCUUGCUGCUAAAUAUGAAAAUACAGAGCAAAGAAAUACCACAUUAUUAUUAUUAUUAUUAUUAUUAUUAUUAUUAUUGAAAUCCCAGUUUGCUUUACCCAUCUCCAACUUUUCUCCAUUUCACUCAGUUAUCUCUUGGGCCAAAUACUAGAUUGCAUUAAAAAAAUAAGAAAAUAAGAAUCUGAUAUUCUACAAGUAGAGUGCAUCAGCUAGGCUCUGUUUUUUUCGCAAACUGUUUCUAGGAGUUCCCAAAAUGCCCCCCCCCCCCGGAACUUCUGAAAACAUUCACUUAUUCAUUUACAUUGACCUCACUUGCCUCCUUUCUCUCAAACAUCCUCAAGGGCCCCCCUAACAUUGUCACGUAGCCAAAUCUGAUUGUGUGUGCAGUGCAGUGCAUUGGGUUUGCUGCAUGAUCCUUCUUUGGGAGAGCUGCAGAAAGAGGAAACAGCAGCCAUCAGAGAGAAUAAUGGUGCCAAACAGGAUUGGAUGGGGGGGGUAGGGUAGAUAUUCGCAUAAACUGGAUUUUUCUUUGGCAGGGGACGGGACAAUAGCUGCUCCACCUAGUUUGCUAGCUUCUGACUGAGAACAAAAUGGAGAAUAUUUGGGGCAGCUCUAAUUCUGGUAACGGGGAUUCAAAGCUACUGUCCUUUCUCUAGCUGGGAAGGAAGAGUUUGGGUAUUCCCACUGUUCUGUCACCAACUGAUAUAUGAUAGUCAAGAGAUUGCUGAAUAUGGUGCAUUUGUUUCAAAUGUGGCUUUCCUGUUUCUGCUCAGAAGUUUCUACACAGCCUAAAUCUUCCUUCAAAAAGGGGGAAAGUCACAAUUGAAAUUUGCAUACCCUUUGCCACUGACAACGUUAUGCAUAUUUUGUACUUGGUUAACUGUACCUGAAUAUAAAAUACCUUGCAAGAAUUACAGUUCUUGUUGAGCCUUUUGUGGCUGUCUGCAUUUUUAAUGCAAAGUUUCACACUACUACUGAAAGCAAAUAAGGAGCAGCAACGUUGUGGCCACCUUCUCCAUUUAUCAGUUAUUUUCCCUGUCCCAUGCCAAUCUAGGAAUGAAAAUUUAGGACAAAAGUAGAUAUGGCAUUUGUCACAUAGCUUUGUCAUUGAAUAGCCUUUUUAAAAAAAGCAAAUAAGCUAGUAUUUGAGGGGUUAGGGUUAUGAGUUUGGGUUCGUGAGGGAAAGAGACUAAACUAUUGUCCCUGGCUUGGCCUGGCUUGGCCUCCCACUGUUUUCUAAAAAAAUCAACUACUUACAGGCAAACCAAAUGACACUUUCCCUGCUUUCUUCAGAUUUGCAUUAUCUGAAGCUUUUUAAAGAGCUACCCAUUUAUUAAAGCAUGCAUGGAAUCAAUUGGAAAUUGUGGCAGUCGGACCAGGGAAGUCUUUGAAUAUGAAUCCCUUAGUAGAACUAUAGAGUGCUGUUUGUUGCUAGACCAGAUAUGCUUGAGAUUCUGUUGCCAGAAAAUAUUGUUUCUUCCAUAGGGAUUUUCAUGGUAUCUCUGUCUAAUAUUGAUAUACACAGAGACAGACAGAGAUUUUGUUUCUGUCAUAAGGAUGGGGCAGGAUGUUAGCAUAUAUCCACACUGCAAUCUCCUGCCUGCCAUUCACUGUUCUCCUUUUAAUGAUUCUAUUUCCAAUAAUUUUGAAGAAUAUAAAACUUAAAUUUCUUGAAAUAAUAGCUAGUGUGACUGGUGACCUCAGACUUGCAAAUGUUUUUUUUAUUAUUAUUUGAAAGGAGCUGUGAACUUAGAAUCAACCUGAAUUCCUAUUAUUAUAAAUUACUAUCGUGGAAUGAGAACAGGUGGAUUGGUAUUUCAUAGGCGCUUAAUAUAUGACCUGCAUACUUAAAUAUAUAUUGUGAAAAGCAUGUGUGACUGAUAUGAAAAUGCAAUUUUGCUUCUAAAUGUCUUUCUCCACAUGCCUUAAAAAAAAAGAAGUCACUUUGCAGGUACCAUAUUUUUCCAUGUAUAAGAGGUGGAUUUUUUUGCUUAUUUUUUUUAGUCCAAAAUAGGGGGCCGUCUUAUACACAGGGGUCAUCUUAUACACAGAAAAAUACAUUCCAGCACUUCACCUGCCCAUUCUACUUCUGAGUGGUGUCCGCCAUCUUCAUGCCUUGCUUGGCUCUGAAUCCUUCUCCCUGUCGCUAGCUAUCACUCACCCAUCUGCCCUGCCUUGCCUCCCUCCCUCAGCGGCAGCACAUUUGGGUGUGAAUUUCCUAAAAAAAAAGGUCAACAAGUUUGGGCAAUCUCAUGUGUUUAAAAUAUUGAUUUCUUAAUUUAGAGUUAAAAAAAAAUAGGGGGCGUCUUAUACAUGGAAAAAUACAGUAGUCUAAUCCAGCUGGAGACAGUAACCACAAUUCAUUGCAGAGAUAUCCACAUGCAAUCCUGUUAAAAUUAAUGGAGCAUUUUACAUUGAAAUAAUGGAUUAUAAAUAUAUUUUUUAAUUAGCCAGCACCCAUAAGUUGACUAACGUUAUAAGUGUGAGUGAGGCUAAAGAACCAGAUAAUUUAUUCAUUAAAAAAUUGAGGGUUUUAUUUUAUCAUGCAUUGGUGCAAUAAAGCACAAGUAAAUGUUAAUCCUUAUUUUAUAUUGUAAACAAAUUUAGCAUUUCAAACAUUAAUUUAACGUGUUUUAGCCCAUUUGAUCAUUUAUUUGUGUAUUUAUUUCCUCCUUUUUGCUCACAUACAUUUUUUAAUAUUUAUAGCAUUAACUUUAUAUUAUUGUGGGAAAUAAGUAAACGGAAUAUAAGUGCAUUUAGAGCUGUGUUGGCCUCUGAGAGAUGCUUGCCCAGCCCUCUCUUAAGUGUGUUUGAAAGGAAAUUCUAGAGUUUCUGGAAGUGGCUUGUUCCAUCUGUUCAAGGGUCAUCGUAUUUAAUAAAACGUUUCUAAUAUUGUACCUUUUGUACAAUAUUAGACUUCCCUGACAGUGUUGCUUACUGCCAAUACUGCUGCUACAGUACUACAAUUUACCUGGAUAGGGCUGCAAGUGGGCAUGGGCGUGGCAAAAGUUGGGGCUGAGUGGACACACUCCCGGGAGCCCAAGACUGGCUCAUCACUCACACUAGAUUCAAUCUCCUUGAGGCUGCCUCUAUUCCUCUGAAAGGCUCCCUUCAGCUUUCCCCUGAAGUCUUCCUUCUGGUCAGGUAACUUGAAGAUCCCAGGAAAAUAUUGCAGUUGCCUCCUCUGAAGUCUUCCUGGGGCCAGCUGUUGGCGACUGCAGCUCUGGUCAGAGGCUAUCCUAGAAAACUGUCUCUGGAGGCUUCCUGUCCUUUCUGGCUUCUCAGCUUCUGCCUCGGCGCUUAUUGACUAGCCCCCUUCCCUCUCAAACAGCGCUCUGCUUGCCGUUAUGGCAUUUCCAGUCAGAUCCCUCUGGCCAGUCAUUAGGUUCUCCUUGGAAUUGUGAAUCUGCAGCAACUAAGGACUGAUGAUUUAUUUUAUUUUUUUAAAUAGAAUCUCCACUAUCAUAAUCUGACCCUUUCCCAACUCUCCUUUCUUGUAUAAAAGCCAAGUUCUGGUGUUAAUUGCCAUCACAGAAAACCUUCCAAGUAUGUAAAGACCUUAUAAAAAACACCACAAACCAACAGCCUAGCUGUUUCUUGGAAAACUGCCAGCUGAACCCCUAUGCAUUGCAUCUCUUCCUGGCUUUAGUCAGAAAUCAACUGACAGUUUAUCUCUUCAUACAGUUCACUCUUUACCAGUGUUAAAAUGUAACAACAGGGUUUUGUUAUAAAUAUCCUCUCACAUUGCAACUGUUUCUUCACAUCCUUCUGGUAAUUUAAAUGCAUGGUUUUGUUUUCUGUAUGUUAUAUUUAUUCUUUGUAUGGCAUCCACUGAUAAGCUAUGAGGUAUCAACAUGUCUCUUUCAAUGCUGUAACUUUUUAAAUGGCGAGCCUGAGGUGAAUGAAGCACAAGUUAAGCUGCUACACACACACACACACACACACACACACACACACACACUAAAAACAAUAACUGAAAAGUACAUCCAGGUGGUGCUGUCGUUUUACAGUCAAAUAUCAGUUAAAUCAGUUAAAUAUAGUCUGGUGCUUAAAACAUGGGAAACCAGGUGUCAGGUUAGCAAACUGGGGGAAAAGUUGCAACACUAUCACAGAACCCACCUCUUUUUUCCCUGAGAGCAUUCAGACAGAGAGAUUGUUGUGUUAGUUUUCCUUCUUAUAAUGCUAGCACUUCUCUCCUUGCUUCUAAAGUCCGUUACACACUGCAUUACCUGUUUCAUUAUGGAAUUGUGGCUUUUUAAAACUGUGCCCAGUAGAGUUUCCCUCCCUUGGAACGUGUGAGCAAUAGGAAUGGGUGGUGUCUCCCUCCCUUGAUGCUGCUCAAAGUGGUGGGGAAAGGGCAAGAAAGCAUGAUAUUCUCUCUACUGUGCAACUUGGAGAGAGGAUGAGUAGGCAGGUGGAGGCAAUAGCUGACUUGGUCACACUUGCAUGUUCUGGGCCCAACCCAUUACCCAGAAGUUCUACUCCAGAAAUAUGUGGAUCUCCAGAUGUUGCAAGACUACAACUCCCAUAAUUUCUGACCUUUGGCAUUCUGGCUGAAACGGAUGGGAAUUCGAGUCAGUCAACUUCUGGAGGACCACCUUAGCUUGGUCUAAAAUCUGUGCAGACUUAAAUACAUUCCAGUUGGUUAGGAAAUAUUUUUGUCCCCUGAUUCUCCAAGUUGCUGCAUUAUUACAUUCCUGGAAGUACCAUUUGCUGAUUGCUAAUGGCAAAUGAAUACAUUUCUCUCUCAGGUAGAAAUGAAGAUUCUUUGUGGCUGGCACGUUGAUUACAAUUUGCAAUACAAAAAUACCAGCCUGAAGUGCACCUUCUGUGUUAGUCACAGCUGUCAAUCUCUGCAAAUCAUUUGGAUGUAAAUUCGAAACAUUAGUGUCUGGGGAAAAACUCAGCUUGAAAGCGUAACCCCUUUCUAUUUCCUUCUUUUUAAAGUCAAAUAUUCUUGCUUUGUUUUUGUUUUGAUUUAUGGAAUUGGGAAGGGGUUGUUGUUGUGUUCAUGGUCAAUAAAAUGGAAAAUUCUAUUCUUCUUUUCUGCUCUUUCUUUUGAUCUGGAAGUAUCUCAAGGUGGUUUACCUAAAAUACAAUGUACAUCCUUCUAUUCCCUGUUCCAUACUGCACCCCACCCCCAUAUCCAGUUCUCACUAGGCUGUUGCCUGGAUGCAUGCUUCUUACUUCCUCCUCUGGCCCCUAGGACUGAAGUAUUUUCAUUUUCCAAUGGCAGGAUUAUGUUUGGAGAUAUCUGUAUCUAAAACCCUGCAGAUCUGCUAGGGGUCAAACUAUUUAGCUGUGGCUUCCAAGAUUUCCUGUUCUCAUUUUGCCAGGACUCUUUCUGAAAUGAGUUUAGGAUUGUAAUUGUGCGGGUGUUUUUGUUUGUUUAGUCGUGUCCAACUCUUUGUGACCCCAUGGACCAGAGCACGCCAGGCACUCCUGUUUUCCACUGCCUCCCGCAGUUUGGUCAGACUCAUGUUUGUAGCUUCAAGAACACUGUCCAACCAUCUCGUCCUCUGUCAUCCCCUUCUCCUUGUGCCCUCCAUCUUUCCCAACAUCAGGGUCUUUUCCAAGGAGUCUUCUCUUCUCAUGAGGUGGCCAAAGUAUUGGAGCCUCAGCUUCACGAUCUGUCCUUCCAGUGAGCACUCAGGGCUGAUUUCCUUAAGAAUGGAUACGUUUGAUCUUCUUGCAGUCCAUGGGUAGGAUAGUAAAUAACUUUCAGUGAUAAGAUCCAGGUGACUUCUUGUUCCAGGUCCAAAUGAUUUGAGCCUUGAGCCAUCAAUGUAUUUUUUCUACUGAAGAGUAUUGGGACUGACUACCUGCAGAAUAGAAUAAUAGGUUAGAUUGGCUCAUUUCUUGUCUUUUUCAGUAACUUGAUGUGGGAUACUAAGAUCCCUUGAAGUAAGUUUCCCCCUUAAUUUAGUAAGAGGCUUCAGAUGAUCCUAUAUCUGCUUAUUAAGCUGAAACAAUGCACAGGCCUUUUACUCAUGCACAGAGCUCUGCCAUGGAAGCUGUGAUUAAAUUUCUUAAUUAACCAUCGUUUCCUGUUUUGUCCGAACUGGGGGACUAUGGUUAACUGCUCUAGGACAAACCAGGAUAUUAAGCCAUAUUUUGAAGUUGAUUAUGCAACUGCAUAUAACAUUGCAUUGUCUAUUGCAUUACAUAAUGAACAGCCUAAAGUUUUAUUUCUGCAUAAUUGCAAAGAGGCACUUGGAACAGCUGUUCUAUUUUUCACUUUUCUGGCAGCUAGAAGUUCUAAUGGUUACUUGGAGCACUCAAUUCUGAAAGAGCUUGAUUUAAUUUUUGCAUUAUCUGUUGCUUAGCAACUGAUGAGGGGGAAAUUUGUUCUGAUCUAGGGAGAAUCUCUUUUCCUUUUCUCUCCCCCUUUCCCAAGCAGUUAUAUCUAAUUGUGGCUUCCCAAGUUGUUGGUGGAAAUAGCAUCUUGAACUUGCUAAAACACGUUCUAUUUAAAAACCCUCACUGCUGAAACUUACAAUACAUUAAUAUAUUUGCUUCAUGCUACAAAUACAAGCAGCAGUCAGUGAUUGACAACCUAAACUCCAUAAGCAGCCCUUAGAAGGUCACUUACCUGUUUUGCUACUUAUCUCUGUUCUUCUUGCCAUGUUGCCACUGCCUGCAUAAAUGGUUAAAUGUCACGUGCUUGCUCACUGGUGCUUAUGGCAAAACAGAAGGAAGUCAUAUGUCCAGAACCUGUCUACAGUUGCCUUUCUCUCUCAGCUUGAAAAGCCUGAUGGCAUAGUCAUGGGUCCUUUAAAUUAUAGUUGCUUGGAAGAUUGGUACUGCUGUGAGGGAUGGCAAAGUAAUCUUUAUUUUGGAUAUAGAGAUGAAACUUUGCACAUUAGUGGCGCUCACACAUUCUAUGGUGGAAUGUUAAGCCAGUUGUAGAAGAGAGUAUUGCAACUUGUAUAAAUCUCUGCGAGCAAACAACUAUUACAACCUUUUUAGUAUUUGUCUGUUGGCAUAAGUAGAUUUGGCCCAUAAUUCCUGUUUAGGUCCAUUUAUCCUAUUUAAAUACAUUGCUUCAAAAUGCAAUUAUUUUGGUGUUUGAAAAAGCAUUUCUUGCUUGACUAGAUUUUGUUAGUUUUAGCCAUAAGCUGUUUUAGCUGUAAGCUGCAACAAGAAAAUGUCAGACCAAAGGAACCACUUAAACAAUAAGUAAAUCUAAGUGAUCAUGGAACCAAAGCAUAAACAACAACGUUAAAAUGUACACAGCAAUUUGCUCGUAAAGAAGGAAGCUAUUUUUGGUGUGGUUUUUUUUUUUAAAAUAAAAUAAAAGCUUCCAUCAUCUUCAUUCAAGCCACAAGAGGUUUGCCAUUGUUUCACAGCUGCCAAGGCAAAAGUUUCCAUAGUUUCGACUCCUGUCAUUGUUUUCACUGACCAAGAUAGAUUAUUCUUUCUGUAGCUUAUUCAUUGCAUUUUAUGAGAUAUAACCCAAUCUCUCCACAGGAAUCAUGGAAAUAGAAAACAUAUCAGGUGAGGGAUAUCAGAUAUCUGAUAACAUAUCAGAGCCACCCUCUGUCCCCAUUUUAGUUGCCUUCCAUGGUUUAGAAUGUGACCUUUGCAGUGGACAUUUUUUUGUAUCCACGAGGAUUCCUUACACAUUUCGCAAUCUGGAUUUUACAAGAUGUAUUCACGGAGGCCUUAUAACUAUUGGAAAGCCACAGACCCAGGAAGCUGGAUCUAGCAUGCUUAUAACCCUGCUUCAUCCCCAUCACAUGGUAACUUCCCCAUUUCCAUACCUCCUGAAGAAGGCUACAGUGGAAUUGUAGGGAACAGUGUACUUCUACAAGUAUGAUGCCAUAACUUAAACAACACAUAGAAUCAUAGGCAUGUAUAUCCUUUAUUUGUCUGAAAAUGUGGAGGAAACUCACUGAAAAUGCAGAAGGCUUGGAACACUCCUUGGCAUGAAAUCUGAUAGGGCUAUUAAUAGGUGGAAUUAAUUAUUGCAUAUCGGGGUGCUUUUAAUCCUGCCAGUAAACAAAAUCUCUGCCCAAAAAUAAUGUAUUUGCGUUUGGAUUCCAGUUUGUGUUCAGUGGCUACAUUUCCUGAAAACAGUACGUAGAAGACACAUAUAGCUGAACCAUAUGAGCAACUUUGUGAAAUCAAACAUUUGAGUCAGAAAAAGAUUGCAUCUGCUUGCUUAGAUUAAGUCUUGAAAGUCAAAAUUCUACUGUGUAUGAACUUUCAUUUCUGCUAGGUAAUAUCCUAGUUUCAGCCCUCAACAAGAAUUGAGGGAAUUUCCCUUAGGUUAGGUGCUCGUAAAAUAGACCUGCCAGAUCUUAUUCUGAAAACAAAAUUGCAUUAGUUGUACGGUCAAAAGGGUGGGUAAAAUUAAAUAGUUGUGCCUAGUGGUAGCCAGUUUGUCAAGUUCUGCUAGUGCAAUAGGGCUUGGCCCCCUUCUCCUCCCUUCUUGCCCACCUGAUAGGCUCUGGGGGGGGAACCCACAGAUCGACAUGUGGGGCAAGAAAAAGGGAGAUCAUUCCAUCAGACAAACAGAAAUGGUUGUACUGAUGCAGCAAUCUCCUCAAGCUACUUUAAAGUCCCCUAUUUCAGUUCCAUAUAAGAGUAGGACAUAAAAGUUUGAUUCCAGAAUUAUAAAUGUCACAGCCUGCCUCUGAGUUUUCAAAAAAUAUUAUAUGAAUCAUCAAUUUAUCUUUUCAAAAAAUGAAAAUAAAAAUCAAGCCAUAUCUAGAUGGCCAAAUCUAGAUCUGUGUACUAGAGCUAAAGAGAAUUAAACCUGGAAAGCACAAAUUCUUUUAUCACGUCCUUCAUUGUAUAGAAAUCAACAUACUAUUUGUGCUUUGUAGAUUUGAAGUCAAAUACCACCAUUCUGCUGUUUAUCAUAAAUCAUGGAAUGAUGAAUUCUUCUGUUUUAUACAAUGGCUUUGUUUUCCUUAAAAAAAAAAAAAAAAAAUUCUCCCAAAUGUCUCCCAAAUAUUUAAAAUUAGUGUACGGUAUUAAAACUAAUAAUAGUUGAUAAAACUAAUAUCAUGUAACUAUGGCUAAACUAUGGCUAUUUCUUAUGUCUCUUUGUAGAUUGCCUCUUUAAGUUAUGUCCCAUGAAUCGCUAUUCUGCACAGAAGCAGUUCUGGAAAGCUGCUAAGCCAGGAGCUAACAGCACAACUGACGCUGUAUUGCUCAACAAGCUACAUGUGAGUAUGGUACUGAUCUUGAUCUUCAUCUUAUGCUACUUUUAGAUUUCAGCAUCUUACGUUACAGUACUUUUAGAUAAUCAUUUUUACACACACAGACAGACACGCAUAUAUGUAAGACUGUUGCCAUGCUGCAGUUCAUAUGGCUGUCAACAGGCAGCCAUGCCAACUCCUGCAUGGUGAACGACACGCAGGUGAGCAGGCAAUUAGUGCUGGUGGCAGGUUGCCUAGGUGAGCUGUUUAAUUGAGUGGAGUAUCACUUUACAGAAGCUACUCUGGGAAGCACCUCUGCUCUCCUUUAAAAGGGGGUGGGGGUUGUUGUGAUCUGUGAGGGGAGGUGCUUGGAGCAAACUGCGAAGGGAUGGGGAGGUGUGAAGGGUGGGGGGUGUCUUUGUUUAGGUGUGGACAAAGGUGGCUAGCAAAGAGGUAGGCAGGGGUCUUCUCAAUACGUGCUUUAAUGUGAACAAACCAAACCCAGAUCAAAUUGGGGGGGGGGGAAUCAGAGUUGAUGAUACUUUUUAUUAACAUCUGCAAUCAGCUACAUGUAUAAGAGAGUGCAAGAAACUAAGAGCAUAGAAAUGAGGGACAUGGGCCUUGAAUAGAUUCUGCAUGUGUAGGAUGAGAAAGCUCCACAGGGGAACAAUGCCUACCCCCUUUCAGGUAGGGGAGAAGGUGUUUUCCCCAGACCUGAAUCAUUAAAAAUGUGGUAGCAACUUGGCAAGGAAAGGCUGGGAAACCUCUUAUUACACAGUAGUUUCCCAUAACAAGCCUGUUGCUGAAAGUACUCAUAGUUUAGACAGGUACGUUGGUCAGGUUGACUGUGCCUGAGUCUGCUUCUUUAGAAAAUUAGACUUUCCAGUUCUCAUCUCUGCAGUAAGCAAAUCUCUUAUUAUGAAAGUGUGGUGUGAGUAACAACAUACAAUUUUUGAAAAUAAACUUCUCUACAUGGGUAGUGAAGAAAACUGGAAUAAGCUUGUGUCUAUCUUACUUUGAAAAUAAAAACUUAAUAAUUGAAGUCAGAUGCUUUUAAGUUCUUUUAUUCUUGCAGUUUGUAGCUGGCUUUACACAAAGUACACAAAAUACUUUAUAUGAAGUACAUAAAUACAAGGCAAAGGCUUACACUCAAGUUGAAAUAGGAGCAUAUUUUAAACAAGUGAUUAUUUUAUUAUAUUCCCAUUAUAAAAAAAUUACUGGGCUUUUUAUUUUAUUUUAAGGAAACCUGUUUGAAAUGUGAGUUUAAAGCCCUAAACCUUUAAACCUUUAAAGCCCUAAAUGGCCUCAGCCCAGUAUACCUGAAGGAGCAUCUCCACCCCCAUCAUUGAACCCGGACACUGAGGUCCAGCUCCAAGGGCCUUUUGGCGGUUCCCUCACUGUGAGAAGUGAAGUUACAGGGAACCAGGCACAGGGCCUUUUCAGUAGUGGCGUCCACCCAGUGGAAUGCCCUCCUAUCAGAUGACAAAGAAAUAAAAAACUAUCUGACAUUUAGAAGACAUCUGAAGGCAUCCCUCUUUGGGGAAGUUUUUAAUGACUGAUGUUUUAAUGUAUUUUUAAUCUUUUAUUGGAAGCCGCCCAGAGUGGUUGGGGAAAUCCAACCAGAUGGGUGGGGUAUAAAUAUAUUAUUAUUAUUUAUUAUUAUUAUUAUUUCCUCUUUUCCCUAAUUCUUUCCUUUCUGAGAUGGAUGGAUAUCCUUUCAGUGAUCAGUUUUGUGACAUCGUGAUCAGGACUCACUAAAUGUUCAGUUUUGAAUAUAAUACGUUCCAUUCAGAAUAAAUGUGUAUAGCUCUUGCGUUGGCACCAUAUAUUUGGCAUGCUUUGGCCUGAAAAUACCCCUGCACGUAUCGAUCUAGCUAGAACAAAUCAAAUGCUCAUUGGACUAUGCUAAGUUCUUCUGGGAAAGGAAUGAGACAUAGUUAAUCCAAAGAACCAGCAGAGUGUAUAAUUGCCAAGUGUAUUAACUCUUAAUUUAUUCUUGGGAAAUAAUUAAUAAUGGGUUGACCUUGCAUGUGAGGUCAGUUCCACAUAUGAAAAACUACCUUCACUGGAUGCUUGUAAACCUUCACUGUAGUCACAGCAGGUACGAGUCUAUCUUUUAAAAGCAAAUUCACGACGGCCCACAGUGUCUCAUGACCAACCUAUUCUGAAACAGAGGGGUUUCAGAAACAGUUGAUAUGACUUGGAUUGUUCAAGCAGAUUAUUAUUAUUAUUUUAAGAUCUCUGCCUCAGCAAGUCAUGGAUCUCAGUGCUAUACUUAACUGUGGCAGACAAGUGAUGGAUUUUUAUCAUAUACAAGAGUUUUUAAAGGAACGGCUCAUCCAGAAAAAGAUCUGAGAUUACCAUCACACCAACCAGGAGAUUUUUUUUAACGAUGAUAAUUUGUUUUAUCAAACCUAAACUACACACAUGAGUAUAUAAAAAGAAAAGCAUCUAGGAGGGAUAGCGGAGUUUGUUUUUCAGGGGUAAAUCUAAAGGAAAACAUAUUUACUGGCUCACAGCUGAAGCAUGUGCCUGUAGACCGCAGACCUAGACACCACAAUUUCCUGUAGCAGUAAAAGUUUAAUUACGGCAGUUUUAUUACAGCAUGAAGCUUCAUCACAAUACAUAAUGCCAUAAUAAAAUGAGUUAGCCUUCAAGAUGCCAAUGGGCUCUUCUGCUGUUUGUGCUGCAAACAAACUAACAUGGUUAGAAGAUGCCUAAGUGGUACCAUGGUGUGUAUUAUUGCAUGAAUCUCUUGCCAGCAUAGAAGCACACAAGCAUCUUAGUGUGUGAGGACUGUUCAUUGAGGAUUCCUGGCACAGUCUUUGCGGAACGUGAAAGCAGUUUCCUGUCUUGCUGUUUUUGUGUCAUGUGGGUUUGGAGUAAUCUUUAAGGAAACGUUAAAACUCCAAUAUUUAAUCACUUGCAUUUUUGGCUUGUGUGUCUACCAAUGGAAUUCAGCAUCUUCUGUUGCAGAUCAACCAAUGCGAAGGGUCAGGUUAUUUUAAGCUAAUGCCAUUUAAGGGAUUUAGGAAUCUGGGACGCUGAAGUUUUUGACCGGCAUCAAAAAUCAAUGCUCCUUUUGGAAAGCUGACACCUAGUGGCCUUUUCAUAUAGUGCUUGGUUUGAUUUGUUCUUCAGCAUCAAAAGUUGGUCGUUCCACGCAUGUGCCCCUUGUGUGGAAGCCAUUACAGUACUGUCAUUUUGUGAUGUUUAUACUUGUUAACCCACCUCUAGUUCUUUGCCACCUCUACCAGCAGCUCAGGACCUCAAUUGAGAAGUUUACUCUGGUUGAUGGUUUUGAAAGUGCUAUGACGUUUCCAAGCAUUACCGAUGAUGAAAAAUUUUGUGACUCCAGGACACCGAUGGAGUUCACACAUUACAACACUAAGCCAAACCCAUGGCUUAGCACAAAUUAGCAGUUGUGUGUGUUCCUGGACCAAAUAUUGUGGCCGAAGUGCUCUUCCUCUGGUCCUGCUGCUCCCAUGCUGCCCAGGGCUAACCAAGAUGUCGUCCUGACCCAAGUCUGACUGAAAUGGAUCUGGAUAAAUAUAAUAGCUUUGCUACUAGUAGACAGUAACCCCAUAUUUUAGGUUUCUUGGUCUUGCGAAUGCUUUUUAAUUUAACACUUUUGGGAUUCUGAGUAUCAAGAGUUGUGGGACCCUAUACCUCCAUUUAACACCUUUCAAAAAAUGUUAUCUUCUUGAAAGAAUGAAGUGUAAGAUACACUUGAAGUAUUCUCUUUCAUUUUGAUUUUUGUUGUUGUUUAAAGGAUGGAUUAGAGGAAUGCAAUUGUUUGGGUUUAUAUCCUCCUUCUUGUAUAACCUUGUAUGGUUGUUCCAAAAUAUCCUUCUUGGUGUUCUGCAAUGUAAAGCCACUUCCAGCAUGUUUUAAUGGAAAGCUGACUACCCUGUUUAGCAAGCACGUCAAAAAGGAAUGUUUGUCUUAGGAGACAUUCUGUGAAAUACGAAAUAUGACUUUUCUUCCACAGUGCAGGACUUCUUGUUCCUUUUGUAAUGCACUGUAGGCCACCCCUGUUCAUGAUGGAACUGAACUAGCAACAAACCAUCUAGAUGUACAUUUUAGAUCCAAGCUUUCUGAAAGACUGUAUUCCCUCAUAUGAACGUGCCUGGGUUUAUAUACUUGAGGGAGGCCUUUCUCUUAGUCCUGAGAAGGCCUUCUUCAUGGCUGCUCCAAAACUUUGGAACUCCCUCCCUAGAGAAGUUAGACUGAUUCCAUCCUUGUACUGACUGCUUUUAAUGAAAGGGCUGGUGUUGUGCUGUUUUUACUGUAAUUAUUGGUAUGUUUUUUAAUGAAUCAUGUAUGUGUGUGUUUCAAUUUUUGGCGUCCCCCCCGUUUUUAGCUGUUCUUAUUUGAGCUGUAAGCUACCUUGAGUCACUGUCAGGGAGAAAGGUGGGAUAUAAAUAAAUCAACAACAGCACAUAUCACCUUAAUUCAUAAUGUUGGCUUUUAUAUAUUUGUGUAGCUGUAUUUUUGUGUAGCUGGUUUUAAAACUAGCAUUCAGCAAGGGGCCAACCUUUUAGACUUCCGCAGUAUUUUUCCUCCCUAGAACUCUGUUCUUUCCAAACUUCACCACUGCCUUGCUCUCCAAGCAGUCUUCAUAAAAUACUUUUGCUUGUUUGUUUGUUUGUUUGUUUGUUUGUUUGUUUAUUAAAGCAAGCAGUUGGUCACCCAGUUUCCCAACCUUGCUUAACAGCAUUCUUUUUUUUUCUUUGUAGCAUGCUGCAGAUUUGGAGAAGAAGCAGAACGAGACCGAGAAUAGGAAGUUGCUUGGCACGGUUAUCCAAUAUGGCAAUGUUAUUCAGGUAUGCUGCAGCUGUCUUUCAAGAGGUUUCCGUGAACCUGGCACCCAUAAUUCUAUGCAGCUGUAUAUGCCACACAGACUGGCUUGAAUUGACAUGAAGUUGCAACUUCAUUGUUUUGCCAGUAGAGAUGCACAAGCAUCAUAGCCUUUCUUCGACUCACAAGAGGUUGUGCUUUAGUGAGCACUUGUUGCCCUGUGUUGUCACCACACGUUGGGCCUUGUACUUUUUAUCCAUAUAUAUGUAGGCAUUCUUCUAAGGGGUUAAUGUGGUGCAGCACCUAGAGUGAUGGGUUUGAAUAUGAGAGACGCAGGUUAAAAUCCCAAUAAGUACCGUAUUUUUCCAUGUAGAUUUUUCCAUUAGACGAUGUUUUUUAUUAUAAAAAAAUUCUAAAAGCUUAACAACUCUGGGCAAUCUCCCCCCAUUUCCUUAAUUUGGGGUCCCAAAAAAUAGGGGUUGGCUUAUACAUGGGAUCGUGUUAUACACGGAAAAAUAUGGUAUUUGGAGGGUGUUAGAUUGGUUGCUAGCUUUUGUAACCUAGGCAUCUUUGUAGCCUUUAGCAUCUUCCUAAAGCUGAUACAAGGGUAUAUGCAGUAAUAGCUGUAAGGUAUUUAUAAAUAUACUGAGUGAACAUUUAAUGCUCUUUAUAGCAUCCUAUAUAGCUCUUAAUUAUAUUGGUAUUCUACAGACUUUUACUCCAUAGUGAGCAGUAUUCCUUCAACUAUGGAGAAUUUUGGGUAGGAGGUUUCAACUUUGUAGCUUGACCACUCCGUGUAAGAAACGUCUUGGGAUAAUUUUAAGGGGGCCUUAAAAACUGAAUUGUCUUCUGCUUUCAUCCUCAGUAUGAAAUGUACAAGUACAGGAUGUGAAAGCGUUAAGGAACGAAAGGAAUUUUGUCAUCGUUCCUAUGAAAACUUUGACUAUUGUAGUCAGUGGGAUAAAAGUUUUUUUUGUUUUUGUUUUAAUUGUGUUUGUGGUGCCCUUCCUCCUCUUCCCCCCUUUUUUUCUUUUUAACUUCUAGCUUUUGCACUUGAAAAGCAACAAAUACUUGACGGUAAAUAAGAGACUUCCAGCUCUGCUAGAGAAGAAUGCUAUGAGGGUGACUCUGGAUGAGGCUGGCAAUGAAGGGUCCUGGUUUUACAUACAGCCCUUCUACAAACUGCGUUCCAUAGGAGAUAGCGUAAGUUUACAGGAUUGUCAGAGAAAACGGUGUGCGGUGCAACAUAUUGCAAAGCUGUUUCAUCAGUAGCUUACUUUCUUGUGAUUAAUUAAAUGCACAAGAGUUUGUACAGUAUACAUGUCUCUUUUUCGAGGACUGAAGUGAGUGGGAGGUGAAUUGCUAUGGCAACAAAUGUUUUGGAAACAAGAGACAUUUUUUUAAAGACUGGAACAGUAGCCAUCUAAAUCUCCACUUACUUCAAAUGGUUAUGAAAACACUUAAGUUAUUUUGUUGAUGUAUUAAUUUGUUCUUAAGCUAAAAUAUAGCAAUGCGCCAAGCAUUUAGUUUCCCGAUCAUAAAACGAUUGGGAAUUUUUUAAAAAAUUACUUUCAUUGCGGCAAAAACUGUGUGCCAAAAUGAGCAUUGGGUGACAUGCUCUGUUGUCUGCCCAUCUGCACAACAGAAAUCUACUUGUGCAACUGGAUUUCUUGUUUCCCCUUUCUCCCUCCAGCCCCCUGGGUACCCUCCAAAAUCUGCUCCAAAUAGUUUCCUAAUCCUCUGGAGCAUAAUAUGGAGGCACUUGUGUGGCUGCAUGGGGAGAAGAGAGGAAGGAGAAACCCUGUUGGAUCUCACCCAUUCACUUUAAGGUGCCAUGGUAGUCUCCAUUGCUUUUUCUGUAACAGUUUAGCAUGUCUGCCCCUCAGUUACAUGGGGCUAGUAUUGUUCAUUUCUUUAAAAGUUGUAUAUAUCCCCUUCAGUAGAGCUGAAUAUGUAAUACAGUGGUACCUCAGGUUAAGUACUUAAUUCGUUCCGGAGGUCCGUUCUUAACCUGAAACUGUUCUUAACCUGAAGCACCACUUUAGCUAAUGGGGCCUCCCUCUGCUGCCGCGCCGCCGAAGCACGAUUUCUGUUCUCAUCCUGAAGCAAAGUUCUUAACCUGAAGCACUAUUUCUGGGUUAGCGGAGUCUGUAACCUGAAGCGUAUGUAACCUGAAGCGUAUGUAACCCGAGGUACCACUGUAGUUUGUUUGUGCAUUUUAAGAAUGAAAAUGUUAAAAUGCAUUUCAAAGCCUGGGGGAAUAAAAAUCCAUUUGCCUCUAACAAUAUGUGUCAAACACUUCUCUCUAGGGAAGGAAAUCGACCUACGGUGCCUUCCCUGAGAAUGUGCACCCUCUGAUCACUGCACACCUUAUCUUAGGCAGGUUGGCAGUGGUAGGCAUUCCUUUAAGAACCUGCGUCCUAAGUGAUAUAUUGUCCUAAGUGAUAUAUUGAAUUGUGUUUGGAAAUGGACUUGAAGGUUCUUUUAAUACUAUUGAGAUGCAAUCUCUAAUCCAGGACUGAUUUAUGAGGAUGUAUUUUGCUUUGAUUAAAGUUUCCAAAUAGUCUUCAAAGACAGCCUAACAUAUAACAUAGUAUAUUAGGCAAAACCGGAUGUUACUAGAACAUACUGGCUAGGCUGCCUUUGUCCAAUAGAGGCUACAACUGGCACGCCAACCUACUCUGAAGAAAGGCAGAGAAAAACCUAGGCCACUUUGAAUACAGCUGAAUCUCAGAGUACCCCCAAAAUACUAGCUCUUUGAGGGAGAAUUCUCUCUCUCUCUCUCUCUCCAGAUAACUUUCCCACAAAAACUCAGGGCUGAGUUUCAGUUUAUUGGCCUUCAUCCAGUCCAUUGCUGAUUCCAGGCUUUUGUUGGGAAUCUUUAACGUGGCGCAUUAUAAUUCUUUCCAUGACCUUGGUUUUCCACAUAGGUGAUUCUGUGGCAGAAGAUGUAGGACUGAGACGUUUUUAAUAUGUUUUGUUUUGCUUUAUGGAAAUAACAUGAAGGACAUGGCAACUCCAGUAUACUCUUUCUUGAUAGUGAUGGUAGAUAAUUGGGUACUGUAGCUGUGAGAUUCUGAGGCUGAUGAAGUUUUGAUACACCUCGUAUGCCCCUGUUAUAAUAGUGCAAGCAGGAAACACAGCCAAUUACUGUAUCCGCUUGGCCAAAGCACUUUAAAUAGCCAGUUUUCAGGAGAGGCUCCAUAUUAUAUUGCCGUACGUAUUUUUGUGAGAGUGAUUUAAGUGUAGCUUUAUUGAGGAUAUGAACCCUCUUCGGGCAUUAUUUAAAUGUGUUUGUUAACGUGUGAGGAACAGCAGCAGGGACAAAUGCAUAGCCUUUACACUUGGUUGCCAUUUCUGUCACCUUCCAAAUUAUGGAAGGCAACAAUAUGGCAGGGAGAGCCUCCUGUCUUCAUGGAGACUCCCUGUACCUGUUAGACCCCUGAUUGUUCAGAGUUCUGAAAUGACCUGGAAGCCUCCCAGGAUACAAAAAGUUUCCUGCUUCAGGCAGCCGCCUUCCAUGAAUGACUUGAUAAGCAGCGAACUGUAAUGAUGGGGUUGGUGGAGAUGGUACUUUCCAUCCUUGCUGUCUCCCACCCUCCCAUGUGUGUGAACGCUUUAAAGUAAUGUCUCAGUACUGCUGUGGAAAUACUGCUCAAGAGUUGAGAGCUUCAUUUAAAAUGCAUUAAGCAUUAUUAUUUUUAAAGAGAGGUUUCCGUGACUCAUGAUAACAUGCACUAGCGAAGGCGGAUGGCAUCGCUGAAGUAAACGAUUGUUCGCUAUUUUGCAUUUUUGGUUAUACUUUUUGAUGUUGUUGAGUCAUGUCUGUGAGAGAGAUGAUAAAAUAUUUUAAUCUCUGAACUAUCGUAGAUGGAAAAAGACUCACUUUGUCAACUUUCAGAUUAACCUCGAAGUAUGAAUGCUGGUGGAAGGAGCACUAGAAAAACUGUGCCUCUGUCUUGAGUUCCAUUCCUUGAUGGUCAAACAGUCCAUCUGAAACUUUGUUUUUCAAAGUUUCCAUGAGGCAGAUCAUGGCUCAACCAUUCUGUGUUUCUUUUUCCCCAAGAGGCAAAAGCGCAACCUGAAACCUUCAGGUGCCUCAUUUGAAUGUCUGCUAACUCAUCCCACACUCCAUCUUAAAACUUAACAAGAUGUAGAUAUGGAGAACUUGACAAACACCAACGGUUGUUCUCUCUUUCUCUCUCCCCUACCUGUUUUGUUUGUGUGUGUUUAAAUAAAACCAUCUAGCCUGAAGAAGAGUUCUGGGAAACUCAAAAGCUCACACACUUUUUCAUGACAUUUUGGUUGGCUUAAUAAUGGUAUUACUCUGAAAUGAACUUGUAGAAAUAUUCUUUUUAUUAUUCAUAUUUUUUUUAUUAUUAUUUUUAUCCUGCCCUUCCUCUUGAAUGGGACAAAGGGUGGCAAACAAUAAAAACAAUACAAUAACAUAAAUGGGGGACCACAACCAAGAAGGCCCUGUCAUGUGUCAGCCAUUCAGCAGCACCACUAACAGUGGGCUUCCUUCAGAAGGUGACAUUUUAGGAUGCUACUUGGGUUAUCAGGCCAUUUAUGGGUUUGUACUCUAGCACUAACACUCUUUAAUUGGGCCCUGAAGCUCACUGGUAGGCGGUGCAGCACUUUCAGGACCAAUGACACACAGCUCCAUUGAACUGUGCCAUGCAUCAGCCUGACAGCCUCAUUCUGCAUCUGGCUAAUUCAAGCUAAUUCAAGGGCAGCCCACAAAGAGAACAUUGCAGUAGCACAAACAGGAGGUCACUAGAAUUAUAGAGGCAACACUGUACCUUUACUCUUUUGUUUUUCAGGUCGUCAUAGGGGACAAGGUGGUAUUGAAUCCUGUUAAUGCUGGCCAGCCUCUGCAUGCCAGUAGUCACCAACUAGUAGACAAUCCUGGCUGUAAUGAGGUAAGUUAAAACAAAAUACCCAAGCGAAUAAAAAAUUGUUGGACUAUAAACUGGUUUGCAGAUUAACUGGAGUGGUUUUUUAAAGCUGCAAAUAAAGAGUAUAAAUGGGAUGUUUCAACACUUACAUUAAUAGUAAUACUACAUUAAUAGUAAUAUUGCUAUGACGCAUUUUUCAUCUGUAGCUCAGUUAGCUUUACUAAAGAUGUUAUUGAAGGACAGAGCCUUGAAUUGACCAAUAACAGCAAAAUUCCCAACUUGCUUAUGCAGAAGUAAGUUUGCUAAAUUCAAGAAACCUACCCAUGUCUUCUCAGAAGUAAGUUAUAGUGAUUUCAAUGGAACUUACUCCUAGGGAAGUUGGGUUAAGCUUACCUGGAGGCAAGCCCUAUUGAAUUCAACUUGGAUCUACUUCUGAUUAGAUAUGAGUAGGAUUGCACUGUAAGUCUUUUCGAAUUCUGAAAACUGAAAACUUCUGCAUAAGCAUGCUGUAAAUUUUGCUGAGCAGCUACAUUCAAGUUGUUCAGAAUCAUAGCCUCAGUAAGGUUGUUCAACUAAGCUUUGUUGUCUGUUUCUAUCCCUGUCUCCUAAACUGUAAAGAUUCCCUGUAGUUUUGGUGAAUGCUCCCACACUUAACUAUGCUGCAUGAUUGAAAUUAGCUUUGGGAGUGUUUGCGCUUUCACCAGAAAUUCCAUUCAUCAGACAUCUCUCAUUAGAUAAAAUGUAAAGAAAUAUACAAUAAUAAGAGUACAUUCAUCUGUAAAAAAAGAAUAUACAACGGGAUAGACAGGAAGUCCAAAGUGUUGGUACAUAUAUGAUUUUGGAAUAGUUUUUUGUCCUCGUUUCUUUUCUUUAGGUACAUAAGCUUUGUAUAUAAGCUUUGUAUACAUGCUGAAAAUUAUAAUAAGCCUUGUGAUGUAAUAUGAUAAUGUUUACUCAUGUAACAUAAGAAUGUUAAUAAAUAAAGAAAACUGGAAAAAAAAGACAGCUCUCACCAUGGUUAGCAAGCCCUCAAUGAGAGAAAUUCCUAGUUAGCAUCAGUCAUGGUUUCCAUUACCAUUCCAAAUGUUUCAUGCACACUGCCACUUCCCUUGCAAAAUUUAUAUCACCGAUGAAGCUUGUGUGUGUGUUGUUUUUUUAAAAAAAGGCAACAGCUGAACAAAAGUAUUUCAUAACAAUUCAUGUGUCUGCAUGUUUCUGUUUUAAUUGCUUAUGCCUGCUUUUGUUACAGGUGAACUCGGUGAACUGCAACACAAGUUGGAAAAUAGUCCUCUUUAUGAAAUGGAGUGAUAACAAAGACGAUAUCCUGAAAGGGGUAAGAUGAACAAUGCGCCUCCUUGCUAGGUUUUAAAUUUAAAAAGUAUUUGUUGAGCUUCCUACCCAUUUGCUUUCUCAUUGCCUUUGCAGGGAGAUGUGGUGCGGUUGUUUCAUGCAGAGCAGGAAAAAUUUCUGACUUGUGAUGAGCACCGAAAGAAGCAGCACGUCUUCCUGAGAACCACUGGGAGACAGUCAGCUACUUCUGCAACUAGCUCAAAAGCUCUGUGGGAAGUUGAGGUAAAGAUGGGAAUAGAGAUUUCUGAAUAGGUUUGUUAUGAGUAUUGCCUUUAUUUAAAACCUAGAUGGAAAGCUCCACAUACACCAAAGCUUGUUGCGCUUCCCAUCCUAUAUUUUUUUCCCUACCUGGAAACACUGUUUAGAUUUCAAAAACAGCAACAUGUUCUCAAGGACAGGUUAUUAACUGGAUUGGAUACCUGGCCACCUGGUGUUGUGCCUGGAAAGCUAGUGAACACUUUAGGAGAGCUUUACCCCUCACCCUUGUCUCACCUGAUUUCUGUUACACAUUUCAGGUUGGCUUGAUGUUCAAGCAGUAGGCUGGUGUUUAAACUUCCUUUCCACCUGCCAGAGUGGCAUUUCAGAGCAGCACCUUCAGACCAGGUUAGAGGGUGCUAAAAACAAGCCCUCUAAACUGUUGAGGCUAGGAGGAUGUUGUGUCUUGACCAAUUAUGUCAAAGAGAACAACAACUACCAGACUUUAGAAGACAUCUGAAGGCAGCCCUAUUUAGGGAAGCUUUUAAUGUUGGAUGCAUUACUGUGUUUUGAUAUUUUGUUGGGGGCCGCCCAGAGUGGCUGGGGAGGCCCAGCCAGAUGGGUGGGGUAUAAAUAAUAAAGUUAUUGUUAUUAUUAUUAUUAUUAUUAUUAUUAUUAUUAUUAUUAUUAUUACUAUUACUAUUAUUAGUAUUAUUAUUAAUCACAGCACCAUUUUGCCUGCACAACAUUUAUUGUGGCACCAAUAAAUGCACAGUAUACAUCUCCACAAACAAAUACAUCCUCAAAUAUGGAUGUUACAUUAUCUCUCAGCGAGGAGUCCAGGCACCAAAGACAACCCUUUCCUCCAGAACUCAGUCCAUUUCACCUGUGGUCAUAGAACCACUCCUUCCUGCUCUCACUCAAGGCAGCUAUCCACCAAACCAAGCCAUUCUUUUUACAUUCACUGGUGCCAAUGUUCUUUCAGCGUAGCAUUGCUACUCAUCAUAGGAAGAUGCACUAUCACAAACAUGUUGAGAUAACCAAGCACUUUUUACCUGAAACCUCUGGAAAUAUAUUUGGUCAUAGCUGUUUAGACAACUUUUUUCUUGUUGAUCGUCCCCCUUCUCUUCCUCCUAUCUAUUAGCUUUGGCCCAUUCUCUUGAUUACCCUCUUAAGGACAAAUGAGAGGUGGUUUCUGGAAGGGCAUCUCUUCUUAUUUCUUUACAGGUAGUACAACAUGACCCUUGUCGAGGUGGUGCGGGAUAUUGGAAUAGCCUUUUUCGGUUCAAACAUCUUGCCACUGGACACUACUUGGCUGCAGAGGUCAGUAUCCCGAGAACCUUUUCCUUAUGUGCUGCCUUCCUCCUUUGUUUUAUAGGUACUGUUACUCAGGAUAAGUACCGGGUAACUAAAUUGAGACUUGGAAAGAAUAUCUUAAUCUGAAGGGGUCGCAAGUUAGACAGCACCGACAUUUCUUUGAAUUAAGCUUGAAACAAACACUAAACUUUCUCCAUAAGUGACUUUCUUACUAUAGAGUUCUGUGGAUGUUCUUUAAUAAAUAAGUGCCCUGAAAACUGUGAUAUCUUGAACUGGUUGAUACAGUCACCUCAAAAAAGAUGUUGUAGAGUUAGAAAAGGGCAGCCAAAAUAAUCAAGGGGGUGGAGCUAUUCCGCUAUGAGGAAAAGUUGCUGCCUUUGGGACUUUUCAGUUUAGAGAAAAGACGAGUGAGAGGUACCAUAAUACAAGUUUAUAAAAUGAUGCAUUGCAUGGAGAAAGUGGAUACAGAAAAGUUUUUCUCCCUCUCACAUAACACUAAAACUUAUCCGAUGUAGCUGAAUGUUGGAAGACUCAGGACAGAUAAAAGGAAGUUCUUCUCAUAGCACAUAGUUAGUCAACGGAACGCUAUCCGACGGAAGGCAGCCAUGGGCCACCAACUUGGAUGGCUUUAAAAGAGGAUUAGACAAAUUCAUGGAGCCGCAAAGCUAGCGACAGUCACAAUGGCUGCGUUCUACCUCCACUGUCAGAGGCAAUAUGCCUUUGAAUACCACUUGCUGGGAAUCACAAGUGGACAGAGAUCUGUUGUAUUCUUGUCCAGCUUGCAGGUUUCUCACGUGCAUCUGGUUUGCCACUGUUAGAGCAGGAUCCUGGACUUAGAUGGGUCAUUGGUCUGACCCAGCAAGCUCUUCCUAUGUCCUGCACAAAUUUGCUCAUAUUAAAGAGCUGAGCCAGCACACUACAUUGAUGGGUUUUUCUUUUUUCUUUUGCUUUAGCCUUGCAGUUGCUUAGCUUGCUUUUGUGAGUGGCUGGCCAUAGCACGGCUAUGAAUUUUAUGAAUUUAUUUAAGCUCCAGAAUAAAAGUCAUUGUGUACUGUGUUAUAGAUUUUGGGUGGGGGGAAAGCUAGUUGUUGUUUUGACCUGCUUGUGAUUCUCUUCCAUCAGGUAAAUCCUGACUAUGUGGAAGAUUACCAGGAAUGUCAGUCCUCAGUAAGUAUAGGCAAGAGUAUCCUCUUGCCUCUAAUCAAGGGGUGCUGACCAGUGCUCAAAUUAUUGGGGGAGUGGAAGUUAAGGGGGUCCUUAACGAAAUCCACAAACUCAACCCCUGCCUACCCCCCCAAAUUUUAGCUAAAUUAUGCCCCUGAUAUGCUUCUAGAGUUUCUAAAGUAAGUCUGUAAGGGGGCAGCACAAAAAAUAAGGGGGCUAAGCCCCGCCUGCCCCCUGUAAUUUGAGCACUGGUGUUGACACAGGCCCUGGUAUGAUUGGCAAGCAUGUAGACAAAUCAAAGCUUACUGUGCAAUCCUAACCAUGUCUACUCAGAAGUAAGUCCAAUUGAAUUCAGUGGGGCUUCCUCACUAAGCAGGGUUAGUAUUGCAGCUUUUUGUUAACCUCUUAAUUGAUAAAGUAUUUAAUAUGGCGUUUUCCACUGCUGCCUCCAGUGAUAGGGGGCUGUGGUAAUCUUUAGUUACCUAGCUAAGGUAAGAUACCUAGCUAAACAAAUCUGCUAUCCUUCUGCCUGCUGUAAUCUCACCUUUAUUUAUCCAAGCAUGUUAUAAAGACCUUCUUACACCUUGGUUAGAACAGUGUUUCUCUACCUUAGAAACAGGGAAACUAUAUCCCCUCCAUUGAAAUUGUAGUCAUUCUCCACUCUUGCUUGUAAUAAACGAUGUGUCUGUUGAUAAGUUUCCAGAACAGUGAGCAAGCAUUUUCUGUGCUGCAUGACCAGAAAAAACAAGGAGCUGAAUGUUCCCCACUCCUGACUUAGUCUUUCGGAAGUAUGGUAUAUGCAGAUGCUGAUUGUCCUCCAGGCUGUAGGAGGUUGAAGGUCAUGUCUCCAAUGUAUGGAUAAUAGUGGGAUGUGUGUGUCAGCAUUUGAAUAUGCCAAGCUAGCUGUUGCAGUUCGGAAUGUUUAUGUGGUGCAGGGAGCACAUUGUGUGCGAAUAGUGGAGGUGAAACUGCAGAUCUUUGUCCGUGAAUUGAGCGCCAGCAUUUUCACAGGGUUCUAAGCACUUGGAAGUGAGAUGCUGUAAUUAAAGGACCUCAGGAAGUGUGUGUGUGUGUGUGUGUGUGUGUGUGUGUGUGUAGAAAGAGAGACAGAGAAAGUAUAUGUAUAGAUGCAGGAAAUUGUAUCCCAUCUCCUGAUUGAGGAUAUUGUGUAGGACAGUGGGAGUGUCAGUAACCAGAAGGACAUGAUUUCAGUGCUAAAUUAAGGAGACUUGUUCAGCUCUUUCAGAAACUAUUAAAAGGUUUCUAAUGGUGGUUUGUGCACAGCAAAUCACAGAGGUGGGUAUUCUGUGCUGUUCAUUUGGUGCUGCUCGUUUACUGGCUGCAGGAAUACAUCAACAGAAUGGGGGAUGGAGGUGGUUUUAAGAGAUACCUCUCUGCAGCCCCCUCCCCCCACAUUUAGGACCUUCCAUAGCAGAUUUAGAGGGUUAGGGAGCCUUUAGGAGGCAGCACCGAAGAUUAGCUCCCUCCCCUGUACUAAUGACAGUUUCCUUCCUGGCAAACAGCAUUGGAUUACCACCCCAGGGCCCAGACAAGACUCUCUCCUAUUUAGAGUUGUGAACUCUUGGGGAGGGCAGGGGAAUUUGGAAAAGCCCUUCAGAACACUUACCAAAAAAUUGUAACUGUUAAGAAAAAAAGACUGAGGAAGUUCAAUAACAUGUUAGUUUCAUUACAAGGUUGCUGAUUUUGGAUAAUUUUUUAAAAAGAAAUUUUGGGGUUUUCCCCUUUCUGUUUCUACAUGCUAAUGCUGUGAGAGAUGCUUGUUUCUCAUAGCUAUUUCCAGCAUUUUAUCAUGCUUUGCUUUCUGUAAUAACACAGAACUUGGGGGACAGGAGGAGAAGUGGGGAUGGGAAUGCAACUAUAAGCAGAAAUUGUAAGUUGUUUUUGAACUGUUUUAAACACUCUGCUUUAAUUGCUGUAACCUGCCCGGGGACUUUGCAUGAAGGGUGGGUAAGUCAUCACUGCAAUCAUCAUUAAUAUGUCAAACCCAAAUUCUAUUUACAACUUAAGGUCUUGGAAUGCAUGAUAUAGGCUGCCACACAAAAUAAUGCUGUUCAUAUAUUUUUUAUAUGGUUAUGAAGAAGGGUCCUGCAGAGUGUUCAGAAUACACACAUGAAGCGCCCUAGCCCUGAACCUAAAUAUUAGUGAAGGGGGGAGGAAUUAAAGUAGUUCCCUCUUUCCUUUGCUUCCACCCAAAACCCCUUUCCCCACUUUAUAGCUGUGUUAAACAGGGUAAAGGUAAAGGGACCCCUGACCAUUAGGUCCAGUCGCGGACGACUCUGGGGUUGCGGCACUCAUCUCACUUUAUUGGCCGAGGGAGCCGGCGUACAGCUUCUGGGUCAUGUGAACCAGAGCAGCGCACGGAAAUGCCGUUUACCUUCCCGCCGGAGCGGUACCUAUUUAUCUACUUGCACUUUGACGUGUUUCGAACUGCUAGGUUGGCAGGAGUUAAACAGGGUAGAUUCAGUCAAUUCACCAAAGUGGUGCUGAUCCAACUUACAUCCAUCUAAAUAUAGAACCCAGCUGCUUUUUCCUUGCAGCCAGCAUCCCCUCCGUCAUCAACAUGUCUAAUUUCCAACAUUCCCCUGUCGGCUUACAAUCUGACAACGCUAACUGAAGUUGAAAUCAAUCUGUAAAGCAGACAAUGAAGGAACUGCUGAGAAAAGUGCUAACAAGUGAAGCAAGUCUAUUUCAACCCCUCUGCUGAGAGUCAAUCUGCCUUCAGCCAUUCCAUUCAGGCUGCAUCCCAGCUGGUUGUUAUAAGAAAUGUAACUAAAAAUAACCAGCUUUCUUAACUUACCCUUUUCUUCCUCCCUCCAUAUCACAUUUUCCUUGUGUGUGUUUUAUUUUAGAUUGUAAGCCUGAAAGCAGGGAGCUUUUUUUAUUACUUUUGUAAGCCAAUCUGGGAGCCCUUUUGGUUAGAGUGGGAGAAAUGCUUCAAAUAAGAAAGCAGAAACAGUGGAAGCUGGAAGAGGACUAAAGUAUUUAGGUUCAGGAGAAGGAGGCUGUUGCAGCAUGGUCCUUUUAAUGAGAAGAACUAGCUUAUUGAGGUUCAGCGAUUGCUGCCUUAUAUGUUCAGAGCCAAUGGCUGCCAGUUUCCUCAUUUUCUUUUUUAGCUUCAACACAUUUUGCUUGCACUACAUUAUGUAGGAAAUGCUAAGUUUUUGUGGGGUCACUUUUGUGGUUGACAGAUACUGUCAGAGUCUCCUUGGGAGGGAAAGAAUAAUUUAACAGGCCUGGUAUUUUGCUUUAUCAGUUUAUUACCAGGGUUUGCUUUAAAUCAAGUAAAAUAGCACAAAUCCCAGGAAUGCCUAAUUUAACUUAUUUCUCGACUGUAGUUCUUUGAUAUCCCUUCUGUGUAAUCAGGGAUUAUAUCUGGGGGCUUGUGCACUCUGAGCAUGAUUUCCCACUGUCCAAGGGUGAGGGGACUUUGCUAGAUGGGUGCUGAGCCACUAGGGUGCACAACAAGGUUGUCCACAGCAUUUACAUAACGCUAUUGACUUUGGGGAUAGGAUGAGUUGUCUUGCCAGUAACUGUGUCACAAGGAAGAACCAGUAGGUCCCCAUGAUUGUGGCACAGGCCCACGUGGCACUGCUGUUGUCUUGGCAUAAGGGCUGCGUCGUUAUCUUCUCCUCCUCUGUUACAUAUUACUCUAAUACAGAAAAAGCAACAUUCCAAAAGCCUUAAGGGGAAACUCUGUGCAAACCAAUAAACAACUACGUUUCUUACACACACAGAGGGUGGAGGUCUUACAUGCACAAUUUCUUGCUUUUAACCACCAGAUGGCGAGAUUAGACCGUAAGCAAGAUAAACACAGUGUGAGGCAAAUUGAUUUUCCCCCCUGUACAACAAUGUAAUGGUGUGUGUAAGAGAAAAGACGAGAUGGUGGGGAGAUGGUCGCUGGAUACAUAAGCAUAUAGUAAAAUAAGACAUCAAGGGCUCAGUCUCUUGCGCAGAAGGCACAAUUUUGUCUUUUGGAACGUAACCCGAAAGGUUGAAAUUUCCCACUUCCCUGAAGCUCCACUUCAACCAAAUCAGGCUCCUUUAAGUUCUCUUCUUUUUGAACUAGAAAUAUCUGGCAGUGUACUCAGCAAGACAUCGGGCCAAAAUCUAUACAGGUGAUCUAUGCUGCCCCUUCUAGAUCUACAUUUUACUGCUCCGUCCAUACACUGCAAGGGCAGUUUGUGGUGCCUCAACUAAAUUACCUCCCCUCACUACAAACUCCACUUUUUGUAAGGGCCAGCUUUACCUUUCUUCAUCUGAUUUGUUCGGUGGUUUGAAUUUUGCUUUUCCUUUGCCUCCUUUCACUUACAGCGCUGCGGAGUGCUUCUUCGCUAUGGUUUUCUUGGACAAAAUUGUAGUUCAUUGUGAGGUGCUUUUGUAGAAGGGAUUGUUCACAUUUUCUGUGGAGGAGUUGCAAGGGAUUCAAGUUUGCCUCUAGGAAGAUGCGUGGACGAGCCGCUUGCAGUUACUUAUUUUAUGUGCAUGCACCCAUAGAAACUGUUACUUCCGCCAAGUAAAAAUCAUAUGCCUUUUUGUAUUUAGGGUUGCUUUCUUGUAAUUCAGCUUUCUAACAAUAUUUAUUAUUAAUUAAUUAAUUAAUUAAAUUUACAUAUCACCUUAUAGCCACAGGUGGUCCAGCACCUUCAUAUUUAUUAUAAAAAUUGAAGAAAAGAUAAUUCAUUCCCCCCCCCCCUUGUAUCCUUGGCCUUUCCAAGAACCUUCAGUUUUUUUAAUUCAUAAGAUUUAUUUUUAGUGGGAGGCAAUUUCCACUAUUUCCCCCCUUCUCUUUUCAGCCCUCUACACCACCUUUCAUGCUCCUCCAGAGGGUCUCUCAACCCUCCAAGUAGAUUUGUGUAGGCCUCUCCUUACACAAGCGGAAUUCAGGGGUUAAGAGGAUAUCAACUUGCCCUUAAAACAAUGAGAACAAAUAUGAAUUAAUUGCUGGUUGCCAAAACUUGGCAGCUGUCAUUUUGGUUGCCUAACUUGGGUAGAAUUGUCCUUUCUAGGAGACUGAGGAGCUCUGGAAAAACCUAGGCUAUGUCUUGGCUUCUCAGUGACUUUGACACAACCCAGCUUGAUGGUUUACUGUUGCUUCUAAGUCUUCUGCCCAAUUCUAGUUAACCCUAUUAGAUUGUGAUGUGCCAUUGAGUUCUUGCGCCUGUAUCUAUAUUUGAAAUGCUUCAGUUAUAACCAUGAGGUGCUCUGCCUUCCAGCCUGGGCAGGCAGCUUUGCAAUGUUGAUUUGAUUUACACUUUCUUCCACAGCUGGAUCCUGACCAGGAUGCAGCCAGAAGGGGCUUGCAUAAUACUCCAGAGAAGAUGGCAUACUCUUUAGUCUCUGUGCCUGAAGGAAAUGAUAUCUCUUCCAUCUUUGAGCUUGACCCCACUACUUUACGAGGGGGAGACAGCCUUGUCCCAAGGUACGAUGUUACAAAUGAUGAAGGGGUCUGCAGCUGUUGUGAGACCACUUUAAAAUGCCAGACCAUUUGCUAGGCAGUCUUAGAUAGCUGCGGCAGACAAUUACAAAAGGCAGCACUUUUGCAGAAACGAAUUGUGACUUAUUUUCCAGUGCUUCCUUGAUGUGUUUAUGGCCAGGAAACAGCACUCUCCCAAAAUCUGUGCCAGUGAGUUGGGCCCCCCCCCCUCUGGAAUAGCUGAGGGCUGCAGGAUGAAGCAUUGCAGCUGCCAGCACAACGCUGGAUCUCACCUUAAAAAAAACUGUCAUGUUACACCUCUACAACUAGCAUCCCAUUUGUACCUGGGAAAGAUCAUUUGAAAUAGUGAAUCAGGCUUCAUAGAAGUCAUUACAUACUGAAUACCUGGCAAUUUAAGACUUGGCUGCAUGUCAUGUUCUAGUUGAAAUAAAACCUUGCAAGUAAAAAAUUAAAAGGAGAUUGAAAAGGUGUUGGUUUUUAUUUGAAAAGUAUUGGCUUACUGAGGAGCAUAAUAAUAUAAAUAAUACCUGGUUCUUUUUAGGAACUCCUAUGUCAGACUUAGACAUUUGUGUACAAAUACCUGGGUUCACAGCACAAAUAUCCCCAUUGAUAAAGAAGAAGAAAAACCUGUGAUGCUUAAAGUAAGUCAUGCAAUGGAAUCUCAUCUGUAUCUCAUCUCUUCUGCUACCAGUAAAGCUAUUUCAGAAAAGACACUGAUGAACACAAUUCUUAUUUAGGACAUGAUUCACACAGCAUUGCUUGGGCACAACGCCAGUCCAUUAUUAAAAUGGAAUAGUAGAAGAACAUAAAUGAACACUUUGCAUCUUAAAUUGAAAGAAAUAAGUAUCUCUUGGAAGACCUUGCAAAGGUUUUUGUGUAUUAGGUAUGAUACUCAUGCUGAGUGCUUGUCCAUUUGUCUAACCACAAGUCCCUCUACUGUCUCAACACUUAAACCCUUAUAGUAGCUAGUCUCUCAUCUAAUUAUUUAUUUCAAGCAUUGGUGUACUGCUUUUCAUCAGAAAAGAUAAGAAAGUUGUUAACAAAUCAUCUUCCUCGUCCCCGCUGCUUUUUUCUGGUUUAGCACUAGAGGGAAAACAGAAGUCAGAUCAUAGCCCAUAAAAAAUAAAAUAAAAUCCAAUGGAUAAUAGUAGAAUAUUCACUAAAAAAAACGGAAGAAUCUGAAGCAAUGAGUUUGGCUUGAACUAUGAUAAUUAAAGACAAUGGAUUGCCUAUUGUGGUAAUGGAACUAUUCCUACCACAAUUUCACAAUGAUGUUUGGAGAACCUGAGCAUUGUUUCCCUAGGGUCUUCAUUACAAAAGUGUUUUCUCUGUGAGAUUGUGACUAAAAUUGCCUUGUUUUUAAAGAUUGGCACCUCUCCAGUAAAAGAAGACAAAGAAGCUUUUGCUAUAGUACCAGUUUCUCCUGCAGAAGUCCGAGACUUGGAUUUUGCAAAUGACGCAAGCAAAGUAUUGGGUUCCAUUGCUGGCAAGUUGGAAAAGGGGACAAUAACCCAGAAUGAACGGAGGUAAGGAAAAAUAAUAAUGCGAGCUUCUUAAUGGAAAAAAGAUGUUCUCCAACAUAAGACGAAGGUUGAAAGACAGAGAAGGCAGCUUUGUUUACUUCAUUCAUUAAUUUAAUAUUUAAGUUACUUAUAUACUGCUUUUCAGGUGGAUGUCACAGAGUGGUACAGAAAAGGACCAUUUGCAACAAUAAGCAUCAAGUUAUUUUUAGUUUUUAAAACAUGCUAGGGAUUGUUAGAAAAGGAGACAAUAAUAAAACUGUUACAUAUUGUAAUGAUCUUGCAUGUGUUUCUUGUACCAAUUUCUUUGAUACCUAUGAAUUUAACAACCCCUCUCCUUCAAGAAUUACUCAAAAUAUAACUUUGAACUUUUAAAUGUAAUACAUUUUUGGGGUGGCUCUGAAUACAGGGCUCUGUUUUUAAUAUGAGCAUCUUUUCUUCAUUGUAACUCAGUGGCUUGUAUUUAUUUUAAGAGGGUGAUAUGUUCACUAUCCAUAUUUUGGAUUAACAGCUAGGAUUUUCUUUAAAAACAAACAAACUGUAGGUCUGUUACCAAGUUGCUGGAAGAUUUGGUAUAUUUUGUUACCGGUGGAACAAAUUCUGGACAAGAUGUGCUUGAAGUCAUGUUCUCAAAGCCAAACAGAGAACGACAAAAGCUAAUGAGAGAGCAAAAUAUUUUGAAACAGGUACAGUAAAUUGUGUUUAAUAAGGUUGUUUCUGAUUACAUAGAUGUCACAAAUAAAUAGGUGAUGGUCUGGACUUCUUGGGAUAAGGGGCUUGUAAAUAGAGAUGCCAAAACAUAAAUCCCUGGCCAGAAUCCCAGAUUUCAGUUGAGAAGUAUUUGUGAAAUUGGACCCUGAAUAAAUGGGCGACAAUAUCAAAUGUUGUUCAAUGUAAGUUGUGAAUAGUGGGGCAAAAUAUUUGAAGUUCACAUAUACAGUGAUGGGUGUAUGCUAACUGGGGGAGAGAAGUUGAAGUCAUAGUGAAUAUCUCUAUGAAAAAGUGUCAACCCAGUGCAUGACAGUAAUGCCAGUGAUUGUUCUCGUUGACUUCCUUGUUAUGGUAUGAGCAAAACAAACUAUGAUACUUGAUUUGGGCAUAACACUCAGCCAAGGAGUGUGGCUUAUUGCUCCCGCGCAUGUUAGGAGAGGAAUGAAGUAAAUCAGUCUGCUCAUUCUUGGUAAACCUUUAACCAUGGUCUACAGUAACAUGUGAACCAGCCCUUAUAUAACUGAUUAUAAGGGGAAGUUUGCUUGUCUGGUGUCGUCUGCCAUGCUCAGAAGCCUAUUUUUUAAAAUGCUAAUUUGCAUAUGGAUGGGGUUUAGCAGCUUGGCAAUAUAGGCUUCUCCGUCAUGUGAUUAGUUGCUGUAGGCAAGGAUCCUGGCAUGUAGACACGGCCUCUGGUGAAAUGGAAGUGGCUGUCAGUAGAUAGGAUCACUUCAAUCUCAUAGUAAACCUAAGGCAAGGCUCUGUGUCGAUGAUAUUCAUGGUUCUAGUGCUGCAAUGUUAAUGCUGAUUCAUUUCUUCUUCCUUUCUAAAAUAAUUUGCCAGAUAUUCAAGCUAUUACAAGCACCAUUUACUGACUGUGGAGAUGGACCAAUGCUGAGACUAGAAGAACUUGGAGACCAACGCCACGCUCCUUUCAGACACAUAUGUCGGCUCUGUUACAGAGUUUUGAGACACUCCCAACAAGACUACAGGAAGAACCAGGUUAGCAAGGAGUUUGAGACAGUCUGGUGUGUUUCUAAAAUGUAACCAUAAAGGACAACUGAACUGCUUGGUAUAAAGGCUUUUGAAUCAUUUACAUUCUCUAGCCUCCCCACCACCACCCAAUAAUGAUCAAUAAGAAUAAUUGUUUGCUGUUAAACACAAACCGGAAAAAAAUAUGACUUACGCAAAGAACAAUUGGGCUGAUUGCAAACUGGAACUGCAAAUCCAAGUUAGACCGGGCAGUUUAUAUGACAAAAGGAUCAUGCACACCCUGCUUUCAGUAGUCUUUUCUUAAAAACAAAAAAUCACAUCAAGAAAUCAACAUAAAUGGAUAAUUUCACAUUUCCUUUCACUCUAAUGGUUUUUAAGUGAUGUAAGCAUCUAGUCUCUCUCUCUCUCUCUCUCUCUCUCUCUCCACCCCACCCACUUUCUCUUUGCAAGGAAUAUAUAGCCAAGCAGUUUGGCUUUAUGCAGAAGCAAAUUGGGUAUGACGUCUUGGCAGAAGACACCAUAACAGCACUGCUCCAUAAUAACCGCAAGCUGUUGGAGAAGCACAUUACUGCUGCUGAGAUUGAUACCUUUGUUAGCCUUGUAAGGAAAAACAGAGAGCCGAGGUAAGAGAAGACUCUUCCUUCUACUGCUUAGACAAAAUAAACGGUGCAUUAACACUCCUGUAGGUUUUCUGUAACUACCUGAACAAUUUGUCAGUAGUCUGUUUUCAUGCCUGCCUGGGUCUUUCUGCUCAGAGAAAUUGACGUGCCAACAACGCUCGUGAGCUUUCCACACAAUGUCAUGAGUUGUAAUGAUGCACAAGGGGCGCAACAUAAGUUAUCGAAGGGAUUAUUGUUACAGGUAGGAUGGGGUCAUUAUCAGUGCCUGUGCCCUGUGCUGUUGUCAGCAGACACCCAGUGAAUACUUUUGGGGGCACCUACUUCUGUCAUGUGUUAUAAUGUCUGGAUGUGGCCUAAUGGGGUGAAAUCUACUGCUGAUUCAAAAAUGAAUAAACCCUGGUUUCGUGGAGUCAUGAUGAAACCUAGCCUUAUGAAGAACAGUUGAGGAAGUUGGGUAUGCUUAGCCUGUGAAAGAGGAGACUGAGAGGAGCUGUGAUAGCCAUCUUUAAAUAUCUAAAGGGCUGUCACAUGAAAGAUGAAGCAAGCUUGUUCUCUCCUGCUCUGGAGGGUAGGACCGGUGGUUGGUUUGCUUUUUUGAGGGGGGAUACUCAAGGAUAUGUAGUCACAGCACCUUUGUUUUUCUUCAAAUGUUAAAAGUGUGGCAUUUGCUGCAACAACUUAAUGGCUCUUUCUAAAAAAAGAGCACUGGGUAGGCCCAAACCAAUGGAUUCAAGGGAGAUUCCAACUCAAUACCACAAAUAACUUUCUGACAGUAUGAGCUGUUUGACAGUGGAAUGCUCUCACUCAGGAGAUGGUGGACUCUCCUUCCUUGGAUGUUUUUAAGCAGAGGUUGGAUGGCCAUCUGUCAUAGCUGCUUUAGUUGAGAUCCCUACGCUGCAGGGGGUUGGACUAGAUGACCCCCGGGGUGUCUUCCAAUUUUACAAUUCUUUGAUUUUAUGAUUUUUUAAAAUAUUUUUUUGUAGAAAAGGGGAUUUUAAAAAUGAGAUGUCUGAUGACAAGAAAUGAUUUGGUAGGUUAGGUGCAUUCGGUAAGUUAUUUGUUGCAUACCCUAGGCUUUAAUCUUUUGAGGGCCUGGGGGGGGUAUAUUUUAUCACCUUCUUUAAUACAGCUCUUUAGCAUCUGAAACAUUGUACAAAGUUUAAUGGGCUUUGCCUUUCCCUCCCCAUUAGGUUCUUGGAUUACCUUUCAGAUCUUUGUGUGUCCAUGAACAAAUCUAUUCCGGUGACCCAGGAGCUGAUUUGUAAAGCUGUGUUAAACCCGGCAAAUGCAGACAUACUCAUUGAAACCAAGUAAGCUGAGAUGUUUUUCAAGAACUUUCUUUUAGAAAUAAGAAGAUUGCAGCAUUCUGAGCCUGACAAUAAUGACACAUAAAUUUUUUCCCCUCCAGUUUGGGGAAAAUACAGAUAAUACGUAGAUUAUUAUUUUUGAUGGAACAAUGGAUUCUUCAACAAGCUUUUAAUCCUAGAAGUAGGUGUGUCAUGAAGUAGAUUUAAAAUUAACAAAAGCCUUUACCCUAUGCCAAGGUGUGCUGUUGCCAUUGUAUGUAGUGUUGGCUGGUAGAAAAUGACUUUCUGAUAACAAAUAGAAUAAACUUGUGUGGAUUCAUUAAGAUAUUUAAUAUAAAUAAUUGCUUUUCACUCUUGCUCAAUUCUUAGACUGGUCCUGUCUCGGUUUGAAUUUGAAGAGCUGUCGUCUGGAGAGAAUUCAUUGGAGGUUGGUGAGGAUGAGGAAGAAGUCUGGUUAUUCUGGAGAGACAGCAACAAAGAGGUCCGCAGUAAGAGUAUCAGAGAGCUGGCUCAGGAUGCUAAAGAAGGGCAGAAGGAAGACCGGGAUGUGCUCAGCUACUACAGGUUAACACCGCAAGCGAUAUUUGGCUAUGGCAGUGUAACCUGAAGUGUAUAGACAACUGACUCUAGCUAUUUGUAAUGUUAACCAGCUUCUAGAAGACUUCAAGGUUAAUUGAUAUAAUUGGUUAAAGAGAUAGCUCUCAAAUGAUGCUUUCCGUAACAACAGUUUCAUACAGCUGUGAUAUUGGUUCUUUACAAUCAAGCGGCAUUUUUCACUGAUCAUUGGCAAAAUUGGUUGUUCAAAUCUACUUUUGUAUUAUAAACUCCUUAAAAUUGUUCGGAGGCUUCAUGUUUGUUUGGUGGAUCUUGUCCAAAUUUCUAAAAUACAUACAUAAAAUACAUUGGGUUUUUUAAAGGUUCAUCAGCAGUUCCAUCUGGGAUAUUUUUCAAAUUGGAUUUAAAGAAAUGAUUAAAGUAACGUUUAAUUAUAUGCGGAUAUAUAUAUAUAUAUAUAUAUAUAUAUGUAUGUGGUGGGUCCAGAAGUGAGAAAUUUAGUCUCCCAAGGACUGCUAAUGUACUUCUGUUCCUGAAGAAGUGUUAUUUCUGCUGCUCCAUCAGAAAUAUGCAUUGCAUUGUUCCCUCUGAGGUAUCUUCUAAUUUUCAGUCCCAGGCAAGCAAAAUGAUACUCUUCUCCUUCUCUCCUAACUCCCAAAGGUACCAGCUGAAUCUUUUUGCUAGGAUGUGCCUUGAUCGGCAGUACUUGGCUAUAAAUGAAAUAUCUGGCCAGCUAGAUGUAGAUCUCAUCCUUCGCUGCAUGUCCGACGAAAAUUUGCCUUAUGACUUGAGAGCGUCGUUCUGCCGGCUGAUGCUGCAUAUGCACGUUGACCGCGAUCCCCAAGAACAAGUGACACCAGUAAAAUAUGCCCGGUUGUGGUCAGAGAUACCUUCUGAAAUUGCAAUCGAUGAGUGAGUAUUUUGUGAUCAAAUGGUUCUCUAAAAUGAGGGCCAUCAAAUACCUAGAUGCUUUUUCGCUCUUUUGCACAAUGCCUUGUAGCAGUCCUACUGUGAGACCGUAUUCAGGAAUGUCAGGAGUGACUGCUUGGUGGCUGGCUUUUGGAAAGCAGGAAUGCUUGCUCCAGGAGCCACAUUUUUUAAAAAAAUUUAUGCUAAAAAUGUUACAGAAUGGAGCUAGAUGGACCAGUGGUCUGAAUCGGCAUAAGAGUUUUCUGUGUACUUUCUGACUGACUCAAGAAAAGGAAAAGAACCAUACAUUUCCUAUGGCAUUCACCCAUUUGAAGUUUUUUGUUUCAUUUCUUCAGCUAUGAUAGCAGUGGAACUUCCAAAGAUGAAAUCAAGGAGCGGUUUGCACAAACCAUGGACUUCGUUGAGGAAUAUUUAAGAGAUGUUGUCUGUCAGAGAUUUCCUUUCUCCGACAAAGAAAAAAAUAAACUCACCUUUGAGGUAAAUAUCUUUUUUUAAAAAAAGAAAGCUGAGUUGCAAGACCUCUGAAUACAGUAGAUGCUAACUCACCCUGGAGCUAAAUUGCCCACAUAGUUGGACUAAUAGUAUCAACAGAUGAAACUUCUUUAUACUAAGACGGGCAAAGCACAACAAUAACAAGUGAAAUUAUACAAAAAAGACCAAAAAGAAUAGCAAGUCAUUAAAAAGCAGAAAAGCCCACAGAAACAAUUGAAGGAGAUCUGUUACGAAAUACUGAGAAAAGCUCUCCGAAAAAGCACUGCCUUAGGUUGCUGUCCAAAAAUCAAUGGUAAAAAAAUGUAAAAAAUAUGAACUGGCAGAUUUAAAUCCAGAAUAUUCAGUUUCCAUAUAUAAUACAUCUGUAUAUGCAGUAAAACACAGUAGAAUGCUUAGUAAAAUACAGAAAAUUAUGUUUAUUAUGACAAGGUAUAGUGAAGUGGUACAGUAUUGUGUGUUAUGAUUAUAUAUUCUGAAAAAUAAAGGAUAGCUGCAUCCUGUUCCUCCAAGCAGCUGAGGGUGGUAUUCAGGGUGUUACCAACUUUUAAUGCUCCCAGUGGCCCAGUCAAUUGAGAUAGGCUUAGAAUUAGUAACUAGCCUGAGAUAUUCCACUGAGCUUCAUCUCCACGGUUGAAGUCUACCAGUGUACCACACUGGCUCUGUGCAGAUCCUUUGAAUAGUGGGUGCCAGAAAGUCAAUAUUCAGGUGCUUUGGUACAUAUCAUAGAAAUUGUAACAAACCACUUUUUGUUUCUUUUUAAAACAAUAGGUGGUAAACUUGGCCCGAAACCUGAUCUAUUUUGGCUUCUACAAUUUCUGUGACCUGCUCAGGCUAACAAAAAUCCUCCUGGCUAUUUUGGACUGUGUCCAUGUUGCUACGAUCUUUCCUAUCACAAAGGUUGCGAAAGGAGAAGAGAGUAAAGGUAUGAAUGGCCAUGGGGCAUAGAGGAAGAAAAACGUGCUAUUGAAGAAUGAUUGGUCAGUGCCAUUCGUUUUUGUCACCCUGUGUCAAGGAGUGGGGGAAGCAGGCUUGUAAAUUGUAAAAGAUAGGCUGUCUAGCACUCCUGAGAAAGCUGACUCCUAUCGUGGAGACCUCAUCAUGAAAGUCAGGUGUGGGGAACACCUAAUUUUCCUUCCGUAUUUGACAAGGUUCCUCUGGUUAAUGAUGGUGGUAGUUUGUUGCUCCAGGUUGCAGACAAUACCCACAGGAGUUUGAGUUUCACAUGGCUGCUGCAUUUUUCACAUGGCUUCUCCUUUGCUCUCAGGCUGUGCCAGCCGAAGAAACAGUCAAUGCUAGGCCUGGGCGAUAUAUCAAUAUAUGAGGAGCAGACCCCAAUGUCAGCUAUAUCACUGGUGAAACCGCCACCGCUCCUGAGUCCCUCUACUAGCGACUUCCUCCAGCGAGCAUUGCUAGCAGAUGGGCUUAGGAGCGGUGGCGGUUUCAGUAGUGAUAUAUCAUCAUAUAUCAUACUGCGCAGGGGAGAAAAAAGCUGCAUCCACGAGGCGCCGAUACAGCUUGUUCCUCUCUCUGCAUCUUUAAAGUGCUUGGCUGAGAAGUGUGUGGCUGCCGCUCCCUUCAGCUGAGCAGUUAAAUGAUACCCCAGCCCGGCGCUGGCUUCCAUGCAAAUGGGGAGAGCACCGGGAAUGACUCUGCCAGAGAUGGGGAGCCCUCCCCAUCCCCAGCAGAGCUGCACAAGGAAUACCUGGUACUUUUCCCACUUGUCCGUGAGCAGGGAGCACCAGGGAUGCUGCUUUGUCCCAGCCCGCUAGGGCCAGGCGCUGGGGUGAAACUGCCUCAGCACCCGUGGUGAGUGCUGUGGCAAUUGCACCCAGCACCUCACAGGCUGAGGCCAAUGUGGCUUGUUUUUUCAACAUUGCAGGACAUUGCCAGACCGUGAUGUUUGGCUGGUGAUAUUGAAAAACCACUAUCACCCAGCCUUGUCAAUGCACAUUAUUAACAUGUGCAUGUGCUCAUGAGCUUGCAACUGCAUGAUUGAACGUGAACUGAGCAUAUGAGCUGGUGGCACAGAAUACAUGCCAUCUCAUUUAUACAUGUUGUGCAACCUUCAGCAUCUCACUUAUACCUGGCUUGCAUCUGUUCCCAUAUGUUAUCAGUGGGAUGCAUCCAACACUAUCUGUACACAAACGGAAUGGGCUUCCACUCAUGCAACAUAUUUAUACCUUGCUCUUCCCCAUCCAUGUAAUCUCAAAAUCUGCUCCGAAGGAACCUCUGGAACAGAUUUUCGAAGUGCAUAGUAUGGGACAGGAGAGGCAGGUAAAGAUCCAUUUCUUCUGCCAUUGUUUCCCAUGGUCAGGGGAGAGGAAGAAUAAAGUAUAAGGAUGCAAAUUUUGGGGGCAACUCCCAUGUGGAUUUCCCCUCAAUAUGAUAUAGUGGUAGGGUUUGUUUCUUUAUUUAAAGGCUUUCAGUGCACCUUACAAAAAUCACUAGUAAGGCAGUCCCUGCCCUUAGGCUUACAGUGUAAAAGAUAUGUCACACAAGGAGAAAGAGUUGGAGGGGGAAGAGGAGAAAAAAACAGGUCCCAAUUCUUAAAUGUAACUGCUGUUAAUAACUACAACCUGGAAUAGAAAUUGCUUCGUACAACACAGUAUCCAUUAAAUGUUCCUGCUACUUUCUGUAAGUGUGGAGGGUGUUGCCUAUUUCACAGCAUGUAGAAUUUUUAUAACAAUGUUGUAUCCUUAAUUAUAUUAUAUCGGGAUUUGUUUGUUUUAUUUUUCUCUGCCUUUGCAUGCCCAUUUUGUGUAUCUGCAGAUGAAGGGCGACCUCAAAGCAUUUUAAUAAAUAGCAGAAUACCACAAAUAUGUUAUUUCUGCAGUUUGUAGGUUGCACAUGUUGCAUCUGAUAGAUAAGAAGCAGGUACACUGAUUCCGCUAUACAGUAAUGUGUGUAAUAGGCUGAGAGAGGUAAUGCUGAGACAGGUCUUACCUUAAUUACUGUAUUACAAAACUUUAUCUUGUAUUGUUUCUCUGAAGGGAGCAAUGUGAUGAGAUCUAUCCACGGUGUUGGGGAGCUGAUGACCCAAGUUGUGCUCAGGGGUGGAGGGUUCUUGCCCAUGACUCCUCUUGCUGCUGCCCCAGAAGGUAAUGUGAAACAGGUUGAACCUGAGAAAGAAGACAUCCUGGUAAUGGACACCAAGCUGAAAAUCAUUGAGAUACUUCAGGUAUACUUCAGGUGACAUAGCUUAGAAAACUAUAUUGACGCAAGAGCUGUACUGUCAUGCUUAUGUUGUUUGGGGAUUUUUCAUUCUAGACCAUUGUUCUCUUUUUGACAGAAUUAGAAAUGAAUAAUUUUUUCACUGGAUGGAUUGCGUGUAAGCUUUAUUUUUUUUUAAAAAAAAUUACCAUUAGAAAAAGAAUUAAUAAACAUUGUUGCAAGUAUUAACAAAAUACUAAUAACAACUACUAAUUGCGAACAGUUGCAAAUGUUUAACCCAUGCCCUCAUUAAAACCAGUUACAUUAAAACCAUUGAACCAGUCACAUUAAAACCAGUUACAUACUUUAAAACUUUUGCGUGCAAGGUAACUUCAAAUAACCCAGCUCCUAUAAAACAUUGAGCAGUCAGGUUGAAAUACAGACAUUGUUCAGGAGAGUUGGAGCAGAGCAAUCCAAUGGAGGUGUUCAGAAAGCUGCGUGCUCCCAUGACAGUAUUUCCAAGGCUUCGUUUGAGUUCCACUGCAGAUCCUAUUUUGAAAGCUACGGCUUUGCAACAGGCUGCCUGACAUUCAGUGUGCUGAGCAUUUUCAUCAACCCAACUGGGUCAAGGUUUCUGGGUCAGAGUGCACAGCCUUGGGAUAACUACUGAAAAAAUAUAUUAUAAAUUAGAAGGAAACUGAAACUUUUUGUGUCUGCUCUGUAGCCUGUGCUACUCUUAGAUACCGUAUUUUUUGCUCUAUAAGACGCACCAGACCACAAGACGCACCUAGUUUUUGGAGGAGGAAAACAAGAAAAAAAAUAUUCUGAAUCUCAGAAGCCAGAACAGCAAGAGGGAUUGCUACGCAGUGAAAGCAGCAAUCCCUCUUGCUGUUCUGGCUUCUGGGAUAGCUGCGCAGCCUCCAUUCGCUCCAUAAGACGCACACACAUUUCCCCUUACUUUUUAGGAGGAAAAAAGUGAGUCUUAUAGAGCAAAAAAUACGGUAAAUGCCAUGAGGAAGGGACUGUAGUUCAUUGGAUAAAGUAUAUUUUUUUGAUAGUGGAAGGCCUCAGGUUCAUUUUCUGGCAUUCUGCAGCUAAAACAUCAGGUCACAGGUGACAAUAACAGGUGAACACUCUGCUUAAAACCCUGAGGAGCUGCUGACAGUUAGGGUCCACAGAACUGGGCUUCAUGAGCAAGGCAGUUCCUUUCAUUCCUUAGUUAUGCUUAUACAGAUUUAUUGGUUAACUUACCGAAAUGUAUAAGCAUGAACUGACAGGGUAGUACUGACUGAUGCUGCCAAUGUGAAUUAAAACAGGAAAAGCCAGAAUGACCAUCUUCUUAUUUUUACUUAGCUACAACAGGGAAAAAUCUGAUAUAUUGUGUUGUUUUGGAAAAGGUGGUUUGUGUUUUGUUUUGUUUUGUUUUGUGUAUGCUUUUGUCUAGAUACAAUAUGCAUCUAUAAUAUAUAAUACAAACUAGACCGGUAGAUUUUGGUUUUCAUGGUAGGAGUUACUUUUGAUAUCUAAUAUAUUUUAAAUGCAUGCCUUAAGCACGUGAAAGGGAAGUUCCUUGCUUUUAAAAAUGCAAAAGGGGGAGGUAAUGAGUUGUGCUAUUGAAGCUUCUUCUUUUUUUUUCUUCUUCUUUUUAAAAACACUAUGGAAUCAUCAGUUCAUUUUGAAUGUGAGAUUGGAUUAUAGAAUCUCAUGCCUUCUGUGCAUAUUUAAACAUGAGUUUGAUGAAAGCAAUGCACAGACACCUGAUUCACCUACAGGAAGCAAUAACCAGGAAAUGCCAAAUGUACCAGGUCAGUUACAACAUGUUCUCUUAAAAGUGCUGUAAAAAUUUUCUUAGGUGCUGGUAUGUGCCACUUGGUAAAGGUAAAGGUAAAGGGACCCCUGACCAGAGCAGUGCACGGAAACGCCAUUUACCUUCCUGCCGGAGUGGUACCUAUUUAUCUACUUGCACUUUGACGUGCUUUCGGACUGCUAGGUUGGCAGGAGCAGGGACUGAGGAAUGGGAGCUCACCCCAUUGCGGGGAUUCGAACCACCAACCUUCUGAUCAGCAAGCCCUAGGCUCUGUGGUUUAGACCACAGCGCCACCUGCAUCCCAAUGUGCCACUUGGUAUAUUCCCUCAAUAAUGACUUAUUGAACCAUUUGUGAAUAAAAGCAGAAAAACAGCCAUUCCAUUGUCCAUGUGGGGUUUUUUUAAUUAAGCAAGAUACAAUAAUAUGCUAUCAAACUAUAAUGACUUUAUUAAUUUUGGGAAACACUGCUCUAGAUUGUGGACUUCAUUAGUUACCUCCACAUCUUGAGCCCUGUGAGGAAAAUUUCUGUAAAGAAAACCCUGUGAAGAAAAUAGAAAGGAGAAAGAAAGUACGAAGAUUAUCAGUAUGCAUAGUUAUUGAGCUUUGCACUUUUUGUUUCAUUUUUAAACUUUUAUUUCAAAAAAAAGUUCAAUAAAGAAAUCAUAUGUGUGCAGUAUCACACUAUGGAAGACAUUAAGUUCCCUUUGAAACUAUGUAAGGUGGAGGCUGCACAAAUUGCUAUACUGCUCCUCUGGAAAAAUCCAAGGCUGCCUUUAAAUAUUGCGUGUUUGUGUACGGAUGCAGGCAUAAGUUUGCAUGCACACAAUACCCUCACAUAUUCUACUGUAUAAUGUAGUUUGAAACAGCUUCACACAGUAGUUGCCCAUACAACUGAAAUGGAUGCCAACUGGAUUAAAAUUAUACAAUUGGAUUGAAAAACAACCUUUUGGAUCUUAUUUCACAGAAGAUUUCCUUGCCUUUCAGCAGAGGAUUCUUAUAGUGUAGUUUCUGUGAUGGAAAGAAUGGUAGCUUGCUUCCUGUGCUCCCCUUAAUGAAUUUUAAGCUAUAUUUUCAGCUUGGCAUAGAAGACAAAACUGUUUGUUUUCCUUUACAGGAGCUCUUGACUUUGAACACAUCGAAGAGCAAGCAGAAGGGAUAUUUGGAGGCAGGAAAGUAAACUAUUGCGAUUUGCAUUUGUCUGUUCUGAAUUGUAUGCAAAACUGCUUCUGGACAGUUGCAGGUCACAGUUCUUCAGAGGAGCAAAUCACUUGCACUAAUCAUUCAUUUGCGCAUACAAUAAUUGUUACUUUAAUUACCAUGAAUGAGUUAAAAUAAUUAUCCAUGUAUGUUUCCUAAGGUACUUACGAAAUGAGAGGGCAGACCGGGGAUGUAAACUGUAUUCUUGCAGCUGUGGUUUCAUGACCCCAUUGUCUGUCCCCCUCCCCUGCUCACAGUGGGUGGGGGUGUCUGUUUGUGGGGUGGGUGGGUGUUAAGAAUACCAUAUAGGAGAACAGGGGUGUGAUACAGUAUAGCAGCUGCUUGUUCAACAAGACAUCCCCUUCCUCUCCUCCCUGCUUCAGCUCCCUGUGCAACCCCAGAAUCUGCCCAGGAGCGGGGGGGGGGAACCCCCUGGAACAAAUGUGGGGGACAUGUAGGGGCUGGAGGGGAAAUAAUAAAAACUGGAUAUCCUGUUGUACAACAGAUUUUGGUGGUGCAAAUAUUCUGGGUGACAUUUAGCAAUCACUGCUUGCUUGCUUGCAACAAAAAAAAAAGUGUCUAUAUCAGGGAUGUUGCUGGACUACAACUCCCAUCAUCCCUGAUCACUGGCCAUGCUUGUUGGGGUUCACAAGAGCUGGGAGUCCAGAAACAUCUGAAAAGCCACAAAUCUCCCACCUUGGUCUAGAUUAGUUAGAGAAAGGUAAAUACAUUUUUAGGGUGUUGCUAAGUUUCAAGAGAAUAAACGAGGAGGUGAAGUGCUCACAGUGCUGAGAUUGUGGUGGUGAGUUGGUGAGAUUGCUGCAUUACAGGGAGUUGGACUAAAUCAGUGGUUCCCAACCUUUUUUGGGCCAUGCUUCACCUAAGCAUCUCUAAAAUCCCGAUGCCCCCCCCCGGUGACAUAUAAUUUUUAUUAUUCAAAAAAUGAACUCCUAUUCAUAUGGAGGAAGACUAAACGGCCAUUGGUCAAAACAAGCUAUCAAAUUGCCCCCCUAUGGGGUGUGUGCCCCACGUUGGGAACCAUGGGACUAGAUGAUCCUCAGGGUCCCAUCCAACUCCACAGUUUUAUCAUUCUAAUAUGAAAAAGGGUGCCCUUCUUCCAUUGCCACUGGUAGCUUACAGUGUACAGUGAUACCUCAGCUUUCGAAUGUAAUCCGUUCUGGAAGACUGUUCAAGUUCUGAAACGUUCGAAAACCGAAAACUCAAUAGCCGACAGCUAGGCCUCAGGAUCUUACACUCAGCCGAAGCUGUGUAGCUUGUUCGACUUCCGAGGCGUGUUCGUCAAUGGAAACGUUUGAAAACCCAGGUACCACUGUAUUUGAAUUUGAAUUUGUGGUGGUUUCUGGUUCCUCUCCCAACAUCAGAUAGACUAACACAGUUAUGGAAGCUGCCUGGAAGUUCUUAAAUGGAACCAUCCCCCACCCCAAUUUUACUCUAUAUAUUUUUAUUAUUUUCAGUGAAGAGAAUACACCGCUAG